CACGUGACAGCAGCCUGCUCGGUCUCUGCACUUCUCCCAGCGUUUCCCCGGUGCUGUAUCAUUGGAUGCCUUUAGGAGCUGUGACGUCACUGAUAGACAUUCCACCGGCCGCUCCCCCCCUUCCCCCCCAGCCUUGGUGGGGGGAGACCACCGAGAUGGACGUGUACAUACCGUCAUUUCGCUACGAGGAGAGCGACCUGGAGAGGGGAUACACGGUAGGGGAGAACCAUACAGACUGACAUGGACACAGAUAGCGUGCUCCCCCCAUACUGAGAUACAGGGGGUCCCUGAAGUAACAUGGGUUUAUUGCAUUAAAUAUUCUCUCAAUUUAGAGAGGGGUCAGUUACUGUACUAAAUUUUAUCUUUGCUUAGUAAGGUCAUUUAAAAAAAAAAAAAUUAUUCAAUUGAAUUUAUUAUCCUUGUCUGUCUCUGAAACUUGUACUUGACAUUAUUAUUUUAUUUAUUUAUUUUUUUUUAUAUAUGAAGCAGAAUUGUUUAAUACAAAACCAGGCAGCCUGUAGCGGUACGCAUGUUGGGUUUUUGAUAUUGAAAUAUAUUUCUGUGGUGGGACAAGACCAUGGGAUUGGAUGGCCAGCAACCUUUGGUCAGUCACGUGUUGAAUACAUCUACACCUGAAGUUAUAUAAAUAGGGCAAGUAAGGGAAUCAGCAGGAACUUUCUGUCGGUUUCCAUGGAAAUCGCUUUACUUCUAGAACUUUGCUCAAGAAGCAAUUAUUGCGUCACCUGGUGAAUAUAAUAGAUGCUCGGUGUGUUAUAACUGUUGCUGUCCCGCUAUUUAUUUUGAUAUAAAUACAGAUUUGUGUUUUGUCAGUUUUAUAUGGGUUAGUUACACACUGAUGCUGCCUUAUAGGCAUUAAUUUUUUUCCUGUGAUGGAUUCUUGAAAUUAUGAAUUCUCCAUCUGCCCUCUAUUUUUUAAUUUAGUUCUGUGGAAGAAGGGGGAAAUUAGUUAUUUGAACUUUUUCCCUUAGUUCUUCUUGGUCUUAUGUGCCUGGUUGUUUCGUCUGUCAUAAGGCAACCGCAAGUCCAGCCCAAGAGUGCAAAGUGGGUGUCUAAGGAUGACCCCCAUGAGACCUCCUAUUGAUCUUGCACGUGCUAUUUAUAAAGCCUAGAACAAGACAAAGUGCAUCGGGUUGGCGUUCUAGCACAGGCUUUGCUUUUUAAUAAAUAAGUUAAUGUUUCACAUUGUAUCACACUUCUAGAGUUAUUUACUGAAGUGAGAAUUGUCAAAUUUGAGGCCAAAAAUCUCCUAAUCCGCUACAUCUCUAGAGACCACUAGAGGUGUUUCCUAUUUCAGUGCUGCAUGGAGACGCUGAACGUUUCCCAUAGAGAUGCCUUUCUAUGAGAAGAUACUGAUUGAUGCAAUGCAGUUUUUUGCAGCGCAUGCGCAAUAGCCUCCGUAUUGGAUUAGCUGAGUUCAAGAUUGAUCUUUGCCAUCGAGGUGGGGGAAGCUGUGGCAAGACUGGUACUGCGAGUGAGAAAAGGUAAGUUUUAACACCAUUACCAUGCAAACUCAAAGGGAAUGGGGGGGGCGGAGUGAUCAUCUUGUUGUAUCCUGAAUGCGCCAUAUUCAAAACGAGACUCCUUUUCAGCUUUGUAAGUAUAAGUCACAAGAUAUUUGCUUCCCUUUUUUGCCCUUGGUGCUCCCUUUAUGCACAGGGUUGUGGCUGCCAAGAUUGAUGGAGGAUGUCCCCUCUUGCUUUAAAGGCAUUUCAUGAGAUUUAAUACACUGUGUAAGCUUAUAGCUGAGAAUUUUUGUAUCCAUAUCUAUACAGGAGUGCAUCAGCUGUCCUUUUGGCCUGUAUGAUUGAGUGUCCGGAACCUACACAUAUGUACCACUCUAACAUCGAUCCAUUUUGGAUAUUUAUUCUGCCACAUACCAGAAUUGUCGUUCAUAUUUGUCAUUCCCCAACCUGUUCUGGUUUCACUGCUCACAAUGUUAUACAUUAUAGCAGUGGGGUUAUAGUUGCAGCAAUAUACUCAGAUUGCCAAACCUCUGAGCAACAGAACAAAGGAACAGAGUAGCUCCUUUCACUACAUGCUAUGCAAUGAAUAUACUCUUUCAGACACAAAUGGACAGUCCAGGGAGCAUAAUACAUAGCUUUGCGUGUAAUGUUACUGUCAUGUUCACAUCAACAUUCUUAAAAUAUGCUGUAUACUUAAGAUUUGUAAGAAGUCUAAACCAUGGUGCAUAUUCACCCCAACCAAAUUUUAAUUGGAUGAAGCAGUAGUUUCCCCACUCAUAGAUGUGUAUAUCCUCAUGAUUUGUAUGACUCAGUCAUUUCAUAAUUACAAAAACUAUGCAAUUACAGCACCUCUUUCAAACUAAAAUAAAGAAUUAUCUUUUCUCUGGGUUCAGAUGUUUGAACCCCUUAAGAACCAAUACUUUUUUGAGACGUGACGGGUUUAUGACCAAGCCCUUUUUGGCACUUUUGCCAUGUGUUCUUUCUAACCAAUUUCACCCUUUCUUUUUUAGUGCACCCAUACAUAUAAACAAUUUUAAAGGAGAAAUAUGGCUUACUUUUGACACCCUCUUUGUAUUUUUUUUAUUUAUAUAUAUAUAUAAAUUUUUUAAUUUAAAUACUAGAUGGCUUACUGAAAUCAUUUCUUAAUAUAUAACUUGAAGGAAGAGUAACACAGACAUAGCUACCACUUAGCAUAUGUAGGAAAGUAUCACUGGGUGGUAAAGAUGAGGUCUCAGUAUGCUCAAUAAAAGCAAACGUUGCGCCCCCACCGUGUUCUAAGUUUCUUAGAAAAACUAAUAAAAGGAACAAUUUGUAAACCAAAAUUGAGUGUUGUAUGCAUAUGUGGAAAAACAUAAAAAUAACAUAAGGAUUAUAUAUGGACCAGCCCUAAUCAGUGACCUAUCAACCCACUCUGACCUCAGGAAUGCCAUGAAACAUAAAAAGCCUAGAGUGGAGUGGAGAGUCUCCACCAGGCUGGCACGGAGCCACCAUAUGCUGGCCACGCCUGACGUCCGUAACGUUGCCCAAGAGAUUAUUCCUCCAAACCCAAAGAGCAUUUAUCAAGAACUUCCCUGGGAUUUGGUUUGUGUGGAAGGGAAUCUAGUAAGUAGCAGCUGAGUCAGCUGUUGAGAGGCUCAUGUGUAGUUAGCUGGUUGGGUGUUCAUGGCCACAAAACAAGUUGGUGGAAGCUGCUGACUUUGCUGUUCCAAGCGAGCACAGAUCAUCAUAGACCUUUAGGAAACUAUCCUUCCAUGGCGUUUGCAUUUCCAGUGGCUUACAGUGAGAAGCACGCAAGCGCCUCUAGUGGCUGUCAAUGAGACAGCCACUAGAGGAAAUAGGGAAGGCUUAACCCAUUCAUAAACAUAGCAGUUUCUCUGAAACUGCUAUGUUUAUGAAAAAAUGGGUUAACACUAGCUGGACCUGGCACCCAGACCACUUCAUUAAGCUGAAGUGGUCUGGGUGCCUAGAGUGGUCCUUUAAGUAAGAGCAGUAUGACACUUUUCAUUUAACCAUUUCAUAACAAACCUCUGUGAAAUCUGCUCUUUUUAUUCAUUUAUUUUUUCUCCUCACGUUUUAGUUUUGGGACACAUAGACCACACAAUUGCAAAGACCUCUUAUUUGUAUUUUGCACUUGUUUUCGAGUAAAAUAUCCACAUGUAUACCUUUGCCCAUAAUCCUCUCUAAUUCCACCCUGUGAUGCGAUCUCAGAGGGAUUCCCUCUGCUCACGACAGUACUGACAUCAGCGGAGGGAUUUUGCUGCUGACACACUACAGAGAGCUCUGUUAACAUUCUGUACUGUGUGACUGCAGCGUGAGAGGGAGAUCUCCCUCUCUUGCUGCAGAAUCUACACGCAAUGAUCGGUGCUGGGCAGUUGGCAAAGACGAACGCUGAUCACUGGGCAGAGAGGUAUGCAGGGAGACCUCAUCAAUCCAGCUAACCUGUUAGUCUGUCAUUGUAGACCCUUGGGUAUCAGGAACGAUACAUGGGCUACACUGAUUUUUAGCAGUUGCCCGGCUGGGUGCAGGCUUAGUCACUGUGGGUGUUCACAACCACUUCAAAUACUACACAUAGCUCAUCUGUCAGUCUGGGGUGUUUAGCUAAUGAUUCCUGGGGUUCCUUGGUGCCAGCUGGGAUUUGCCCUGCUGGUGCAUUUAAUGUGUGAUGAUCUAUGCUGUUAAGAGGUGUUAAAGCCCUGCACUCCAUGAUGGCAUAGACUGUCAUGUGGUUAAUAAUCUGUAAAUCCAGAGCCACAGAACACAUGCUUGUUAUGGUUGAUUUAGAAUAUUCAGAUAAGUGAUGUUUGUGUAACAAAUAUAUUAAAUAAUGCUAAUUGUCCGGAAGUAGUUUUAUAGUUUAGUAACACAUUUAUACGUCCAUACUUAGUACAGUACAGCCUAGUACUUCAACCAAUGGUCCCCAGGGCUUGCAUGCACAAAGGACAAGUGGUACACCAAAAAGUGGCUUGCUGGCCUCCUUAGCACCUUCUAGGAGGCGGCCAGGUGGGGAAGAAUGGAGGUAGCAAAGGAUCUGAAUACUCUAUGAUCUUCUAGAGCUGCUCACUCAUGUGAUUUCAGGGUAUGAUGUCACUCAGACCCCAGCAUCACUAAACAUUGUGUGAAGGGGUAAUGCUGGAAGAGCGCAAACAUUACAAGAUCCCCACUGGACAACAGGGAAAUAAUCCACUCCAGCUCUCCCAAAGGUAGGGAGGCUGGGUAUACUUAAAUAAAAAUAAUUUGUGUGUGACAAAUCAGUGAGUGUGUCCCCGUGUCCUCUGGGUGUACCAAUUAUAUGUGUUUUUAUAUUUUCAUUUUGUGACUCUUAUAUUUCAGAUUAAUAGUUCAUACACUCCUUCUUGCAUACACAAUAUUCACAUCAUGUCAUAUUUAUUUUCAAAUUACUCUUUACUACCUUUUAUCAGGCUUGUUCUCCAAUAUUCGAUUAACCUAAAUAUCGGUGUCUACACAUUUCAUUUGGAAUUUAAAUCAAUAGAAAUCACUUUCUCAAGGCAGGGGUACUUAGGAAUUUUUAGACCUGCAUGGGUACAUCUCUCUAAAAGUUUGAGAAAUGCUGCACUACAGCAUAUGAACCUUACUGCAAAAUGUAACACGAUUGCAGAGUUUUAAAUGUAUGUUCAGUACUGUGUAACUUGUUUCACAAGAGUACUUAUUUUCAUAUUUUUUUUUAUUUUUAGUAUGUAGCCUGCUUUGCAUUUACAAUCAGCACUUGCUAGUCUACCCACUUUUAUGAUGAUUAAUUUAUGUAUUUUCUUCCCAGUGGUUUGCUAACAUUGCUCCCUCCCCUCAAGAUGGAGGCCCUAAAUUGAAAGGAAGAAAUUAAUAUAUCCACACUGCUAAAGCACUCCAGCUUGCAGAAAUGCUUAAGGGGUUAACUGAAGGUUCUUUUUUGGCACCUUUAUAAGGCUCAUGGAUAGCACCAUUUUGGCUAUAAACAGACCAGCAGUCAAUGUUUCAUUUAUAAUUAUUGCAAAUUAAAGCUUGCAAUUUUAUAUCUCUCAUUCCAUUUUUUUUCAUUUUGAAAUGUAUAAUAAUUUCUUUUGAAAACAUGCAAAUUAAUUCUAGCGUAUGCAUAGACAAGUAGGUGUGUUUGUAUCCUUAUAUACUGAUCAUUUUGUUCAUAUCAUGUCUAUUUCCCAUUUGAUUUAUUUAAGACCCAUUACUAAAAAAAGUUUUCAAAACGAAUGCAGCAUUCAUAAAAAAAGUUAUAAUUUUGUGUAAAAAGCCAACAAUUACAGUACUUGUUACCUAUACUGCAAAGUUAAAUGGAGAUUUUUUUUUAUCCUUAUCUAAAUUUUUCUUUCUAUAGUCAAUGACUUGACAUAAAAGGAUAUAUAGGUUUUGAAAAGCUCAGUUCAUUGGAGGGUUCUGGUUCUCAUGGGACUUGGGCAGCAACAGGAAGGUAAAUGAGUAACUACUGAUUCACCUGCUCAGACAGGUGGAAAAGCAGUUACACUUGUCUGGGGGACAAGUGUAAUGUAUUGAAAACAAUUCAACAAUGCUCAAGACAUCAGUUUGUUCACUUGGAAGACAGGCACAAUCAUCCCAGUACUUGCAGUUCACCACAUUGUUUAUGAAACAGAGUUUUACAAUUAAAAAAACAAACAAUUUACAAUAUUUUUUUUUAAGCGCAGAGCAAGAGUGAAGCAUAUGGUGUGUGGCAAAUGUGCUUGCAUGUUUUAUAUAUACAUGUCUGUAACAUCUGCAGUCUGCCCUAGCAGGUAGAAUUUUUUUAUUCAUUCUGCAUCAAACAUGAGAGAAGAUCAGCACUCUUUAUUUUAAAUAAAAGUACAAAACUGCACAUUUGUAUACAAGUUGCUGUUAUGAGGGAUCAACAAUUUAUCUGCUAAAAAAACACUGAGACAAGAAAAUUGUUAUUCAACCACUGCAAAAAUAUUAGGAUGCAUUUAAAUGCUGGGAAAUCUAACAUAUCACUUGUCUUGUUUAAGGAACCGGGUUGCUGUUGGGGUUGUAGCACUAGGGAAUAAACAUAAUACCAUGUUCCUAAACAUUUGUCAGAAUAUACCAUUUAUGUUGAUGAUUAAUGCAGUUGUCGGAACCAUUAGUGCAGUGGUGAUAUAGGCAUAUAUGUGGUACUACUAUAAUAAGAUUAGUGUUUGCACUGAUCUUAAAUACAGUACAAUAUUAACCCCUAAAGGGUCAAUUUCAUGCCAGGUUAGUUAUUAUACAAAUUGAUCUCUUAAAUCCUGGCCCUUAUAUUACAGUUGUGUGAAUGCUUUGCCACAUGCAACAUAUAACUGCUUGUGACUUUAAAUCCCUAGAACUAUAAAACACUGCUUAUCAGUUUAUUCAAAUUCUGAAAGAAGUGUUGAAUGUCUGUAUCAGAAACUUGGGUACCAGUUCACUGGGUGUGAUUUCACCCAAGGGUGUCUGAGUGCCACAGUGACAGACUGGUCACAGGAAAUAUUUUAUUCCAGUAUAGUGUAGAAUUAGUGGAAAUUAUUGAAGAAAAAAAAAAAAAUGACUUUCCUUCCAAUGUUUUUGCAGCUAUCCUAACCUGUUGUAUAACCAGAUUGGGAGGGGUUAAGAUUAUAAAUGCAGCCACAACAUUAUUCCAACCCACAGCAAUCAUGCUUGUCUAAGAUAUCAAACUUUGCACAAUUGUUGUAUUGUUCUUUCUGUAUUGCUUUCACGACGUAUGCUCUGUUUAUUAGCAUUCAAAUUAGAAAAAAAAGGACACUCCAUAUUCAUCCACAUUUGUCAUACAAGUAAUUGACCUAAAUGAUGCUCAAAAAGUUCAGAAAUAUUCCUAAAUUGGCACAACAAAAUACAAACACUAGCUAAAUGUGGUGUUUCUAGCACAGUGUUUAAAUAAAAGGAAUCCCUGCUAAUUUAAGGGAUGGUGACAAAAGCCUCACUGUUCCUCCUCACCAUUAAUGUGGGAAUUAUGUAUGCACCCAAGAAUUUAUAUUCCUAGACACGUAAAAUAUAAAGGGGCUUCUGAAAUCGCAUAUGCCCAGUAUGAAUACAAUUUUUCAAAGGGGCUUCGUAAUGUGAUUGGAAGGCAAGUGUGCUCAUUUUGGCAACAUUUUGUGGAUACUACAGUGAUUUGUGUAAUUUAUUGUGUAGAGCUUCACUUAAAGGAAUACAGUCUAUUUUUAAAUUAUUUUUUUAUUUUAUUUUAAAUCAUUGAAAAUAAAAGUUGAGUAAUAUAGCCUUGCUGUGUGUUAUUUUAUAAUGAAUAAGUAAAAUCCAUAAUUUCUCAAUGCAUCUCGUGGGCAGCUACUUCUUUUUGGUUACCAGUACUUUUUUUUUUUUUUUUUUUUUUUCAUCUUUGGUCAGAAGCACAACUUAUCUGCUAAUACAAUUUGUAAUAUUAAGGUCUAAAAGUGCAUUUUAGGGAUGUUCAUGGCAUGGGCCAGAGACCAGGAUGAAUAAAUAAAUAAAAAAUAAUACUAAUAAAAAAAAAAUAAUUCUCACCUAAGUCCUUAGGUCAAAUAAACAGGGGUGUUGACUUCUGUCACCAUAGAACAAGACUAAGCCUGAACAUACACUAAAACGAGUUACUCACAUGUGUACAUUGCAGUGUAACUCACAGAAGUUGUAAUACAUAUUCUCUUUUAUUUUAAAUCAUAACAAAUUACAUUUCUCAUUAACUUGAAGCUAUAAUCACCAUGCUAGAAUUGCGGGACAAAAUGCGCAAUGCAAAUGUUGGGAUACAACAAGUAUGAACAGACUUUACCAUUCUGAGACAUCAAAUUUGGCAGUAGGUGAGCAGUAUUGUAUCCCUAUUCUCCAUGUUACAAUGGUAACCUAAAGGAUUAAAGUAUAUGCAAGCUAGCCAUUUGCUUCUUCACCGUUAUACUUGUUUCAAUAAGUGACAUUGCUUGCCUGUGCUUGACCUUUAAAUGUGAACCAUCACUGAAAUUGACCAUUGGGAACAAUUUAGCUUGAUUGUGUCACAAAUGAGAGCUAGUUAUCAUUUAAAUAUUCUACUUGUGUCAAUACCAGAAUGACAACCACCAAUCACAUCCCUUAUGUUGAUUGAGAUACAUACAACAUUUGUUAGUUAUAGUUUGAUUGCUGUUGACCUAGUUGCUUCCAGGUCAAGGUAGUAUACAUUCAUUAGGUCAUGCUGGCAUAUAUAUUGGUUUUUGUGGCUUUAAUUACAUUUAGUAUGUUUUCUUAAUCAAUUUUUUUUUUUUUUUUACAUAUUCAUGGUGAUUUACAAAUUGAGCAGACAAUACUGCCUGUUUUAUGCAAAAAAAAAAAAAACGCACUCCAAUCACGUGAAGAUCUGGGUGCUAAACUGGACCAAGGGCCAGCACCAGCCCCAGGGAGUAGAUAUCUGUUGUAGAAAGAGGAUCCAGGCACUCCAAGUGUGUUUAUUGGGACAAGUUGUGGUGUCUCACGUGUCCCAAUAAACAAGUUUGAAGAUACUUGGAGUGCUUGGAUCCUCUUUCUACUGCAGAAUACUGCCUGUUUAGGCAUAUAUCUGUGGACAGUAUGUAAGAAUUAUGUUUUGAAUGUAAGUUUAAAAAAACAAACAAAAAACUUUAAACAUUGUCUAAAAGGCAUUUACUCUGAAACUAUCAAGUACUUGGAAUGUGGAGUAUGUUAUUGUAUGUUCUGUUCCUAUAGCUCAAAUUGUAAAAAAUUACUCAAAGCCCAGCUAGGCUUGCAUAGUUAAAGGAACACUAACGUUUAGCUUGGUGUCUGUCUCUUGUUAGAAAGGUCCUCCCUCCGUGUGCCACAUAAAAGUAAUAAAAUCAGGCCUUAUACUCUCUUUUUUCCAGCACCAAAACUCCCUCGGCGCUGCUUAUUUCUCCACCUCCACUGGGGUUAUGAGGGAGAAAUGACUACUCUGGUCAGUUGACCAAUGACUAUGAUUCAUUGCUAACCACCAGGACAGAUUUUGUUUUGGUGUGCAAGCAGCCUUUCUGGUUUGGGUGUAUAUUAAUGUAACCAGCACUAGAUGUAUAUCUUUCAAAUGAACAUACUUAAAUAACAUUUGUUUAUAUUGAGGAAACAAACGUUUUCAAUGUUUUUUGCUUUUUAAAUGCAUGGUGGUAGUCUUUAUGUUCUCAAAUAUAUGCUCCUAUGGCAAAUUUGAUAAGAAAUGCAUUGUUUUUUGUUUUUUGUUUUUACUGAAAGGGUGGGCUUCACAUUGUCUUGAUCCAAAGAAUGAGUAGCUUCAAGGCUUAUUACGAUGAAAAAGAAAGGGGAAUAAAAACCACAACAUUUUAAUUUACCUGAUAAGGGAGGAAAAAAGAAAGCAUGGUGAAUGUGUAAGACUGCUGAUCUGUAAUGUAGCCAGUGCCGGUACUCAUUAACUGCCAUUGGCAAGGUGUCCGCAUAAAGCUUUUUCAAAAGCAAGGUCAGGCACGGAAGCCGUGAGGAGCUGUGCAUGUCAAUAGCUGUCCCCAGUAUACUUGCUUAAUCAGAGACAUUAACAUGUCUUCCUGUUAGUUUGAAUUAGAGGAGAUAUUGACCCCCUGACCUGUAAGUCUCAACAGAAAAGAAUCCACUUUGUAAAUGCAAUUGGUCAUCUGUUGAAUGUGCAGUUUUCUUCCAACAAGCAGUCAAACAUAGAAACAUAGAAACAUAGAAUGUGACGGCAGAUAAGAACCAUUCGGCCCAUCUAGUCUGCCCAAUUUUCUAAAUACUUUCAUUAGUCCCUAGUCUUAUCUUAUAGUUAGGAUAGCCUUAUGCCUAUCCCACGCAUGCUUAAACUCAUUUACUGUGUUAACCUCUACCACUUCAGCUGGAAGGCUAUUCCAUGCAUCCACUACCCUCUCAGUAAAGGAAUACUUCCUGAUAUUAUUUUUAAACCUUUGUCCCUCUAAUUUAAGACUAUGUCCUCUUGUUGUGGUAGUUUUUCUUCUUUUAAAUAUAGUCUCCUCCUUUACUGUGUUGAUUCCCUUUAUAUAUUUAAAUGUUUCUAUCAUAUCCCCCCUGUCUCGUCUUUCCUCCAAGCUAUACAUGUUAAGAUCCUUUAACCUUUCCUGGUAAGUUUUAUCCCGCAAUCCAUGAACCAAUUUAGUAGCCCUUCUCUGAACCCUCUCUAAGGUAUCAAUAUCCUUCUGAAGAUACGGUCUCCAGUACUGUGUACAAUACUCCAAGUGAGGUCUCACCAGUGUUCUGUACAAUGGCAUGAGCACUUCCCUCUUUCUACUGCUAAUACCUCUCCCUAUACAACCAAGCAUUCUGCUAGCAUUUCCUGCUGCUCUAUUACAUUGUCUGCCUACCUUUAAGUCAUCAGAAAUAAUCACCCCUAAAUCAAAGGGUGCAAGAUAUACCAUCUAGAUUCAUAUUCAAAACUAACACUUCUUCUUUAAUGAUGAAUUAUCAUUACCAUCUAAAUAUAUACAUUUAAAGCUAAAUAAUCCAGUAUUUCUUAUUAAAGUGUAUCAUUAGUGAAUUACGGUAUAUGAAGUGUCUGCUCUAUUGAACAGCUCUAUGGAAUACAUUUGAGCUUUUUGACAUAGUAACAAUUAUGUUCAACUAAAACAAACUGACACAUCUUUAUAUCUAGCAACCACCAAAUGAAAGGUUUAACGGGAUAAGCCAAAUGCCAAAACACCUAAAUCCAUCCUAUUGUAAUGUUUAUAAUGGAAAGGACUAUGGAAAAAGUCCCUUAUUGUCUGUCAGUGUGGUUGUGUGUUUUUUUUUUUGUUUUGUUUUUAAUCUAACGUGUCUGUUUUGAAUUAAAGGAAUUUCUGUUAACCAAUGAUCGCACCUUAACCACUUUGUAGAUGCUACUAUGUUGGACGUUGGCUUGCACAUCAAGUAUGGUUUGUAUCCUUUUUAUAAAUAAAACUGAAGCCAUUUACUUAGUCUGUACGCAGUGGGAUGUGGACUAUGUUUUCUGCUCCCAAUCGUCUGGUGGGUUAGGGCAAAAAAAAAAUCCUUUUCUGGGCUUAUGGGAAAGUACACAAAUAUAGUUGAAAAUCCCUGGGAUUGUUAGCAAAUGCAGAAGCUCCAAAGGUGAAAGAAGAGUAGCAUCUAACAUCUUAAAGUGACACUGCAGAGAUACUAAAUAAAUAUGUACUGCAGAGGUAGAUUUUCACAACAAUGAGCCGUUCAAUUGCGCUUACUAGCAUGAGGGAAGAAUUGUCAAAAAAUCAAUAUCAGUCUUUUUUUUUUUUUUUUAACCCUUGACCUUGUUGCAGGUGCACAAAGUAGAGCUCCUGCUCAAGUCCAAAAAUAGAAACUUAUUGUAAUUUUGUGCAUUGAACAUCACCAACAUAUAUGAUAUUGUAACUGUUUGCAGUAGCACAGCAUGGAUGCUUUAAUAAAAUAAAAUUAAGCUAAAUUUUUUUAUUGUAUGGUUUGAAGUGUAACUAUUAAAGGAACACUCUCUAGAGUUUGCAGUACAAACCUAAUGCUAGAGAUUCCCCAUUGUAUUUGCCAUAAAAUUAACAAGUUAAAGGUUUUUGCUCAUCUUUUUCUAGAGCCAAAGCUUCCUUGGUCCUGCUCACCCCUCCUCCUCCCGCGAUGUCAUUGAGAGUGCAUGGCUUCCUCGGCUGAUAGCCAAUCCAGUGCUCCAUAAUACCUGAUGCGCAGCAACUGCUUUGCCUACAUCCAAUCCUUAUCAUAGGAAAACGUUGAAUCCAAUCCUUAUCAUAGGAAAACGUUGAAUCCAAUGCUUUUCUAUGAGUUGCAUUCGGUAGGUGCAAUAGAGGUGCCUAAGGUGGCUGUCAAAACUAUUGGGUUAACCUUAAAGUAUUAAACUUAUAGGACCACUGCUCCCAGACCACUUCAUUGAGACCUGGGGUGACCUUAGUGGUCCUUUAAGGACAGAUUAGUUAAAGCGGCUCUGUCAUGCUGAACUUACCUUUGCCUAAUCGCUUCCUUUUCUCUUCCUCUCUCACGAUCUGUUCAUUUCUUCCUGUCUGUGAAAUUCCGAUCUGGUCUGUGCUGUGGCUGCAUCUUGCAGCCGCUUCGUAGAUAGCUCCCAAAUUCCCCUGGUAUCAGCGAGAUAUCUACUAAAAGGCUGAAAGACCAAGGUUGGUCUUUCAGCCAACUUUACAAAUACUAAAAUAAAAAUGACUUAGUAUUGGUAAAUAAUCUGCCCCUACUCGCUAUACCGGUUUAAAAAAAAAACAAAAAAGACCUCAAAUGGUAAGUAUUUGUAAAAUUUAUUUACAGGUAUUUUGUUUUAUUGUCUCCCCCCUCACUAUUUUUAUGGUGAGGGGGGGUAGAUAGGUCUUUAUUUAAUUUUAUUUGGGUCUGGGGGUCACCUGGGGUGGUAUUUUAACAUUUAACCCCAACCUGUCGGGCCGGGGGGAGGACGAUAUGUCCCCACCAUUGUCAUUUAGGGCCCCCACCCAUUGCUCAUGGGUGGGGGCCGGGGGGGAGGACAAUAGGUUUCCCCCCUUAUUGUAAUUUAGGGUCUCCACCCGCUGCUCAUUGGGGGCUGGGGAGAGGACGACAAUAGGCCCCCCAUUAUUGUAAUUUAGGGCCCCAACCCUGCUGCUCAUGGUUGGGAGCCAGGGGGGGGGGGAGGACAAUAGGUCUCCUCCCCCCUCCCAUUGUUGUUUAGGGCCCCCACCCACCGCUCAUGGGUGGGGACCCGGGGGGCACUAGGUCCAUUCCCUAAUUGUCAGUGCAACCUAUGUCCCCCAUUUAGUUGAAUAGCCACAACUCGCGGGGCACGGUUGGGGGUUCGAGGUGGACACUAGGUCCCCCCACUAGUUAAUAGAUGCCCCACCAUGAUGGGCAGUUAUUGCCCAUCAUGGUGGGGGGGGGGAGCUUUUUUAUUUUUUUUACAGUGAGCAGAUAAGUAGGGGCAUUUGGGAGAGAUUUGGAGGGACUUAGGAAGUGGCAGGGAGCACAGCUUCUAUCUUUACAUAUUACAAGGAAGGAGCUGCGCACCGGUAGCUCCCUCCUUGUAAUAAACCAAACGAACACCGAUAUUCAGAGUUUGUUUGUUCAUCUGACAUUUCUAUUCAUUCAUUUGUCUUUCUGAUGAAUGAAUAGAUGAAAUUCCCAUCCGAAUUUUGUACAGUAGCCACAGUGUUUUUUAUUGGGCAUGCACGGGAAUUUUAUGGCGCUAUCUAGUGUGGGCAGAUGAUGUGUCCCACAGGGCCUUCAUCUACCCACACAAAGCAGGUGGUGCCCAGAACCUAGGUCUGGGCACAAAAUAAAGUUUUUUUUUUUUUUAAAAGGUAAAUGGGGGGGCCUAAGGCAUAUGGGGUUGACUAGGGAGGAAAUCAGAUGUACUGGAGUCAGGAGGGGAGCUUAAAAAAAACACAACAAAAAUCACGGAUGCGGCCAUGACAGUGCUUCUUUACGUAGUAUUUGUAUUGGCAUGUACUGUGAUUACUGUGUUUUGGCUGAUGGGCUCUAUCAAAUGUAUUAAUCUAAUUCAAUGAAGUAUUUAUUGCGCUAGUUUUGGUUGUAUUGAUGUUAUACAGCAUUUCUUCUCAAUGGAUAAUUUAGGUAAUAAGCCUAAUUUAAAUCUAUGAAUCUAAUCUAAGUAAAAUAAGGGGAUUAAUCUUUGUUUGUACUGUGAGGUAGUAGUAUAAUUAGGUGAAGUGAACAUGUGUCUUGUUUGUGUGUUUUUUUUUGUAUUAUGAUUUGUUAAAGUGGCUUUGUCACUAAAUAGUCCUCCACAGCCAUCACCAUGAUCUGUCCUAUCCUAUUGAGCUCCCAGCGCUUGAGCUGUGAGGAGCUAAUGUGAGCUCUGUACUAUAUGGAGUCUUCUGCAAGACUGCGGGAUUCUCUAUAAAGAUAGCUUCCCCCCCCCCCCCUUAUAAAUGGGAAAUGACAAGCUUGACAAGAUAUAUAUCCUCCUAUUGUAAAGAGCGGUAUAUGUAUGGAGACUUUGGUUUUUGUUUUAUUUUGUUUUUUCUUUGUCUCAGUAUAUCAAUCUAUCUCUUCAGUGAAAUUCCAACACCUUCAAUAUGAGUGUUUUAUAAAGAUUUUUUUGGAGGGGGGGGGUGACAGAAAACUGCAUCAGUUGACAGCAACUGCUUAGCGGAAGUGGGUUCUUCAAACCUGAACCAACACUAACCUUAACGCUCUAGAAACAAUCCUAUUCUAUCCAUCUUUUCUGAGAAAAUACAGUGUUUACAUUGAAAGCUAGGAACACCUCCAGUUGCAGUCACUCAGAGUGAACCAGAGGGACUUCGGAGUUGAUGGAGGCAUAAUAUGCCUCCAUCCACUCAGAUCUGCUGUCAGCAGAGCACAGGGCAGCACUGUGCACAGAAACAUAGAAUGUGACAGCAGAUAAGAACCAUUCGGCCCAUCUAAUCUGCCAAAUUUUCUAAAUACUUUCAUUAGUCCUUGGCCUUAUCUUAUAGUUUGGAUAGCCGUAUGCCUAUCCCACGCAUGCUUAAACUCCGUUACUGUGUUAACCUCUACCACUUCAGGUGGAAGGCUAUUCCAUGCAUCCACUACCCUCACAGUAAAGUAAUACUUCCUGAUAUUAUUUUUAAACCUUUGUCCCUCUAAUUUAAGACUAUGUCCUCUUGUUGCGGUAGUUUUUCUUCUUUUAAAUAUAGUCUCCUCCUUUACUGUGUUGAUUCCCUUUAUGUAUUUAAAUGUUUCUAUCAUAUCCCCCCUGUCUCGUCUUUCCUCCAAGCUAUACAUGUUAAGAUCCUUUAACCUUUCCUGGUAAAUUUAAUCCCGCAAUCCAUGAACCAGUUUAGUAGCCCUUCUCUGAACUCUCUCUAAGGUAUCAAUAUCAUUCUAAAGAUACGGUCUCCAGUACUGUGUACAAUACUCCAAGUGAGGUCUCACCAGUGUUCUGUACAAUGGCAUGAGCACUUCCCUCUUUCUACUGCUAAUACCUCUACCUAUACAACCAAGCAUUCUGUUAGCAUUUCCUGCUGCUCUAUUACAUUGUCUGCCUACCUUUAAGUCAUCAGAAAUAAUCACCCCUAAAUCCCUUUCUUCAGAUGUUGAGGUUAGGACUCUAUCAAAUAUUCUGUACUCUGCCCUUGGGUUUUUACGUCCAAGAUGCAUCCUGUGUUUCAGUAUCUCCUCCCUCUGCAUGCAGACACUGAACUUUCCUCAUAGAUAUUCAUUGAUUCAAUUCCUCUCUAUGAGGAGAUGCUGAUUCGCCAGGGCUGUGUUUGAAUCAUGCUGGCUCUGCCCCGAUCUGCCUCUUUGUCAGUCUCGGCCAAUCUUAUGGGGAAGCAUUGUGAUUGGAUCAGGCUACCACAUGUCAGCAGACUGCUUGUUUUUCUGAGUCUAACAGCAUGUAGAUUUACAGCUUCAGGCUUGAAUACAAUAAGAUUUUGCUAUAUUUAUGGAGGCAUGAGGGGCCCAGGGGGCUAGAUGGUGGUUUUAACACUAGGGUCGGGAAUACGUGUUUGUGUUCCUGACCCUAUAGUGAUCCUUUAAUAUCUCAUUACAAGCAGGUGUUAAAUGCUAGACAUUUCAGAAACCAUUGUUGGACCUAUAGAAAGCAUCUUUUGGGUAUAGCUCACGAGUUCUAUAGAUGGAAAAGAGGAGUAUCAGUUGAGUGUCAUUUUAAAGGGUUACUGUCAUGCCCCCUUGUGCUCUGCAGACACUAAAUCUUUUCCUUACUCUGUCUACACACAUAUUGAUCAUUCGUUAGUGUUAGAGGAUGAUCAGAGUAAGAACUAGAAUUUAAAUAGAAUAAAUUCCUAAUAAAGGAGUUUGAUUUGAAGGUGGAUUUCUGAGGAUACUUCCUGUAGCUUUAUGGAAUACAAUAUGAAGGUAGAAGUUGGGACAAUUAACCCCUUAAGGACUGAGCCAAAUGUACACGUUGUGAACAAAACAAAAUGUAAACAAAACCUGGCAUUUGCGCUACGUCUGUACAACCGUAAUUCACCUCUUUCAUAUUAAAUGCACCUACCCUUAUUAUAUAUCAUUUUUUUCAUGGGAAACGGGGCUUUCAUUUAAUAUCAAAUAUUUAGCUAUGAAACAUAAUUUAAUAUGAAAAUAAGAAAUUUUGUUAUUUUGUUCUACAUGACAUUUUAACUGUAAAUGUCAUAAUACUGUUUGAUUUUUACUGCAAUAAAAUACACAUAUUUGUAUUCAGCAAAGUCUGUAAAACAUGAACCCCCUAUGUACAGGCUUUAUGGUGGUUUGGGAAGUUACAUUUAAAAUUGAAAUUCGCCAGAUUGGUUAUGUUGCCUUUGAGACUGUAUAGUAGCCUAGGAAUGAAAUUUACGCCCAUAAUGGCAUACCAUAUGCAAUAGUAGACAACCCAAUGUAUUGCAAAUGGGGUAUUUCCAGUUUUCUUUAGUAACCAUUUGGUCACAAACACUGGCCAAAGUUAGCGUUAAUAUUUGUUUGUGUGUGAAAAAUGCAAAAACCGCCAAUUUUGGCCAGUGUUUGUGACUAAGUGGCUACUAAAAAAGACUGGACAUACCCCAUUUGCAAUACCUUGGGUUGUCUACUAUUGCAAAUGGUAUGCCAUCAUAUGGGUGAUUUUCAUUCUUGGGCUACCAUAGGGUCUUAAAGGCAACGUAACCAAUCUGGCGAAUUUUAAUGUGAAGAAAAUGAAACACAAGCCUUAUAUUUGACGCUGUAACUUUUGAAAACACCAUCAAACCUGUACAUGAGGGGUACUGUUGUACUCGGGAGACUUUGCUGAACACAAAUAUUUGUGUUUCAAAACAGUAAAAAGUAUCACAGCAAAAGUAUUGUCCGUGUAAGUGCUGUUUGUGUGUGAAAAAUGUAAUACAUUUUACUGUUUUGAAACACUAAUAUUUGUGUUCAGCGAAGUCUCCCGAGUAAAACAGUACCCCCCAUGUACAGGUUUUAUGGUGUCUCGGAAAGUUAUAAGGUUAAAUAUAGUGCUAGCAAAUUAAAUUCCCUAUACUUUCUGCAUGGGUUGUCAGGCAGGUCCCACUAAUUGUAAUUAAUUAAAAAACCUAAUUAUGUAAAAAUAUUACAUAAUUAUAUGUAUGUAUAUAUAUUUUUAUUAUAUGUGUGUGUAUGUGUAAAAUAUAUAUAUAUAUAUAUAUAUGGAUAUAUAUUAUUUUGUUCUACGUGUAUUUUGAUAUAAAUAUAUAUCACAAUACAGUUAGAACGAAAUAAUACAUAUAUAUUUUUUAAUCAUUUUGUAAUUUUAUUUAACGAAUUUACUUUUUUUAAUUAUAUAUAACAAUAAUUAUAUAUAUAUAUAUAUAUAUUUAAUCAGUAUCAGUCUACGUGUAAUUUGAUAUUAAAAUAUAUAUAGUAAAAUACACCUAGACAAUGUAUGUGUGAGUGUAUGUAUAUGUGUUUAUAUAUACGUAUAUAUUCAAAUAAAAUAGUAUAUAAAAAUUUUUUAUAUACUUAGAUCAUAUAUAUAUAUAUAUAUAUAUACUGACUUUAACUUUAUUUUAUUUGAAUUCAGCCAGCAGGGAAACUAACUGUCAUUACAGGCAGUCCCCCUGUUGGCAAUGCAGCAGCCAGCUAACCCGGCCAUGUGAUUGUGAGGUCCUGUGAGGGCCCGGAGGAGGCUGAAUCCGCCGUGGGGGACUCCCUGGGAUCCCAGGUGAGUCUCCCCAACCGCGAUCGCCGGCGUCCGGGUAAGUAACAAAAAACGUGAGGGCGUACUAUUACACCCUGCAGUGUUUAGAGCUGCUUAGAAUAGGGUGUAAUAGUAAGCCCUCCGGUUUUAAGGGGUUAAGCAGAGUGGUUGCUGCAGAUGGUUUAGGUAAGCAAAGACCAGUUUAUAGAUGGAAUAUCAAAGAUUAGAUAUUUCAUUAGUUGAAUUUAGGAGACGAGGAAAUAGAUUUGCAUUCAUAUUGAAAUGCCAGAAGAAUUAUAUAAUCCAAUUUAUAUAACUUGCUGUUUCCUUGGAAGGUUUUCCAGUAAUAGAGGAAGUAGGAACAAUAUCACAGGUAGUCCGAGGUCAAGGGAAGCAGAAUGGAGAUCAGCGAUUUAACAGUCCAGCUUCGGUACACGUGUAGAGAAGUUUAGCGAGAGAAUUGUUUGUAGCCGGUCAGAAGAUCUAGGAAGCUUCAAAAUAACCAAGCACUUGAAACUGGUGUGGUUCCCCUAUGUAGCGUGAGUAAGCCGCGUCAGAGAAGGGCGGCUUGUUGUUGUUCCGUCAACCCGGAAGUGUCGGAAUAGCAAGAAGCCAACAGUUAAGUUCUGACAAUUAGCACAAUAUAUAGUUUUUGCAUUAGACAGCUGUUGUGAGGAAAAAAAUAGCAUGCUCCCCCCAUUCCAAUGUCUGUCUAAAACAGAAGAUGCCUUAAAGCUUGGCUUCAAUCAGGGAGGCAGAGAGAGGAGCUGGGAAGUGUUACUAUCCUUCUAUAGAGGGGCACCGCCAGAGAGGAGGUUGCCGCUCAUGAAGGCAGACUGAUGGCGGUGCUGGAGUCAUUGAGCAGGAGAUGGGUAUGGUAAAAUGACCACUAAGACGCAUGGAAGGUGAGUAGAAUCAACAUUAUAUUCAUACACUGUGAAGGGCGCUAGACAGUAUUAGCUUAAUCUAAUUAAUACAUAGCUCACUUUAAGCCAGCACAACUAAUUAGUACUUUAUCCAGUCCUAGUCUGCAGCACUGUGGCAGAGAGGCAAACUACGUUUACAAUGUAUCAGCCCAUAUCAGCAUAUGGAAACCACAGUGAAAAGAACAACUUUAAUUGUUAUAAGGUUUUUUUUUUUUUUCUUCAUGUGUUUAACUGAAAUAUUGUAGAAACGUUAUGCUCCAUUUUUCAAAUGAGUUUUUGCAGUAAUUCAAGGCCUGAAUAGAACAGAUCAUGAACUUGCCCUUAUAAUUUUCCAUCCUCAAAACCUAGCUUCCAGUAACCCACCUCUCCGUUUUCUCCGAUUCCCGAAUGUACUGUACCUGAUAAAUAACAUUGUUUGGGCUACGAGGCCUAAUUUUAUUUAUGCUAUCAGCAAAAGAGCAAUGUUUUGUUGCUGUCGUGGUCAAAAUAAAAGCGACCCUGCUUGUACACAAGUGCCCACAGACUGCAGAUAAGGGGUACAAAAUAAUAAAGUACAAUGGAAAGAGUGUAUAGCCAUUAUUCGUGGCUUGUCAAAUGAAGCCCUUUGGAGCCCCCAGUGAUUCAAAUCUAGGAACUCUGCACAAUUGUGUAAAGUAAGCGCAGCCGGCAUCAACCAAAUCUAACCCAGAUCCUCAGACAUUGCUGAAAUUGCUUCAGUUUGUCAUGCACUGAGCAUGCCACUUUCACACAAUAUCAUUUACUUGCAAAUGGGCCUGGCUUGUGAUCCCUUCGGUAUCUGACUCUUGGCCUGUAAUUUGUCAUGUUUCUGGCAUUAUCAGUGCUCCGUUAUUUUAAUACAUUCUGAUUGUUCGCGGAAGCAAAGAAUGUCAUUGAGACGGUUCUAGAUAAUAACAGCCCAGAGUAGAUUUUGGGAUAUAGCCAUGAAUAUGUUUUCAGAUAAAUUCAGGAUUUUGGAAUCCUAUAUUUAAUUACUUGUGUAAGGGAGGUCUGUAGUCUAAAACUAUAUUAUUUUCGUGAUGUUCUCAUUGUUGUUAAUCCCAGUGCAAGUUUGGCACUAUAUUUUAAAUGCAUAUAUCUAUUUUUAUUACUAUAUAAAAAGUUCUAACACUAAGAAAACAUUAGAAUUUUUCUUGUUUUCACGUAUGUCCUUGUAAGGCCGUCUGUUGUGUAAUGUGUACACGUACAGCUAAAGGGAGAGCGAAUCUCAAACAUGUAUUCCUGACCCUAUAGUGUUAAACCCAUCAUUAAGGUGGAUUCCCCCACUUGGAGCUGUACCUAGGGGCAAUGCACUGCCUUUUCUCUGAAAAGACAGGGUUUGCAUGAAAAUGCCUGCAUAUAAUGUUUAUACUCACCAGAACAACUACAUUAAGCUGUAGUUGUUCUGGUGAUUAUAGUGUCCCUUUAACCCCUUAAGGACCAAACUUCUGGAAUAAAAGGGUGUGUCCUUAAGGGGUAGUAUAUAAAGUAGUAUAUACAAUGUACAGUGUAAAGAGGAAAACUUAUAUGGGACCAUUUAUUUUCCCCGCAAAAAAUUUUUUUCGUCUUGUGCAAUAGUUUGCAGUGUGCACAGUCAGAAAUGCUACAUAAUGCAUCUUUCUGUUUUUUUUUUUUGUUUUUUUUUAAAGUUAAAAUUUUAAAGUUUUAAAUGCACCCAGCCUCCCUACCUUUUGGGAGAGCUAGAGUGAAUCAAAUUUCUCUGGGUCCAAGUGGGGCUUCUGUCCUCUUCCUGCUCUGGUACCUCUUGCGCUGUUUAGUGAUGCCGGGGCCGUGACAUUAUAUUUCGGCAUCACAGCAGGACACGAGGGAGCAGAGCAGGAAGAUUACGGUUUACCUUGCCGCCUCCAUUCCUCACAGCCGGCUGGUCCCUUCUGCUCUCCCACAGCAGGCCGCCUGCAUUCUCCAUUGCUGUCUCCACAGACCAGGCUGACAAAUCCCAGAGGUGCCAGGACAAAAUUUCAAGUCGCCAUGGCGACCUGGUACCUGGGAUUUGUCGAGCCCUGUGCUAAGGAAUAGGUGAUUGUUAUUAUGCUCUGAUAUGUGAAAACCAUUCAAAAAGGGGGUACUUUCUUUGUGCCAUGACUGAAUACAAGGUGUGAAAUUAAAUAUUUCAUUCAGACCCCUAGGAGACGUUGUUCUGAAAGUGUAAAUUCAUCAAGAUUCAGAUGAAGGUGGUCUAUACUGCCUUUGCCUGAACAGAGAUUGAUGUUUUUUUAGUAGCCUGAAACUGUAAUUCUUUUGGGGGUUAGCGUCAUGAUUAGUGUGCACAUAUCUUGCUAUGGGUGUUGAAACAUUCAUGUAAGUGAUGGAAUUAAUAUGUUGCAAAAUUCUUUGCCAGAAUUUUUGGUUAGGUUUCCCUAUAUACUGUUACCUGCAUGUGCAUGUAAUCGGGCAAAUUAACUUUGUUGUACUGCAAUUCACAAAGGCAUUAAUUUGAAACUUUUUUGAUGUUUGGUUAUAAGUUAGUAAAAGUAAUGAUUUAAUAUACUGACAGACCUUACAAUGACCACAUCGGUAGACCCUUUUAGUGCGGGGGUCAACCGUGUAGCUGUGGGUUCAGGAGACUCCAAGUUACUGUGAAACAACAUAUCUGUUAAGUUCUUAGGCCUUCUCUCUGUCAUUGUUGGCAAAGAUAGAUGGUAGAAUGUCAUUGAGGGCCAUAUGAUGUUUAAGGAUGAGUCCGUUCCUUGGUAGAAUUCAUUUGGCAACGACCCAUUUCUGAAGAAAAGUUCCAAAGAAUACGAAUUUUUGGAUGUUGAACUUUUUGAUUUAAGAUGUAUUGUGUUAGCACAUAGAUCUAUCUUCUGCUAAGCCUUUUUGAAAUUCUAUUCAGACAGCUUGGUGCUUUGAAACGCUACCUUAAAUCUUGUGCUUCCUUCUCGAAGUCUCUCAUUGGAGCAGUUCCUCCUAGCGCUAAAGCACUGGCUAUAAAGUAUACAGGUAGUUCCCAACUUUACGAAUGAAUUGGUUCCGAAGCCUAAUUCAUAACGUGAGAAGUAAUUUCCCAUAGGCACAAUGUAAUAAACAUGGGUUCCCUUCCUGAAACGUAAACCUAAAUUAUUUAGUGCAAAUACAUAUAUGUUGUAGGAAUGUUAAAGGCAUACAUACCAUAUUGAAAUCUUCAUCAAAAUAUCAUCAAUCAUCCCCAAUGAACAGACAUGCUGCACUUAUUGAAUAGGGGCACCUCUCUUAAGCCUUCCUACUUAUUCACUUUCUUCUUUGGCAUUACUGGGUGCAUAGGCUGACAUAACAUUUCCCUUUAUUUGGAGAUAUUUUCCAUUAAAAGUGGAAAAAAAAUGUUUGUUUCUCAGAGGAGUUAAAGUGAUUUAACCCUUUAAGGACCAAACUUCUGGAAUGAAAGAGAAUCAUGACAUGUCAUGUGUCCUUAAGGGGUUAAAGAGAUACUAUAAGUGCCAGGUAUACAAAGCUGUAUUCCUGGCACUAUAGCUCCUUCUGCCCCUUUCCUCCGUUUGCUCCCCACUGUGAUAAAUAAAGGGUUAAAAACCCUUUAUUUACUUACCUUACCACAGCACCAAUGUUCCUCGGUGCUUGGUCGUCUCCAUAGGAAAGCAUUGAAUCAAUGCUUUCCUAUUGGGAAAAAUCUGAUGCUGCGUGUUCGUAUAUAGAGCGUGAGGACAUCCAGCGUCCGUUACCAGACCAAAGAUCUGUUUUAAUCCAGGAAUUGCCUCCAGUGACUGUCUGGUAGACAGCAACUGGAUGCAGACUUAGUGCUGCAAUGUAAACACUGCAGUUUCUCAGGGACACUGUACCCAGAGCACUUCAAUUAGCUGAAGUAGUCUGGGGGCCUAUAGUGUUUCUUUGAUUUAUGAAGAAAGUAAGAGCAGGCCUCAAGGAUCUUUAUUAUAUGGAAUGUUGCUAUAGAGGAUAAGUAUGUGUAGGCUUGUUACCAAUGUGUAUGAGGGAACGUAUAAGGUCCUUCAGCUCCAAAAGGGUCUGUUGUUGUAUCCUGUAAAUAAGGUUGUAAAAGGAUGUCUAAGAAUUGCUCUUUCAUUGAGACUGUGUCUAUUUUCAUUGCCAAGAUUAUUUUGCAAUUGACAAAUUUGAUCUUUGUAUAAUUUUUUUUUCCUUCUGACUUCACUCAUUGAUUGCAUGGCUGAUAUGUCUGAACCUUCAGUGGACCUUCAUGUGUUUUUGCUGACACCGAUUAGCAUGAAGGUGUUAAUGUUAGUAAUUUCAUUCGCAGAACGUUUAAAAUGUGCCUGUAAUCUGCUACUGAAAUGUGUCAGAUCAUGGGCUCUUGUUAUUGUGAACAUGCAUCUGACUAACAAGCAAGCCUCUCUGAAUUCGAGAAGAACUUUUUUCAUGCUUGAAGUCAUGCGGAUGAUGAGUAGUUGCUUGCAGUCAAGCGAUGGGGAUUCUUUAAUAUUUCAUCUUUGUUUUUCCACUUUUGCUCCUCUGUAGAAUUCACAAUGGUAAAGUGAUCCACUCCGCUCAGGUUUCUCCUUUUUUGCCUUUGGAUGGUUUGAAGGUUGGUUCCCCAGUGGCCAGGAAGGUCCCCUGAAGCUACAAUAGGCUUCCUAAUGUCACUUGCUCUCUUUGUUCUGCUUUGCACACAAGGCCAGGAUAUAUAAAUAUACAAUAAAUAAAUAGUGGAACACUUAUAGUAGCUGACACACCGGGUACUUAAAUGGACCGUUUGCUAGUCCUGAUGAAUGAUGUACUUUCUUUUAGAUGCUAUAAAGGCAAAAAAAUAAAUAUAUAUAUUUCUAUAUAUUUUUUUUCUGUCUUUAUAGGAGAAACAGGAGUCGGGCAUAUCACUUGUUCCAGUGUUUUUUGUUUUUUUUUUAAUUAAGGAAAUGCUGGUCACAGAAUAUAUAGAUAUAUUCUUUUUGUUUCUGCCUUUAUAGCAUCUAAAUAUAUGUGUCCAAUUAUUCUUUAUAUUUAUGUCUGUUUUAUAAGCCAGCACAUGCUAAACAAAACACUUGGCAUUUUGUGCAUUAGCCAUUCGUUUGGCAUGAUGUAAAACCAAUUUAAUUCAAAGUGCUAUUUUAGAUAUUUUCUUGGUAUUCAUUUUUAAAUGAUUUCACACUUAAUGGGAUUCACUGGAUGUCUGCAGUCUGGUACAUUUUCUAACAUAGAUAGGGAAGAAGUUCCUAGGUCUGCAUUAGGUGUAUUCAUUUUGUACAUAUCUAGACUGAAUGAAUUUUGUAUAGUGGGGUAGUUUUCAUAGGCUAGCCCAAAGACUAAAGCUCCUGCCUUGAAUGCUGGUUGGAGAGGCCCAGGCUAAUAACAAAGUGAGAGAAUGUAGCUAUUAUCAUAUGGUAGGAAUUGGUCUGAUAACAUGGGAAUAACUUAGGAUCUAGGAAGGAAGCCACUGCUAGAGCAGUAGAUCAUUAAAAAUGGAAUAAGAAAGGGGUACAUAUACCCCCCUGCAUUCAUGCACACGGAUCAUCCAUGCACAUAUUCCUCUAGAAUUACACAGCGCCACACACAUAUGGUAAUUCAUUCACACACUGACCCUCCAUGCGAGUAUACCCAUUCAUUCGCACGCUGACCCUCCAUGCGAGUAUACCCAAGCAUUGGCACACUAACCCUCCAUGCGAGUAUACCCAAGCAUUGGCACACUGACCCUCCAUGCGAGUAUACCCAAGCAUUGGCACACUGACCCUCCAUGCGAGUAUACCCAAGCAUUGGCACACUGACCCUCCAUGCGAGUAUACCCAAGCAUUGGCACACUGGCCCUCCAUGCGAGUAUACCCAUGCAUUCGCACACUGACCCUCCAUGCGAGUAUACCCAUGCAUUCGCACACUGACCCUCCAUGCGAGUAUACCCAUGCAUUCGCACACUGACCCUCCAUGCGAGUAUACCAAGCAUUCGCACACUGACCCUCCAUGCGAGUAUACCCAAGCAUUUGCACACUGACCCUCCAUGCGAGUAUACCCAAGCAUUUGCACACUGACCCUCCAUGCGAGUAUACCCAAGCAUUCGCACACUGACCCUCCAUGCGAGUAUACCCAAGCAUUCGCACACUGACCCUCCAUGCGAGUAUACCCAUGCAUUCAAUUAAUAUUUUUGCUCUGUAUUUACAGAUGAAAAUGAAGGAAAAGGGACCUCAGUUGAGAAAAAGGAUAAAUGAGUCAUUUAUUACAUGUGAGUUUACAGAGGAAGAGGUUCUAUUUCAACUGUCAAAAGACAAAUAAGUCAAUGGGACCUGAUGGAAUACACCCAAAGCUAUUAAAAGAGCUUAGUGGUGUACUAGCAAAACCAUUAACAGAUUUAUUUAACCAAUCUUUGUUAACAGGAGUAGUCCCAGAAGAUUGGAACUUAGCGAAUGUUGUGCCCAUUUACAAGAAAGGUAAUAGGGAGGAGUCGGGCAACUAUAGACCAGUAAGCCUUACUUCAGUAAUGGGGAAAGUGAUGGAAACCAUGUUAAAGGAUAGGAUUGAUGAACAUCUAAAAACACAUGGAUUUCAAGAUCAGAGACAACAUGGGUUUACUUCAGCGUGAUCAUGCCAAACUAAUCUUAUUGAUUUUUUUGAUUGGGUAACAUUAUAGAUCAGGGUGGUGCAGUAGACAUUGCUUACCUAGAUUUCAGUAAGGCUUUUGACACUGUUGCACAUAGAAGGCUUAUCAAUAAACUGCAAUCUUUAAGUUUGGAUUCCAAUAAUGUUGAAUGGGUAAGGCAGUGGCUGAGUGACAGGCAACAGAGGGUUGUAGUUAAUGGAAUAUAUUCGAAGCUUGGACUUGUCACCAGUGGGGUACCUCAGGGAUCUGUACUUGGACCCAUUCUCUUUAAUAUUUUUAUUAGUGAUAUUGCAGAAGGUCUUGAUGGUAAGGUAUGUCUUUUUGCUGAUGAUACUAAGAUAUGUAACAGGGUUGAUGUUCCAGGAGGGAUAAGCCAAAUGGCAAAUGAUUUAGGUAAACUAGAAAAAUGGUCAGAAUUGUGGCAACUGACAUUUAAUGUGGAUAAGUGCAAGAUAAUACAUCUUGGACGUAAAAACCCAAGGGCAGAGUACAGAAUAUUUGAUAGAGUCCUAACCUCAACAUAUGAGGAAAGGGAUUUAGGGGUGAUUAUUUCUGAUGACUUAAAGGUAGGCAGACAAUGUAAUAGAGCAGCAGGAAAUGCUAGCAGAAUGCUUGGUUGUAUAGGGAGAGGUAUUAGCAGUAGAAAGAGGGAAGUGCUCAUGCCAUUGUACAGAACACUGGUGAGACCUCACUUGGAGUAUUGUACACAGUACUGGAGACCGUAUCUUCAGAAGGAUAUUGAUACCUUACAGAGGACAACAAAUAGAAAUAGAAGUGGCGCUUUAGGAUGAAGAUAGGUGACUGGUGCUGCUAUACCCAAGUAUAUCACCACUAUGUAUACUUAGAAAAGAUACAAUAAAGCACAGAAAAGGUAACAGCGCACACACACACCAGUGAGGUGGUUUACCUGACAAAUAAAUAGUAGGUAUCUCCUCCUUAUAUACAAUCAGUGUAUUGAAUAUUAGAUUACCUAUACAAAGGGUAUAAACAUAAAACAAAACAUAGUGUAAUCUGUAUAUUCCACACAAUUAAAAUGGAAGUUCUGAGUUAGAAACACUCACACUUUAAUGAGCCAUUUAAAGUAGGCUCUGAACUUAUAUGGCUUUUAUGUCACUUCAAUGGGACAUACGCAUUUUCUUUACUCAUCAGGCAGGUUCUCCUUUAGUCUUAGUGGUCUUCUAUAAUGGAGCAGGAAUCAGAAGUCAGGAACCAGGAGUGUCAGAGUAAAAUAUUUAUUUAUAAUAAAAUAAAAAAUGAUAAGAAAUAUUGCACAAUGCGUUUCAACCAUCUACCAGUGGUCUUCCUCAGGUGCUGUUCAAAGCUCAAAUGAAUAUACUGUUGUUUAUAUAGGGAAUAGUGUUACAAACUUAAUUGCAUAAUCCCUUGCACAUGAAAAACUAAUUACAAUGAUAUUACCUUAUAUGGUCCGGACCGGAUGUGUUCUGCCACCUCCAAUAUGGCUCCACAUGCGGUUCGGAGGCACAGGUAACCAAAGGAAUACUUAUAUAAAAAUAGAAUAUAAUAAGAUCAAUCCUCCCCACCAUAAUCUACCCUCACAAAAUGUUUAGUUAGUGAGUGACCAUAAAGUAUAGGGUGUAGUAAAUCCAUUCCCGAUCUUCGUUAUGACACUUCCGGUUACGUGUGUCAUAAUGGAGUCCGUCCGUCGCGUCACUUCCGGUUUCGCUGAGAGUAAAUCAGCAGAACGUUCCUCCUCUCUUCCCAUAUUCUAGCAAUGUUCAUGCAUCCUGGGGCAAAAAUGGCCAUCUUGGAAAUGGGCAAUUAGUCUACUUGUUUCAGAACACACAUAUAAAUCUCGAGCAGACAUAAUUUAAAGGGGAAAAAUAAAAAAUAAAAAAUAAUGAAACCAUUAGUUAUAUAUAAUACAUAAAAAUGACAUGCACAUAUUCACCAUGCCUUACAAAUAAAACAUAAUGAGUAUAUAAAGUGCUGAUCAAAGUAUAAAGUGCUAUUUAGAAUAUAAAUACUAAAAUACAUAUAAAACUAGUUGUCCAGCAAAUAGUCAAUCACAAACCCAGGGAUAAGAAGCCUUCAAAAAUAUAUAAGAUAUUUUUCACUAAAUUUAUCAUUUUUAUAACAAUUUAUUGAUUUCAAAGUCAAUAUUAAGUCCUCUUGGAGUUAAAGACCGUAAUUCAAAAAUCCAUUUGGAUUCUUUCAGGCCAAGAGUUCUAGAUAUAUCUCCCCCUCUCCAGUUUCCUACUACUUUUUCAAUCGCAAAAAAACUUAGAAACUUAGGGUCCGAACCAUGGUGUUGUGAGAAGUGCCUUGAUACACUAUGGUUUGGAAAACCUUUCUGAAUGUUUCUAAGGUGUUCGUUAAUUCUUAUUUUAAGAUGGCGGGACGUCUUCCCCACGUAUUGGUAUCCGCAGCUACAUUGUAAAAGAUAAAUAACAUAAGUAGAGUGGCAUGUAAUUAGAGAUUUAAUAUAAUAUUCCUUCUUGGUAACUGAAGAGUGGAAGUUUUCCACUUUCUUAUUCAAUCUUAGAGUAUUACAACAAGCCCGGCAAGAUCCACAAUAAAAAAAGCCCUUCUGCUCCUGUGUCCAAUUACUUAAAAAAUUCCUCGGAAUCUCUGUUUUAAUAAAACUUGAUGUUAACAUUUGUUUUAAAUUUUUUGCUCCCCUAAAUAUAAACUUAGGUUUAUUUCCUAUAAAUUGUUGAAUGUCCUCCUCAUGCUGUAAAAUGUGCCAGUUUUUCUUAAUAUUUUUUUUUAAUUGCACCAAUAUUACUUGAAAAAUUAAAAAUAAAAGGGAUCUGGUUAUUUAAUUGUCCUGAAUCAUCUUUCUUUCUAUAUUGUAGCAGGGGGGACCUAUCCAUUUCUCCAACCUGAUCUAUUUUGUCCUGUAAAACAUCUUCUUUAUACCCUUUUUCUAUCAGUUGUUUUUUAAGGGACAUUGCUUGGAUGGUAUAAUCCUCUUUCUUGGUACAGUUCCUCCGUAUCCUUAAGAACUGUCCUUUGGGUAUAUUAUUAAGCCACGGACGGUGGUGGCAACUAUCUAAUUCAAUAAAACUGUUAACAUCAACUUUUUAAAAAAAGGUUUUAGUCAUCAACAUUUGAUCUUGGAUAAAAACAUUAAGAUCUAAAAAAUCAACACUGCAUUUACUAACACUCUUCGUGAGUGUAAUUUCCCAAUCAUUAUAAUUAAGAUAUGUAAAAAACUGAAGAAAAGUGUCUUCUGACCCCUUCCAAAUAAUAAAAAUGUCGUCGAUAUACCUUUUAUAGAGGACCAAGUUUGCGCCAAAUUCAUGUCCCUGGAACACAAACAGCUGUUCCCAAAAAGACAUAAAUAGAUUCGCAUAACUUGGCGCAAACUUACCUUAAACCUUACAGAGGGUUCAGAGAAAGGCUACUAAACUGGUUAAUGGAUUGCGGGAUAAAACUUACCAGGAAAGGUUAAAGGAUCUUAACAUGUAUAGCUUGGAGGAAAGACGAGACGGGGGGAUAUGAUAGAAACAUUUAAAUACAUAAAGGGAAUCAACACAGUAAGGGAGGAGACUAUAUUUAAAAGAAGAAAAACUACCACAACAAGAGGACAUAGUCUUAAAUUAGAAGGACAAAGGUUUAAAAAUAUCAGGAAGUAUUACUUUACUGAGAGGGUUGUAGAUGCAUGGAAUAGCCUUCCAGAUGAAGUGGUAGAGGUUAACACAGUAAAUGAGUUUAAGCAUGCGUGGGAUAGGCAUAAGGGUAUCCUAACUAUAAGAUAAGGCUAGGGACUAAUGAAAGUAUUUAGAAAAUUGGGCCGAAUGGUUCUUAUCUGCCGUCACAUUCUAUGUUUCUAUUCACUUUACAACCCUCUGCUCAAGUAUACACAAGCACUCAUAAAGCGAUUCUCCAUGCAAAUAUACCCAUAGAAUUACAUGCUGAUCCUUUGUGCAAAUACACCUAUGCAUUCACAAACUAUGCCUCCUAUUACACAUGCUGUCCCUUCACGGAUCAUGUUUUAAAUUGAUGUUGUUCAUGCCGUAGUACAUGUGUGUUUUGCCUUCAUGUAACUGUGUUCAUGUCACACUUACAUCUGUGCUGUGCAUGUUACAUUCAGAAGUACCAUGUCUCAUUUAGUAUAUACGCUGGGUAUUAUGCAAGCUUGCAUCACGUCCAUCAAUGAAACUGAAAUGUAGAAACUUGAGGAAGCAUUGCUGUGUGAAACCGUAUUUUUGCAAAAGUAUUUGUAAAUUUGUACUCUUCCGCUUAAUGCAGUUUGUGUAGCAGUUUAAACUGCACUGUAAUUCAUGUGCCAUGUAAAUAAUGCAUUAAUUUUAUUCUAGAGUUAACAGAGACUUGUCAAGCAGUUGUGCCAUCAUAUCCCAUUAAGUUUGCUAGGAUGUGGAAAUAUCAUGGGUCAUAUGAAUCCACAAAAAUGAAUCUAUACCAGAUCUAGAGUAACAAUGAACUUGAUUUCAGAACACACCAGUAGAUGUCGCCGUUGUCACUGACCUCAAUCAAGAAAUAUUGCUUGUUAUUUAUGAAUUAUGGCAUACACAUUUUAACAUAGUUACUGAAUGUUUACAUUUGUUAAAUAGCAUCAGGACCAUAUAUACUGCAGGUUAUUAUACUUUUUUUUUUUUUUUUUUUGUCAAAUUGUUGUUUGUCAAAACAGGGUUUCCUGCUCCCGGUGGUCAGAUAAUACAGAGGUAUUACUUUCUUUUUGCAACCACCACAUUAGUAUCCUUGUACUAUUCAGUUUUGUUGCAACAUAAGCAUUUAUUGCAAAUACUGUGUUGUAUGAAUGUUUCUUUCCACCACUACCCGUUGGACUAAUAGCCAUAGUAUCUUAGAGAUGAAUGGUGACUUGCUCAAAAUAUCUUGAUUAUUACAUCAUGCAAUUGCUGCUUCAUUUACACUGAAUUUCUGUAUGCAGACUGCCCACAUUUUGCAUUUUUAAAGUGUUACUCAAUGCUUACCUGUCUAAAUUUUGUGUUACAUCCAAUCUUAAAUUUGACUGACAUUGUUCUAAUAGAUUACUUUAACAGUGCUUUGGGAAACUCCUACAUGUGAUUUUAGGUUUUAGCAAUUGUAAUUUAGUUCAUAUUUUAUCUGCAUUUUAAGUUUUAGAUAAUUUUUUUUUGCUUAUAUUAGUUUUUUUUUUUUCAGUUCUGUUUUUUUUUUUAUUAUUAUUAUUAUAUUACUUGCAUAAAAUAACAGUUUUGUGGACCCAGAACAUACUUGAAAACGAGAGAAAUCGCAAUGUAUCUUUCCUGGUAAAAUAUUUUAUAAAUAAAUAAAAUAAAACAGGCAGUUUAGUUUUAUUUUCCUGAGCUGUGUGUGCACGCACAUGCAAUACUUGUGCCUUCACUGUGUGAGGUUUUUACUCCCAGCAUCCUUGGCGUUUACUUACAAACAUCUUGGAUUUGGCACAAUGUGCAAAUAUAGCUAAGAGAGCAGGUUUACCAGUGUGGAUAUUAGGCUUGAUACGCAGCAGUUGUGCAGUAGAAGAUAGCGUGUGGGAUUUACUCUGAUUUAUUAUUUUUUUUUAUGCAUACCCUGAAAAUUCCAGUUGGUUUUCAAAUGUGCCUUGUCUCAGAGAGCCCUCCCACAAUAUUUGCUGGAAAAUCUCUAGAAUCAAGAGUAGAUGUUACCAUGCAAAAUAUUGAUAAAUCUUAUGAGCAUGAAGUUGCAUAUUUCUGGAUUAAGCAUGAUUAGAGUUGCAUUCUAUGGUACAAGGAGUGCCAGCUGUUACCUAUUCCUGCUAACCCUUUCUAUCAGAAAAGUAAGAUGGAACCCGCUGAGAGUUUUUCAGUUGACUUUCACUCUAAUUCCGUAUUGUUUACCCAGCAAUGGCCAAGAUAAUCUUGUUGUAGGCAGCCUGUCGGCAAUGAUGUAUUCAUAGUGCUAAAGGCAUGCUCUGAGCAAUGGUGCAGGCAUUUCCCUAGUUCCAAUAUCCUUGUCAUAAAGAGUCAGUUUCUCCUGCUGCUGAAGAGAUGUGGGCUUUAGACAAGUCACUUGGCAAGUCAAAAAGUCUACGCUGUCCCCUCGGAUAAAACGUGUCUCUUGUCUCAGCUGAAGUUAAAACCAAAAUACUCCAAGCACAAAAAUGAUUUUUAACUCCUCUUAAAAACUUUGGUAUUGCACAUGAAGAGUUUAAAGAGCUUCUUGCAUUAUAUUGAUCCAAGACCAUGAUGGCCUGCAGCAUUCCAAAUGUUAAGGACUUCUGCUCCCAUGAUGCUCAGACAGCUGACUAGUCUGUGAAGUUAAACAUUCCUCUUUAAGCGGUUAGAUUAUAAGCAAUCUAAACAAUAAUUUACUAAAAUAAUACACGGAUUUCAGUAAUGGUUUUAUAAAGGACUGUGGAUAGAUUGUUUAAAGGAAAAGCAUUACUUGAAAAUUACACAAUUGAAUGAAACAUUGACAUUCAACGUAUAGCAAAUUGCAUCGCAUUCCAGUUAUGUCCAGGCACAGUCGGAGUGCACGUUACAAAUGAGAAAUAGAAACGUUAUUUCUCCUCCACUAUGCAAACUUUUUCUGUGCUGACUGCCAGGUGAAAAGUACAGAGCUCAUAACAGUGACCAACAGGGAACUAAUAUGGAGACACCCAAUUGCAAAAUAAAAUGGUACGGAUUUCUACAGGUCCCUGGCUCUGGAUGCCGGCUUAAUGUUACAGGUGAACAUUUUUCACCUGGAAGUCCAGCGCUUGAUCGCUCUGUCCUCUGUUCUUGCGCUGCUCAGAUUCUUGGAAGAAGAAGGCAGUUGCGACACUGAUUGGCUGAGAGCAUCACCAACUGAUGGUCUAAGCCAGUCAGUAGCUCACCUAUCAUAAAAACAGCUGAGAAAAAUGUGAAUGUGUAUACAUAUUGGCACUUAUUGUUUUGGAAAAGUGAAUAAUUAAAAAAAUAAAAUUGUCCAGCACAAAACAUGUUACCGGUCUGUGUACCAUUGGUCAUAGAGUGGAGGAGAAUUUCAUGCAAUAUAAUCCAUAAACAUUUGAAAGGCUGCUAUUCUAUAUCUGAUUGCACAUGUUUAAAUUUUUGUAUAUUCUUUAGUCUUGGUACCAUUAUAUACAGUGCACUUUUAGUGUCAAACGUGGCUUUGGAGGUGUCUCUUUAUAAAAAUAACAUUUAUAUAAUGUAUUCUGAUUUAAGUUUUUACUGUUGCUGUAACGGAUUCUCUAUAUAUGGAAUGCAAACUCCCUGAUUGUAAAAUUUCUACAGAUAAUUAUUUUAAUUCAUUUUUUUUUCUAUAUUUAUUUGAUAAUUAUUUCUCUAUUUAAAGCUUUUCGUCAAAUGUCUGUUUGAAAUUGAUGGGAUUAAACAUAUUUAAGAUCUAGGUUAACAUCCCAUUAUUAAAGCUGUAGAAGUGAGCUGGCUGUGAUUGCGAUAUUAGAGUACGUCCAUAUAUAUUCCUGGACGCUUGGCCUGCUAGUUUGCAAGUUUCUUGAGAAAAUCAGUUGAGUGAUAAUUGAUCCGUGUGCAGGUAGAUUGUCUUUGCCUCCUGACAGACAGACUGUCGGAGGAUAUCCGUAUGAUGUGAUAAGUGCUAGUGGCGUAAUCUAAUGAAGCUGUAUACUAGUUAACACUUGAGCGUAGGCACACUAAAUGUCUUCACCCUAACGCACCUGCACUCCUACAAAACAAGCUCAUCUACUCCGUCAAACCAUCUUGCACUGAUCAAUAAGCGGUUUUGUGUGUCCUUUUGCUGCUGUCAAGUGCCAUUGAAUGAUGUAAACACACGUCAGAAUCUAGAAUCUUGAUCGUCUGCCAAGGCUGUCACUGCGAUCUGCCGGCAAACCAACUGACAGCUGAUUUUGUCUCUGUAAUUUCUUUGACAUGAUGGCAGAUAUCAGCAUAACUGUAUAAUGGCAUUUGUUACCCUUCAAAACACCACCUGCUCUUCAAGAAAAUAUCGCCUUGCCUGGAUGUCACUGGUCACAGAAUCUAUUUCUGCAGAUACAGUUCAUAUGCAAAGGUACGAAUGCAGAGAACAGGUCAUAGUUUGAAUCUGUGACAUGGGUUUUUAUCUUAAUUACACACGACGGAUUUAUAACUGAAGUGUGAAUUCAAAAUGCGUUUGAAAAUUUAGCCCAAAAUAGCCGAGAUGAAUAUAAAGAUUACAUGGAGAAUAUUUCCUGUUCAGCUAUAGUGGUCUAAAGUUAGAUUUUUUUUUUUUAAAGGUCACAUUUUAGUGAAUUACCCCAUAAUAGCUCAUUAUACUACAGAUAUUUAAAAAAAAAAAAAAAAGCAUGUGGAUCCGUUAUUAUUAUUAUUUUAAAUUAAAACAGCUCUGUUAAUUUAAAAUUCUUCCCUUUUUCUUGACUCCUUGUAAAAUACAAUGCCUUUCUUUUUUUUUAUUUAAUUAAUUAUUGAAUUGCUGUCUUUUUAGCCAAUGUUGCUGUUUAUUUUGUUUUUAGCACAACAAGCAAAAUUCUAAAACAUUAUAGACAAAUUUCAAGGCACAUGGGACAGUGUCAGGUUUUAAGUGAUUUGGCUUUGUAUACUCAAGGUAGGUUUAAAGAAGCUAUUAAAUAAUUAACAUUGCUUUACGGUUUGCCUGUAGUCAAAAUAUUUUAAAAUAUUCAUAAAUUUUUAGGAAAAUAAGUUAAUGAACAGAGGCUAAAACUGAAAAAUGGUUGCAUAACAGAACAAUAUGCCAAAUUUUUAUUGGCUACAUAAAACAAUAAAUAGUUGCAGCGCACUCAGACUACAAAACAAUACAUAAUACAAAGAAGGCUACUAAAAUGCCUAUCUGAGAAUAAAUAUGGGGAUCCACAUAUUUAUUCUCAGAUAGGCAUUUUAGUAGCCUUCUUUGUAUUAUGUAUUGUUUUGUAGUCUGAGUGCGCUGCAACUAUUUAUUGUUUUAUGUAUGAAGUUUGGUCACUGCGGCAGCACCUUUCAUACAAGAUGCAGGUCUUGGGAGUGCCCCCUAUCCUUUUUCUGUAUACAUUAUAUUUGGAAUCCAGACCAGAUUCCUUAGGGGUUAAGCACCCCGCCCAGGCCCCCCAACUUCAGAGGCUCCUUUAGAGGUGGCCACAGGUGUGUAUAAAUAGGAGGAGUUUCUCAGUAGUCUAGUCACUUUUAUUAUUUUCUCUAGUCAGCACAGAUAUCAUCUGCUAUAGUGAGUAUACUCUUUUUAGCACUAACACAUUAUUUGUUUAGUUUUAACACUGUUUUUAAUUGCUUUCAUCACUCAUUUUUGUAUACUCACUAUGCUCUUAUUAGGAUUUAAUUUAACACUUGUAAUUUUCAACACUAGUACUAUUUAAUUUGUUCCCCCACAUUUUUAGCGUAGGACCCACCAAUAUUGGGGUACUUUGAAAGUAGUGGUGGGCUUAACAACAUAUGGCCAUAUGGUGGAACUAAAUCCCCAUAUUUAUUCUCAGAUAGGCAUUUUAGUAGCCUUCUUUGUAUUAUGUAUUGUUUUGUAGUCUGAGUGCGCUGCAACUAUUUAUUGUUUUAUGUAUGAAGUUUGGUCACUGCGGCAGCACCUUUCAUACAAAAUGCAGGUCUUGGGAGUGCCCCCUAUCCUUUUUCUGUAUAAAUUUUUAUUGGCUGUCAUAGUCCCUAUAUUCCUUAAACUGGUAACUAGGUUACCAGUUUGUCUGAACUAACCGUACUUACCUUGAGCGAGGUAGAACAUGCAGAGAAAUGGAUAGUACUAUGAACAGAGCCUUGAGCAAAGUGUAUGUUUUCAUUAUGUGAAUGCAAAGUGUACAUUGCAAUAAGAAGAAUAUACAAGAUAAACAUGCAAACUGGAUACAACCAUAAUGUAAAAAAAUAGGCAAAUCCACAGUGUCAGUAUUGUUGGAGGUAUAUUGAAUCCAUUUAUAGUUCCAUUCAUGGAAUACCCAAUGCAAACAAUACUGAAGGCCUGUAAGUGUGCACAUAUGCAAGACAGAAGCACAUGCACGUUCUCCUACUGUCACCCAAAAGAUGGCUAGAUUGAAUGGAAAUGCAAGGCUAGGGACCAUAUCAUAAAAAGCGUCUGAGUCAAUAACAAUGUAGGAUUUUAUAUUUAACUGAAAUUAUUAAAAAAAUAUAUUUUGUUCACUUAGUUUUGUUUUUUUUCUUUGCAGGAACGCAAAAUUCUCUCUUUCACAUUCUUAUUUCUGGCUAUGAAGGGGUUUUACAUUAAUUGAAUAGCCCCCUACUGCAACACUUUUAACACCUGUAGAACUACCAGGGUUGCAUGUGAGAUAUCUGGCAGAAUCAACUUAGCUUUUCAUUUUUCUAAGUUGAAAAAAAAAAAAAUGACUACUGAUAAGUUGGGUAAUGUCAUCUGCAUCUCAAGAUUAAAAAAAAUGAAUUUGAUCCUUGCUGGUAAAAUGGUUUGAUACUAUAUAAUGAAGUAUGCUCAUGAAAUCCCAUUGUUUCUCUAUAACCAACGUGUUCUAUUGAGAUUUACAGGAAUUCUGCCUAUCCUGAGAAGCACUGACCCUGCUACAAGGGUUUCACCCAGCAGUGUCAGUUUAUUGAAGGGUCACUGAUUACAAAACCAUUAGAACACCUCUAACUUAUCCUUAUCUAAAAUGUGUUUCUAUAUAGAGGCAGAAACUGUGAAUUCCUGGCCUGUUUACACAGAGGUAUGCAUAAGGAAACUAUUGAAUCUGAAGCACAUCAUCACUGUCAAAUUAAUUCUACUCCUGAUCUUCCAGGUAGCUGUGUAUAUGUUUGUAUUUGCAGUAUCUAGCUAAACCUGUGUGGACACUCUUUCUAAUUAAAGAUAAAUGUAUGCGAAAAGACCCGUAGGAACUACCUCCCAAGUGCCUUCAUCCUAGAGUAGACUCCACUCACGUAUCCGUUAAAGCUAAGGAUUGGGCAUAUUAGCAAAAAGGGGAAAAAAGGUCCAAGGCAGAUUUAUUGAAUAAUAAAAGGUGAAUCUUUCAGCUCAAAUAAAAAUCUUUUAAAAAGGGCUAUUUUCCAAGCCAAAGCAUUGUUCACUUCUAUUCAAUAAACCUGCCUUGGACAAAUGUCUUAAUGUGCCUAGCCCUAUAUUUUUUAUUGGACCCUUUCUCAUAUGUAACUAGCUUUAAAAGAAAGGACUACACAAGAAUUGUUAGUCAGUAGCCAAAUGAAAUGAGUUUCUGUGGCCAAGCUUCCACACAUGAGCCUAAUAUCACCAUGUGCAAUACUGAGCAUUAGCUAGAAUAGUGCAAAGCUUGUAACUUUUGACCUCUGGAAUGUUGACUGUUGCUUCCCCAUAUGGAAAUACGAUUAAACAUUCCAGGUUUGAUAGAUGCUGAGAGAACUGUACAUGCAUAACAAGACUGGACCCCUUCCUGUUUCUACAAGCCAGUUAAUUGUGCACACAAGAGGAAAUUCAUUGGAGGUGAGCAGAGCCCAGUGAAAAGACUUCUGGGAUAAAUUGGAGCACAAACUUUGAUCCAUGUCUAAUAAUGCAACAUUUGUACCAGAAAUCAUUGUUGAAUUUUUGGCUAAAUGGAAGCAAAUUCUGUAACAAUGUUUCAACAUCUAGUGAAAAGUAUUCUCAGAAGAUUGGAGUGAGUACUUGAUAGCACUUUAGGGACCAUAUACAUGUUAAUUUGAAAUGAGAUUUUUAUUAGUUAAUUUGAAAUGAGUGGCUCAGUAGGUAAUUGCCAUGUAUUUUGGCCAAAUACAUAUUUUCCCAGUAAUUUGAGUCACGGCCUAUGCAGUUCACUUCAACUGGAAAAUAACUAAAGGGACACUCUGGGCGCCAACAUGGCUCAAAUGCAUUUAAUAGAUUUGGACAGUCAUAGAAACUGAGAAACAUGCAGUGAUUUUACCAAGUGUUUAUCUGUGUAUCCUCUGAUUUAAAAGCAGACUGCGUUGCUUACAGUAGUUUAGCCUAAUCUGUGAUGUCUGUGGCUGAGCUAUGUAUAUAGCAGUGAUGGCUAACCUUGACACCAUAAAUUGUUUCUGGACUACAUUUCCCAUGAUGCUCAGCUAGCUUUCAGACUCUAAAAAAUGUAUGGUGUCAAGGUUCGCUAUCGCUGGUAUAUAGAAUAAGGUAGUCUGGGCUUGGUCAAGGAGGCAUGUAUAUGAUGCAACAUUCUAUUAACUCCUUUUAUAUUUUUCUUGCAAAAGCUAGAAAUAUUUGAACAUGCAAAAGAAUACAGCAUAUUAAUAGGAUACUCUAGUGCCAAAAUAAUUUGAAAAAAUAUAUAUUAUUUAGUGGUUAUACACUUAAAACAUGCAUGUAUUUAAAUAUCUAUUUAUUUUUUUGUUGGGGGUUUAUCUAAAAUCAGCUUACAAAACCUGCAGAUAUUGUAUAUCCAGCCAUUGCAAGCCAUCCUCAAACCCCGCCCAGACUUUCUGUCCAAUCACAGACUCCCCAAUGCAGCUCAAUGAGAUGUCUCUGCAAAGCAGGUGAAUUAAAGCUAUACUUGUGCCUGUAGUUUCCCUUCAGGGCUGGACUGGCUCACCGGGAAAUUUGCCAGUGGGCCACGGCACCUGGGGCCGGACAGACAGCUGGUGUGCUGGCGGCCAGAGGGAGCCCUGUGCUGUCUCUGCUCUGCUCCCCCACCCUUGCGCGCUACUUAAUGAGUCCGGAGCCAGAAUAUGAUGUCGUAUUACAGCCCUGGUCCCAUUAAGCUGCGCUCUAGGGAGCAGAGCAGAGACUGCACAGCUCCAUAUUCGCGCCACCAGUCGCCUGUCUGGCAGACCACCCACCGGCACAAUCCUCUGGCCGGUCGCACACUGGACCUCACAGGUAGCAAUAUUGUGUGAGUCAUGGUGUGUGUGUUUGUGUCGUGGUGUGUCUGUCUGUCAUGGUUAAUGUGUGUGUCAUUGGGUGUUUGUGUGUGUGUGUUUAGAUUACCAGACCCCUUCCAUUGGCAAAGGAAUAGUGUUUUACCUCCCCCUUUUUUUUUUUUUUCCACACCAUGCUGGUAUCGACUCGACUGGCCCUGCCUCUAUGGCUGAGAUCAUCAAGCUUGAUGAUCUCAGCCAAUCCAAUGUUUUUGUCAUAGGAUUGGCUGCAAAACGUUACACCAAUCAGCAUCUCCUCAUAGAGAUGCAUUGAACAAGAGAAAUCUCAAUGUAUCCAUCCUGGUAAAAUAUUUUAUAAAUACAUAAAUAAUUGAAUCAAUGUAUCUCUAUGAGGAAUGUUCAGCACCUCCAUGCUGAGCGUGGAGGCGCUGAAUGUACAAGAAGCACCUUGAGUGACUGUCACUAGGAAACAAUGUAUACACUGCCUAUUCUCUGAAAAGUCAGUGUUCACAUUGACAAGCCUGCAGGGACCAGCUAUAGACACUUAGAACCACUACAUUAAGCUGUGUGUGUGUGCAUGUGUGCCUGCUAGUGAGUCAACUUGCUUGCGUGUGUGUGUGUCUGCUAGUGAGUGAGCUUGUGUGAGUAAGAGUGUAAUUGGUUAUAGCCCUACAAAUAGGUGCAUAAAGCUCUUUAAUGCUGUCAGAUUGUUUUGGAACAGUUUGAUAAAGCCUGAGAUUCUCCACUGCAUAUAUAACCAGAUCACUCUAAAGCGAGGUUUUAGAAACAUAUCAUCAUAUCUGUUCCAUUGUAGAUGUGGCAUUGUGCCACUAACUCGUUUGCAGGAAAAAGUAAAGGGCGGCCACAGAAUAUCUAGACCAUGUUUAUUACAAACUUUUCUGUAGGGAGCAUUUCUGUGACAGUGAGCUUGUCUGUAGUGAUCUUGUAUAUGUCAGUGAGCUUGUCUGUAGGAAGCAUGUGUGUAUCACUGAGCUUUUCUUUAGUGAGCGUGUGUGUUUGACAGUGAGCUUGUCUGUAGAAAGCUUGUGCGUUUCAGUUUGUCUGUACUACGUUUGUGUGUAUACCAAUAAGCUUGUCUGUGUGUGUCAGUGAGAUUCUGUCAGUGAGCCUAUGUGUGUGCAUUUAUGAGCUUAUAUAUAUCAGUGCGAUUGUCUGAGUCUGUGUUUCAGUGAGCUUGUGUGUCAAAAAUAUAUUUGUUAUAUGUGUGUGUGUGUGUGUGUGUAUAUAUAUAUAUAUAUAUAUAUAUAUAUAUAUAUAUAUAUAUAUAUAUAUAUAUAUAUAUAAUGUGUGUGUGUGUGUGUGUGUGUAUAUAUAUAUAUAUAUAUAUAUAUAUAUAAUGUGUGUGUGUGUGUGUGUAUAUAUGUAUGUGUGUAUAUAUAUAUAUAUAUAUAUAUAUAUAUAUAUAUCUCAUUACUCAAUGAUCUGGUGGCAAGACGUCUCCUUACAGAUUACAUGUGACAAUAUAUAGCGCAAUGACUUAUGGGACUGGCAUAGAUUUUUUUCCAGGGCUGCUUUGUAUCCUCAGGCCAGCCCUGUUUUCCCUUUACAUUUUUCCCCCUAGCCCAUCCUUGUCUUGUGUAUUCCUGUUAAACUUGCUCAACUCUAUAAUUCCUCAUACAAUAUAAAGAAAGAGUGGGUAGAUCCUCCACAGGCUCUUGUAGUGUUGCAUUUACAUGAAAAAAAAAGAUGAUUGAGAUUUAAUUAUUGCUCAUUUAAACACUGUCUUAAUCUGUCCUUUCUGUAGUCUUUUCUAUGAUCUCUUAGACACAAUACACUACAGAAAAAGCUCGGCAGAACAGGGACCCAAACUCGAGACUGUGACACUGCAUUCUGGACAGUUGAUCGGUAUGUUUUAGAGCAGGUGGACACUCGCCCCAUCAUGUUGAAAUUUCUCUACUUGCGAUAGCAUUCAAACUUCUCCUUGCUUAUUAAGACUUUGAAGAUACAAACCAGUAGCACAGUAAUUGCUUUCUUGAAUCUGCCCUUAAUAAUUACAUUUAGUAAACCUGUAUUGAAAAUUAGAAAGGCAGAGACUAAUGGAAAACUAGCUUUUUCACUGAAUUAGAAAGGAAGACAAUCCAUAUAUUGACAAGACUUCAAGUUGAAAGAGAUCAAGAAAACUGUUUGGGACUAUCUGUGCAAAGAUUCACACACAGACCUUAUGUACAGUGGCAUUUGCAUUUUUUCAAUGCGGAGAUGCUCAUAAUGGGUUCGUGUAAAUUCUCUACGUUUUGGUGUUAAUGGUGACAAUUCCAUUUUCAGAAUAUAAAAGAAGUUAAGGAACACCACUCCAACAUUAAAAAUAAAUGUAUUCUUAAUCUUGGAUUUCCUUUUUAGUGGGGAAAAAAGACAUACCAGAUAGUGUAAUAUCUGUGUUGAAGUACUUUUGUACUAUUAUGGCUGUUGUAUGCCUACUUACCGGUUUCCAGUUUUGUACCUCUCCCUUCAUGAAAAUGAUGUCAAUAACUUCUUUAAAGAAGGAUUGUAAAAAAAAAAACUAGAAAAGCUAAAAUUUCUGGGGAAAUUGUGUGAAGUGUUCUUGCCUCCACCAGUAGUCUACAACUGGAGUGGGCAGAGUAACUUAUUAUUUAUUUAUAUAGCACAUUUAAUUGCAACGUUGUUGCCCAAAGUGCUUCACAGUUACAUUAAAACAUACAUUUAUAAAAACAUUAGCAGGUGUACAAAAGGCCCUGUCUAUGACAUCACUUGCUGCUGCAGCCUGGCACAGGUCAGAGUAUUUUGGCGGUUGCCAUCUUCAAACGGUCAUAUUUUAAAAACUAUAAAUCCUACAGUAAGGGGCGGACUGACCGGUCGGGCACUUCGGACAUGGUCCGAGGGCCCGGCCGGGAGGGGGGCCCGCCGCCAGGGCCGCCUUCAGGGGGCCCGGCAUCUGGGGACUUCAGAGGAAGGUGCCACCGGGUGGCCGGUCCGGUGGCACACUGUGAGGGGGCCGGCCGCGUUUCAUGCUGCAGCCGCCGGACCGGGUGGCAGCCUCGCCGGUCCGGCGGCAUUCCUCUCACUAACGCUGAAGGAGGAGGAGCCUGACACAGGGGAGAAAGAGGGGGAAUAGAGAGAUGGGGAGGGGGAGAAAGAGACAGAGAGGGAAGAAUGAGACACAGGGGGAAUAGAGAGAUGGGGAGGGGGGAGACAGAGAGGGAAGAAUGAGACAGGGGGAGAAAGAGGGGGAAUAGAGAGAUGGGGAGGGGGAGAAAGAGACAGAGAGGGAAGAAUGAGACACGGGGAGAAAGAAGGGGGAAUAGAGAGAUAGGGAGGGGGAAAAAGAGACAGAGGAAGAGAGAUGUGGGGGAGAGAGAGACAGGGAAAGGGAGGAGAAAAACAGUGGAAGAGAGGGAGAAAGAGGCAGAGGGGUAAGAGAGACUGGGAAGGAGGGGGGAGAAAGAAACAUACAGAGGGACGGGGGGAGUCAAAAAGGCACACAGAAGGGCUGUAUAUAUCACUGGUGGAUCCAGGGGGGCAACAGGGCAAUUGCUCCCCCUCCCCUGUCCGCAGGCACCGUGCGGGCAGGGGAGGAAGGAAGAGAGGACCUGGGAGCUCACCCUGCAGCUCCUCUGGGUCCUUCUUGCACGAACACAGAGCGUUGCCGCGAUUACCAUGGCAACGUUACCGCUCUUGCGAGAGUCAACUCUAGCCCUGGAGCUACGGUCUAGUGUUCACUCUCAACACUGUGACCCCCAGGGAUUCCUGGUGGUCGCAGUGGUGAGAGUGAACUCUAGCCCCAUAAACACACUGCCCACACACACACACCAUACACAUUCACACACUGCCCCCAUACACACCAUACACAUUUACACACAUUGCCUCACACAAACACAUACACUGCCCUCCCAUAUACACACAGACCCCCAUACUAACAUUGCCACACACAUACACAGCCCACACACCCUACACAUUCACACACUACACCCCCACACACACACUGAACCUUUCACACACAUUGCACCACUGCUCCUAUUCCCUACUACAGCCCCAUAUCCCAGCAGAUCCCAGGUAAGUUGUCAAACUGUUCUUAAAUGGUUUGACUACUUAUUCUGGAGCAGUAGUGGUUAUUGUGCAUGGAUUAUUUCUUUAAAUAAUCUGCAAGUGCCCCAGUAGCCAGCCAGCCAACCCACAGGCUGGCCAGUAGCCAGCCAGUUAGCCAGCCCACAGGCCUACAGCAAGCCACAGGCUUACAGCCAGCAAGCCCACAGCCUGCCAGUCACAGCCAGCAAGCCCACAGCCUGCCAGUCGCAGCCAGCAAGCCACAGCCUGCCAGCCGCAGUCAGCAAGCCCACAGCCUGCCGGCAGUAGCCAGCAAGCCCACAGCCUGCCAGCCGCAGCAAGCAAGCCCACAGACUGCCAGCCAGCAACAGUAAUUAAGGUAAGAAGAGCCAACUUGGCCUAGGUAUCAGCGAGCUAUGUUGUGUUGCUAUAUUGUGAAUAGAAACCAGAGUGUUGGGAGAGACCACCCUCCAGGCCCCAUUAGACUCCAUUGUAGUCUCUAAUGGGGCCUGGAGGGGAUUCUUUCUAACACACUCUCUAAAGGACACUGAGAUAGCCCCCGCUAGAAAGACCCCCCCUCCAUGGCCCAUUAGCCCUCAAUUGUAGUCUCUACUGGGGCCUGGAGGCGACUGUUUCCAGCAGGGGAUAUCUAAUGGACGCUGAGAUGGCCUCUGUUAGAAAGACCCCCUUCCAAGCCUAUUAGACUCCAUUGUAGUCUCUAAUGGGGCCUUGAGGGGAUUCUUUCUAACACACACUCUAAAGGACACUGAGAUAGUCUCCGCUAGAAAGACCCCCCUCCAUGGCCCAUUAGCCCUCAAUUGUAGUCUCUGCUGGGGCCUCGAAGGGCUUAUUGCCCUUUUGUUCCUUGUGUCUAAAGAUUGUGUAGGGUGUGGCUGGAGGCGGUGCAUGGAGGCGGAACAAGGGUGGCGCUUGCUGCAGAGUAUGGGUGGGGCCUGUAAGGGGGCCCUUGAUUUAUUUUGCCCGGGGGCCCUGAGGGUUCUCAGUCCGCCCCUGCCUACAGUGAAGAGCUUUAUAUUGUGAGAAUCACAGGACCCAGACCUACAUUUUGAUGCAUAGUAUGUCUCUGAAAUAUUAAAAAUGAAGGCACAGUCGCAGUUUAGAAAUUGCCCGUCAAAUUUUAGCUGACUAGAGUGGAGUUUCAAUGAAUGUCAAUGCGCAGUGUGAGUUGCAAACAAAUGGUCAUAUAUUGUGAAAACGAUCAGGACUAUGGCUUAGCCGUGGACAUUUUUAGUGGCAGCAGGGAUAGCUGAACGUUUUGAUAUAAGAUUUGUGUAGGUGGGCUUGUAAAAAAAGGGAGUGGUGGCAGUUUAGAAAUCAUGUCCUGAUUUUUUAGCUUUUGCGAGCUCCCACUCUAGUUUUGAACAUUUUGCCAUUCAUUCCUAUGGGACCAAUUUCGCCACAAGAACAACGAUAUUCUGUGAACCAUUCGGCAAAACGUUCCACAAAGUAAUAGCAAUCCGAUCGGUAACAAUCCGCACGUUUCGGUAUAUUACGGUCUAUGUAGUGUAAAAACUGUGGGAGGCGUUAGGGUAAAUUUGGCCAUAAUAAGAAUAAUAUAUAUGUGAGAUAACAUUAAGUGGUCUUGCUAUGCAAGAACACUUUAUAAAUACAAAUUUACCACUAAUCCAAUGCCAAGACAUUCUAAACUCUAAGGAUCUUACAAUAAACGGCUCAGGCUGCAAUUAUGUGUACCCUGUGCAACCUAGUCAGAGAAGCUUCACUGAUUAAGGUGCAUUUUGCAGCAAUUGCAACAUCAUGCCAAUCCAGUGCUUCUCCUAGAAAGGUUUUGAAUCCAAUGCUGUUCUUUAUAAGAAGCAUGAGCCACAUUUGUCAUAAUCAUGCUGACGUGAUGAUCACCUCCUGGGAUUUGCAGCUCUCUAGCUAAAGGGCCUGGAUUGUGAAACAAUGAAGCCGGCCACCCUAGGGAGCAUAGAGGAGGCCGGCACAGGGAACAUUGUAGCUGGAUGCCCUGGGGAUCAUGGAGGCGGCUGCCCUGGGCUGCAUGGAGGUGGCAGGCUUGGGCAGUGUGUGAAGGAGCAGUGAUCUUCCUGCAGCUCCUCUCUGCUCCCUCCUACUGUAUAGUGAUGGUGGAAUCCGGAAUAUGAUGUUACUCCGGUCCUGGCAUCACUACAGGGAACAGAGAGGAGCUGCAGGUAGAAUACUGCUACCUGGCAUGCAGGGUGAGAGAGCAGCCCCACUGGACUCCAGGGAAAGAUCCACUUGGCUCUCCCAAAGGUAGGGAGGCUGGAUGGAUUAAAAAUGUCAGUUUGUGUGUAUAUCUCUGUCACUGAGUGUUUGUGUCUCUGUCACUGUGUCUGUCAGAGUGUUUCUGUUUAUGUACCUGCCCCCCUCUGAUCACAUGAGAGAGGAGUUUUUACUCACCUUUUUUCACAGGCUAUGUCGGUUUACUCACAGCUUGUCCCGCCUCCAUGGCUGAAAUCAUUUAAUCUUUGUGACUUCAGCUAACUCAAUGUUUUCCCAUAGGAAAGCAUAGGGAGGAUAUUGUGCAUGUUCUCUAUGAGUAAGAUGCAGCACCUUCAUGCUGAGCGUGGAGACGCUGAACAAAGGUGCUAAACAUUGUGCAAUACUGACACAGGACUCUCUCUAGUGGCCAUCUGAGUGACUGUCAGUAGAGUUGUUAUCAGGCAGAAAUGUAAACCCUGCCUUUUCUCUGAAAAUGCAGCGUUUACAUUGAAAAGGCUACAGGGACAGGCUAUAGUCAGGUUUUGGUGACUAUAGUGUCCCUUUAGGAAUUGUAUAAUUCUCAUUGUAAAGGAAACUUUGCUAGUUUAAAAAAAAAAAAAAAGGCUGGCUCCUAGAUUGCAAACAAAUUUGUAAAGCCCUGCCUUAACCAUUAGUCCAUUAAUAAAAUCUGAGUUUCCGUGCUAUUUUAGAAAGUCCCAGUUUGUUAGAACAUAUUAACUGGAAACACCACUCCCCAAAUAAAAAAAAAAUAUCUUUUAGUAGAUGUACCGCGAAUGAAAACAUGCAUGCAUUUAAUUAUGCAUUGUUUCAUUGGCAUCACGGUAAAAAAAAAGCAUGCAAAAGCUGUAGUAUAGACGUAUUGUCUUUACAAGCCCUCCUCUUCUAACCCCGCCCAGGCUGUUAAAUCAGACUUCCCAAUGUAGUUUAAUGAGAUGUCUUUUUGCAAGGUAGGUGCUCUGAAUAAUUGCCUGCCUCUUUGGUUUAGAUCCACUGUGCUAAGCAAUCAAGAAGUAACAGAACUCGCGUGGGUGCAAUAAAAAGUGUCAGUUUUUAUUGUAAAAUGAAAAUAAUAAAAAAAUGGAAGAGCUUUAGAGGUUGAGAUUGUCACUUUUAACCCCUUAAGGACCAAACUUCUGUAAUAAAAGGGAAUCAUGACAUGUCACACAUGUCAUGUGUCCUUAAGGGGUUAAGGAGCACUGAUCUUUAGCAGGUUAUAUAUAGGUCCAGUAUUGGAGUUGGUAAGGUCUUGGUGAAUUAAUGAAGUGGAAACCCAUAAUAUCAAUGUCACAGGCUCUGCAGUAAACUUUGUGCAUGGUCUAUGAUACAAUGUAAAUAGGACUAUCAAGGCUAAAGAAAAGCACACAAUAAUAGUCAGGGGACAGGAGCACACAGUGAAACACUGGCAUUUCUUAUCUUUUCUGAAUAUUCAGUUGUACUAAUGGACAUGGAACAUAACAUGUAUUAGUUACAUUUUCUCGUAUAGAUUAUGCAUAGUGUAAACAGCUGCUACCAACAUAAAACUUAUCUCUGCUUUUGCAAGCAACAUAUUUUUAGCCAUUGUUUCCAGAAUAAAGCCAAGAUACAAAUUGUCUGAUCAUGAUAGAUCAUGUAACUUGAAAAAGGUUCUUUGUUUUGGGUGGAAAAAUCAAUGACAAAUCACUUGGAACAUUCUAUAGCUUACUAAGUGCUGAUUCCAUAUUUUGGGUGACUUGUAUUCAUAGCAUAGGAUGUGCCAGAUUGUUGUGAUGUUUAUCUUCAUACAUUUAACCCUUAUAAAGUUAUACCUCUUGAUUAUGCAUAAUUGGUUAUAUUAUUCACAUAGUGAAUAAUGUUAGCUCUCUGUUGUGACGAAUAUUAUGUGAUGCUGACCAUUAGAUGAGGAACGGGAAAACAUACCAUUGAUGUAAAUGUUCUUUUUGUUUAGUGUUUGUCCUUCCUCUGAGCCGAGGAUAUAUACAACUGGUCAAGGUCCUCAAAGGAGCUCUUCCUACUGUUUGCACUGCAUUCUAUUGUGCAUAAUAAAUGCAAAAUAAACAAAAAGAAAACUAACUUACAGUUCUUGCCAGUGAUCUACAACCGUUAAUCCUUUAGAACAGGAGCCUCUCAUUAAGGAUUAUGAGCUCUUGUCUUGUGCCAUAAGAUUUAUUUAUUUUUUGAGAUUGUGAAGUGGUCAGAUACAGAUAACAUAACCCGUCAAUUAAACAAUGAGUUCAUAUUGGGUUUUUAUUAAUAUAUGAUGUACCGCAUGAGGCCCACCAUUGGUAUUUUUGCGACCCAGGGGCUGCUUUGUGCUGUGGUAUUCCCGCGGCCCACGGCGAUCACCUUCUCCAUCAUAUGGAGUCAUACCCAGCGGCUGUGCAGAGCAGGUCAGCCACUCCCCUUUCCCUGCUGCUCGCAGUGCCAGACUAGCGUGUGUCCUGCUUGAGCAGAGAUGAUCAUGAAGGGCUGGACUGGAAGACGGCUUAAGGUAGGGGAAAAGGGGCUUAAGGGAACCCUCCUGCAGUGUAGUGUAUUAAAUUGGGGAAGGUGGGGUAUUACAGUAAGGGGGGCAGUUUAUUUAAUUGGGGGAAGGAGGUGGGGGCAGUGUGUUUAAAUUGGUGGAAGGGGGAGUCAGUAUUAAAUUAGAGUGGUGGGAGUGGAGGCAGUGUAUUAGAGUGAGGGGGACUGGGGCUGCGGGUGGCUGUGUAUUAAAUUGGGGGGCUAGUAAGUAACUUGAAGUGAAACUUUAGAGUAAAUUAUAUACAUACCCAGGAUUACAUAUUGUUUGCAUGAGAAUGAUGCAAGUAAUUUUAGUUUGUGUUGGUCUAGGUCGAAAAACAAUUUUUGCGGCCCACAUAAACUUAAACCUUGUUUAUUUGGCCCCAUUUAGUCCUUGUAAAAUCAUAGUCUAUUUAGGUCAGCAAUUCUAUGCGUUUUUUUUUCUUUUUUGUGAGUUUUCUAUUCAGUAACUCUGCCCACAAUUUACUUUUGUCUUCAGAAACAAAAAAAACUUUAUAAAUCAGCAUUAUUACCUACUAGUUGACUAAGAAGUAUAGUGUAUGAAACAGAUACUGAUUAUUCUUUUAAGGGUUAUUCCAAGCAUCGGCUCUAUAAAAGCCGGAUGCUCCACCUUAAAGGAUCACUCCACAUACAAAUCCUUUCCUCUUUUUUUCAUUUUACAUAAAGUGCAGAUUUCAAUAGACACUUACACUUUUAUAAAUUAUACUGUUACGCCCCCUGGCUUUUAACUUGUCAUGCUACUUCCUGGUUUAGUUAGCUUAGUUGCACUGAACACAAGAGGCAGCAAUUGCCCAAAGCAUCUGCCUUGCAAAGACUUCCCAUUGAGCUACAUUAAGAAGUCUGUGGUUGGACAGCCACAGAGAAUCUGGACAGGCUUAGAAGGGAAGGGCUUGCAAAGCCAGCAGACAAGAUAACGGCAGCUUUUUUGCAAAUGUCUUAGAUAUACCCGCAUUGAAAAAAGGCAUAAUUAAAUACAUGCAUAUUUUCAUUGGAAGUAUUUCUACUAAACAGUGAUAUUAUUAUCAUUAUUAUUAAUAUUAUUAUUAUUAAUUGGUGUACUUUUAAAGUAAACAAGGUGUCCAGCAGCACCAUGUAAGACUGCAACCCAUUGCAAAAUGGUUCACCCCAUUACCAGGAAGAUAGGGCAGCGGACUAUAGUGGUUAUGUUGCUUGGACUAACCAUUUUACUUUUACGUUUUUGUAAAUGUUUUUUUUUCUUUUACCAAAAAUAAUCCUACACCAUGAUUUUUGCCUUAGUCAUUAUUACCUGCCAUUGCUUAUCUUCCUAUUCCACCAAGCCACAUGCAUAAUGUCCUAUGAUCUUUUCUAUUACCAUUAAUGGUCUUAUCUUUCAAUGUGAUUUCAUGCAUUCCUUUUCCAUAGCCUACAGCCCCUUCCAACUCUUUAUCUAGAUCAAACCAUAAACCGGAUAUUUUCUGAGCUCAAUUUAUACCGUUCUCUCACUGAUACUGCCCAGUAUGUGUUUUAAUAUUGCCUGACAUGUGGGUGAUGGCUGGGUUACACACUGUAUAAUUACAUUCAGGUUUUUAAUUUCAGACCUGUAUAUGUUGUAAUUAUCUACUAGACGAUAGCAUUGUUAUGGCAAACUAAUUUCCUCAAACUGAUUUUUAUAUUUCAAUUUGUAAUUCUUCCUUCUUUACUUUGGCACUUUACAAUCCAUGAACUAACUUCCUCACAUUGUUAGCUAGUAAAUAUCUGCACUUUCUCUGUUUUAAAAGGUCUCAAAGCCAUUUUACCCAUAUUUAACUCUGUCUUCCUCAGUAGAACAAAGUUUUAAAGCACGUCCCACCGUGAACAAAUAUUUGAGAUGCAUUUAAUUUUAUCUUGUGUUGUGAGCUGCUUACUUCAGUAUGAAACAUGAAGUGAGCUCAGGUAACAACAGUUGUUCACUGCAAACUUGUUCAUAAAAGAUGCAUUCCAUUUACAAUGUGUAGGAUAGGUUACAGUUAUUUUAUUUAUUUCAUUUAAUCUGCUGUAGUUAGAUUAAAUGAUUACUCUAAGCACCAUGACUACUUCAGGGUUUUGGAGUGGACAUGGUGUUUGGACUCUGUAUGUGCAGUGCUUCAGCACAUUUAGAGAUAAGUAUAAUUGCUGCUGGAGGUGUAACUCCAAUUCCGGCAGCAUCAUCAGCAAGCAUAAAACAAAGUGUUCCGAGCUGACUAAUGCCAAUUCUUUGCAGAUUCUUUGCAUGGAAGGUAUUCAUUGGCCAAGAGCACUGUCAGCCAAUGAAUGACCGGAAUUGGUAUAUGGCUUCUGCACAAGCUGAAUGCAUGCCACCUGCCCUUAGAGGCAACCCAGCAUGGAUCCUGGUAAGAGGACAAACCGUUGCAAAAUGGUUUGCUCCAUUACCAGGGAAUAGCGCUAGGCAGGGCAUGAUUUACACAAUUAAAAUGAGUUUAAUGUUUUUAUUAACUGGAAAACUUAAAUUUGAAAACUGCAAAUGUGUGCAUAUAUUUCUGCUUGUAAUGUAUUGUGUUUGAAUCAGAGUAUAUUGAGUGUAUGCAGGGUUAAAGGAACACUAUAUAGUGCAAGGAAUACAAACAUAUUCCAGACACUAUACUGCUGAAGUGGCUGUUUAGGUGACCAGCCCCAUCUUGGUGCAGUAAAAUGUUGAUUUUACUCCUCUUUUCUCCGACGCUGUGCUGCUUUUGCUGCCGCUGCCCCACCUCAUGUCUCAGAUCAUCACUCUUGACUAUAGUAACCCUUUAAUUGGUUAGAAGUAGGGUAAAGGGGUGUUCCAUGAAUUGACAUGAGAAUUAGAUUACAUGGGGUGUUCAGUGUUAGAGUAUUCAAAAUGUUAUAAUUGUGAUAUAAAGGGUGUUUAGAAUUAUUGACUUCAGGUUUAGAGUGAGGUUAAAUUUAAUAUUGGGAUACAUUUGGUGUUCAGUUUUUAAGAUCAGUUAAAACUAGUGUUUAAGGGACACACCAGGCACCAACACAAACCUCCAGCGGCAAUGUCCACUCUUCCCAGGUGGCAUCUGCCUUCUGAAUUUUUAAAUUCAGGAAGCAGGAAUGCUGCCACGCAGGGUGAAUGCUGAUUGGUUGAGAGCAGUCAGUUAAUGCUCUCAGCCCAGCAGUGACUCCCCAUUCACUAAACUGGCUUGGAAAAGGUACCUUUCUUUUAGAUUAAGUUGUUUUGAUGCCUGGAGUGUCCCUGUAAGAUAAGACUAUUUUCAAGUUAUGGCCUCUAGUACUUACAUUUUAAAGGAAUGGGUUUGUUUAGGUUUUGCGAGGGAUUAAAUUUAGGUUUAGUGGAAAGAAAUGUAGGUCCUAGCUACUCAACCCAUGGUAUGCGCACCACAAGUAGGGUGGUACACCAAGAGCUGGCCACCUUAGCGUUCUCCCAAGAGGCCCUGGCUUUAGGAGAAUGAAGGCGAGGCAGCGAGGGAGCUUCAUGGUCUUUUAGCACUGCUUUCUCGGGUGCCAUCCGGUGAUGCCGGGGGAGCUUUGUUAUGUCACUCUGUCCCUGGCAUCACUAAACAGCGUAUAAGGGAGCAGGACUGGAAGAGCAUGAAGAUUACACAAGCCCCACACUGGACUUUAGGGGUAGAAUUACAGCUCUCUUAAAGGUAGGAAGGCUGGGUGAAUUUAAAUGUAAAAUUUUAAAAAGUAAAAAAAAAAAAAAACAAUUUGUGAGAGAAUGUGUAUGUGUCAAAUCAGUGAGUGUCUGUCAAUGUGUGCCAAAUCAGUGAGUUUAUAUAUCAGCGAGUGUAUCUGUAAGUGUGUCUGACAUUGUGUCAAAUAAGUAAGCGUAUGUCUGCCAGUGAGUGAGUAAGUGUUUGUGUGUCAAUUUCGUGUGUGUAAAUGUAUCAUUGUUCUGUGAGUAAGUGUGUCAAUUUCCUUUAUGUGUAACUGUGUGUGUGUGUCAAAUCAGGGAGUGUGUCCUCGGUGUGUAAGUGUGUCCUCUGGGUGUAUAACUGUGUGUGUGUGUGUCUACUAUGUUUUAAUUUUGUGCCUUUUAAAACAUAUAUAUUUAAGUUGUUUUUUUUUUUUUUUAAGGGAACAUUUCCUGUAAAGUGUUACAAAACCAGUAAACAUACAUAUAGUAUUUUAUUCAGAAUGCUUCAUUGCAUGCUUAAAUAUAGAUGUGAUCAUAUUUAUGGAAUGUUUAAGCCAAAUUUUUACAAAUCCCUAGAAAUGUUCUAUUCUCAUGUUGAUAAUUGGAAAAUGCCAAUCUAACAGUUUAAGAUCAUCUAGUUGUUGUUCUGUGACACAGAAUUAUUAAGAAUGUAAAUCAGAAUAAUGAAGAUUGUUUUUGUUUUUUUCAGAUCAGUUUAAAUACAUAUUAAGAUGUUUUUUGUUUUUUCUUCUCAAGAGGUUGUUGCUCACAACAUCAUUGUAGAUGGGUUUCUGUUGAUCUUUUUAUGUUUAUUUCUUGUUUUUGAUAAAACAAAAAAACAUUUUAUGUUACGCCUCAUCUGCUUAUAUUGUGACCUUUUGACCUGAAUGUCACAAGCACAUCACAUUGUUGGCUACUAAUUGGUGAGCCUGGAGAGUCCACCUUUUUGGCCCUGUAACCUUCCAGUGGCUGCUGGAAUCAGCACUUUCUGUCAUACAUGUCACACAAAGAAAAGCAAUUUUUAGUACAUUGUUUUUGUAGGUUAUAAAUGGCAGGAUGUGCCCCAGCUGAGACUGAAGAAGAAUAUUGAGGGUGUUAAGAAAUUUGCCAACCAUACACAGUGUGCUUGUAAUAAGUAAAAUGUCUGUCACCUGGAAUUCUUAAUAGAGCUGUUUAGAAUUCAAUAGACAGUCACUUUGCCAAGUAGUUUUACAUGAGAAAAUGACAUUUUAUUAACCUCUCUGGUGGACCUUUAAGUCAUUUCUCAGUAUGAAAACACAUUAUGUAGACAAAAGUAUUGGGAUACACCUCCUAAUUACUGCAUUCGUGUAUCAAUCAGUCCCAUUGCCACAGUUGUAUAAAAUCAAGCUCCUAGCCAUGAAGUCUGCAUUUCCAAACAUUUGUGAAAAGAUGGGUUGUUCCAAUGAGCCCCUUUAAUUCAAGCAUGGCAAUGUGUUAGGAUGCCACCUUUGCAAUAAGUCAAUUCAUAAAAUUUAGUUUGAUGGGCGAGUCUGGGCUUGGCCAAGAGAACGUUGCCUGUCUGAUUGCAUUGUGCCAACUGUAAAGUUUGGUGGAUGAGGAAUAAUAGUAUAUGGGUUUUUUAUUUUUUUUAAGGGGUUGGGCUAGGCCCCUUACUUUGAAUGAAGGAAAAUCUUAAUGCGUCAGCUUACCAAUACAUUUUUGACAACGCGAUGCUUUCAACUUUGUGGGCACAGUUUGGGGAAGGCCCCUUUCUAUUUCCAGAAGAGUAGAGCUGCAAAGGGGAGACCAACAACAUAUUAAUGUCUAUGUGUUUAGAAUGCAAUGUCAUAAAAGUCUCUAUUGGUGUAAUGGUCAGAUAUCCCAAUAAGUUUUUCUAUAUAGUGUAUGUAACAACUGUGUGUAGCCAUAUACGGUGCUAGGUGGCGGGAUCAAGCAAACAUUCAACAUUAGCUGAACCUCAAAGAAUUCCAAAAGUUCUCAUUUACAGUGAUAAAUUAUACUAAUCUGCAUCAGACCAUAAUAGUUGCACCAUCUUCUGAAAUUAUAUAUGUAUAUAUUAUUAUUUUUUUUCCUGCGUGUUUUUGAUACUGUAGAUGAAAAAAUGGGUAACGGCUAAUAGAAAAGCCUACUGGUUCUACAAGAUUUGUUUAUAAAACGAGAAGUGUGCUUUAAGAAGUCCUAUGUCAGAAGGUAAAGAUUAGGGUUAGGCAACCUUUGACACUCCAGAUGGUUUUGACUAUAUCUCCCCUGAUGAGAUGUUGUCCAUAACGUAGUGCUGAAGUUGGCCUACUCCUGGUAUAGAUUUUGAGCACGUUGAAUAUAUUUUUUUUUUUUUUUGGUGAUCUAUACAAAUGGUCUGCAUUUUUGUCUUCUGUUUUAUUACAUUAUCUAAACACUUAAUGAAUAUAGAAUUGCUUCAUUAAAUACUACUUUCAUUCAUAAUGUAGUUGGAGUGUGGUUCAUCUAUUUUAAUUUUUUUUACUUACAGUUUGAUUUUUUUUUUUCUGGGGUUUACUGGUUCUGCCUCUCUUUUGCUUCUUCUGAACUAAACUAUGCAGUGCAAGGCACAGGGGAUUGCGCUUAGUAAUGUAAGCCCUGCAUUGCUGUCCUUAGCUCAGAGCUAAGAGGAGACAGGGAGUGGUGCCCAGUUGACCCCAGUUAAGAAGUCUAAAACAGUCUGACGACUUUAAUUGGGGGUGCUACGGCACUCCUUGCACUAUUUACACAACAACACACUGUAGUGGUUAUGGUGCUUGGAGUUUUCCUUCAAGAAAUGCCCAUUAGUAAUGACCUUUUCUUCUUUUAGGUAUUUAGAAUAGAAGUUUUGGUGAACGGAAGAAGACAUUUUGUUGAAAAACGGUACAGUGAAUUCCAUGCACUUCAUAAAAAGGUAAUGUCCUCAAUGUUAUAGAAUACAAUUUUUAAUUUUAUUUUAUUUGUUUGUAGGACCCAUCUACCUGCCUAUUGUUUACAUAAGUAAUGAUCCUAUAGAAUGUAAGCUCGCUUGAGCAGGGUCCUCUUCAACCUAUCGUUCCUGUAAGUUUUCUUGCAAUUGUCCUAUUUAUAGUUAAAUCCCCCCUCUCAUGAUAUUGUAAAGUGCUACGGAAUCUGUUGUCACUAUAUAAAUGGCGAUAAUAAUAAUAAUAAAAAAACAUAUUCCAAACAUUAGGUUAAAUUCAUUUAAACUAACUGACCUUUUACUUUUUUUUUUUUUUACUUUUUUUUAGAUUCUUAAUUUUUUCAUUGCAAGAUGAAAAAUGCAGGCAGUUAAAGGAUCACUCUAGGCACUUCAGCUUAAUGAACUGGUAUGGGUGCCAGGUCCCUCUAGGAUCAACCCUUUUUUUUUUUUUUAUAAACAUAGCAGUUUCAGAGAAACUGCUAUGUUUAUAAAUGGGUUAAUCCAGCCUCUAAAGCCUCUAGUGGCUGUCUCAUUGACAGCCGCUAGAGGCGUUUGCGUGCUUCUCACUGUGAAAAUCACAGUGAGAAGACGCCAGCGUCCAUAGGAAAGCUAUGAAUGCUUUCCUAUGAGACUGGCUGAAUGCGCAUUCAGCCGAAUAGGAGGAUCGGAGGAGGAGAGCUGCCCGCCCAGCGCUGGAAAAAAGGUACGUUUUAACCCUUUCCUCUCCCCAGAUUUUCACAGUGAGAAGACGCCAGCGUCCAUAGGAAAGCAUUGAUAAUGCUUUCCUAUGGACUGGCUGAAUGCGACCUCCAGCGUCAGAUUUUCCCCAUAGGACGCAUUGAAAAAUGCUUUUCUAUGGGUAGAUCUAAUGCGCGCACAGCAGGUCCCCCCCGCCAGCUCAUGUCGGUGGGGGAGGAGCGUGGGCGGAGCCUGACCAGCGCCGAGGUACAUUGGCGCUGGAUUCAGGUAAGUAGCUGAAAGGGUUUUAACACCUUCAGCGACAUAGUAUGGGGGGGCACUCCAGGAUUCUAUAGUGCCAGGGAAACAGGUUUGUUUUCCUGGCACUGGAGAAUCCCUUUAUUUCAGAAAACACAACUAAAAACACUAGAAAAAAGUGCAGUAGGGAAGCAAUGAAAAUAAAAAUGAUAAUGUUAGCAGUUACAGCAUAAAAUCAUACUUCUCCAACAAUGUACACACAAUAAAAUAACAAACCAUGUCAGAGCUUAACAAAUGAACCCCUAUAAUACCAGUAGGGUACCAAUAAUAUGUUUGUGUAUGUGUUUCUAAUCUGUUCCUUUACUAGUAUUAUUAUAGUGGUUGUCGGUGCCGGCAUAUUUCAUUUAUCUUUUAAUUAUUAUUUGAUUUAGGGCUCCUGUAUUGCCAUAGGGUUUGAUCUCCUGUCUCAGAAUUUGGAGGACACGAGAGAGACCAAGUCCACAGAAAGUACUGCACAAGCAAAUCAUUAAACACACUUCUGAUAGGCAAAGAAAACUCAGGGCAUUGAGAGUGUCUUAAAUAUAGCUGACAGCCUGCCAAGUUGGUGCACUUUAAAAAAAAAAUAAAAACUGUUUGUUUGGGUCUGACCCUUUAUCACAACACCCUUACGGUUUACCUACACCCACAUCUAUACUUCCUAAUGUUGCGAGGUAUAAGCAUGUCUAUCUAAUCUAAGAUGUAUAUAAAAAACAUUGCAUUCCUAAAUAUAUCUGCUUCACUGAAAUAAUUACACACACACACAUUUAUAAUAUUAAUAUAAUGUAAAUAUAUGUUUAAUUUUUUGUAUUAUUUUUUAUAGAACACCAUCAGAGUCUACUAUACUGUUCAAUAUCGCAUGGUUAGAAAGAAUUUGGUUGAUGUGCAAUAAAUCUUAUAUAAAGUUGAAAUAACAUACACUUGGCCAGACUGGUAUCCCUGUUUUCAUGUAUCAAGUCUGAUUUAAUCAUUAGAAUCAUUCUUGUCCAUAGACUAACCUAAACCAACCAAGAUGGGAAUAUGAUCACACAGCUUACAUUCAGAAUGAAAGAGGGAUAAAUAAAGAUUCUAGAACACUGACAUGGUUGUUUGUCACUAGCUGGAGAUCCAGCUGUGGAAUAUUUAUCAUGCUGCAGUCCACUCUUGCAGGACACCUGAAUUGUUUCAGGUUUGUCUCUCCCCAUCAAGAGCAAUUUAUCAUUUACCCACACAGAGUGUCGUGGACUCCAGCAGCUGUGAUAAAGGCUUCUUGAAAGCUUCACACAUUUAUAAAGUCAUAGGAAGUGAGAUUGUCAAGGAAAAAAAAUGCAAUCUGAGAAUAAUGCUAGAUCUGUUCUAUUCGCUGCUGUAGUGGUAUUUGCUGCAUUGCACACAGAUCAGACUGCUUGAUAAUUGUCCCAUCAUUUUGUAUCAUAAAACACAUAGUGCCAUUCACUGUCAACAGACAUUGGGAUGUUUUCUGGCAGAUUUGCCAGUUGUAGAGGUGAAAGCAUGCAUAUGUGAGUUGCAAACUCUAAAAAGUUAUUAAAUCAUUACAUUUUUAAAAUAAUAAAAUAAUAAGUUUUAAUUAACUAUCGAUAUGUACAAGCCUUUACUCACUAUGUCAUCAAUACUGUUACGACUUUAAAUAAAUAGCACUGAGCCACAUUAUUUAUUUAACCUCUCAACUAUGAAGACUUUUGUAAAAAAAUUGAAAAAGUAUAACAUAAUACACGCUCCAUAUAAUUUUUUUUUUUUCUGAAAAUGUCAGUUGUAAAUGUAUUUUUCAUUUCAGUAUGCAUUGAUAGUAUAUUAUAAUGUGGAAAGAAAUGUGUAGAAUAAAUCUAUUAUUUCUUUUUAAAGGAACACGAUAGCAUUAGGAAUACUUGUUUGUAUUCCUAACGCUAUAGUGUUCUUGAACCUGUUUAGAUUUCUGGGCCCCCUUAAAUCAAAUAAAUAUAAUAAAGGUUUUACUGCCCAGUGCCAAGGCUCACUCCUUGCAGCCGCCCACUCUGCCUCGUGUGUCAAAUGACUUAUUUUCUGUUUCUCGUCUAAUCCAAUGCUAAUUGAUGCUGUGUAGUCAUUUGCAGCACAUGCGCACUAGUCUCCCCUAUGGAUGAUAUCACCAGGGCGGCAGCAUGGAGACCAAAGCACCGUCUGAUAAAAAAGUAUGCUUUUUAUUUUUUUCUUAUCUUAAAGGACCACUAUAGGCACCCAGACCACUUCAGCUUAAUGAAGUGGUCUGGGUGCCAGGUCCAGCUAGGAUUAACCCUUUUUUCUGUAAACAUAGCAGUUUCAGAGAAACUGCUAUGUUUACCUAUGGGUUAAUCCAGCCUCUAGUGGCUGCUUCAUUGACAGCCGCUAGAGGGUUUCCGCGCUUCUCACUGUGAUUUUCACAGUGAGAAGACGCCAGCGUCCAUAGGAAAGCAUUGAUAAUGCUUUCCUAUGGACUGGCUGAAUGCGCACGCGGCUCUGGCCGCGCAUGCGCAUUCAGCCGGUGAUGGAAGAAGAGGGAGGAGAGGAGGACGAGAGCUCCCCGCCCGGCGCUGGAGAAAGAGGUAAGUUUAACCCCUUCCUCCCUCUAGAACCCGGCGGGAGGGGGACCCUGAGGGUGGGGGCACACUCAGGGCACUAUAGGGGCAGGAAAACGAGUAUGUUUUCCUGGCACUAUUGUGGUCCUUUAAUACUCAUUUUAUCAGCUUAAUGCAUCACAAUAUAUGUUGAACUCUAUUUUUUUUAGUACUUUUGAAAUCUAUACAGACCUUUCGCAUUUAUCAUAUAGAAUUUUAUAUUAAUAUUAGCACUGAUGACAUUGUCUGCAGUUUAUGAUAAAAACUUGUUUGGAUUAUUCUGCAGUUGAAGAAAAGUAUCAAAACACCAGAGAUUCCCUCUAAACACGUACGAAACUGGAUCCCAAAAGUACUGGAGCAGCGGCGUCAAGGCCUGGAGUCUUACUUACAGGUAAAAGCAUUUACAUUUCAGCCGUAUGAGCAGUAAAAUUGUUUACACUUUUGAGGAAGGCACGUAAUGCGUAAAUGUUAGAGAUCCAUACCUAGGUUAUACAGUAUUGCUGACUGUGUGCUUUGCAUAUAUUUGUAUUGCUUUCCUGCAAGCUUUUUAGCUCAGGGUGACCAAAGAAAUACCCAUCCAUGACCCAUUUUCAAUGCCCUGGCUGAGGGAAGGAGGUUCUCACCCAAGAUUUGACGGUAUAUGACCCCGUCCAUUGUUCCUUUGAUGCGGUACAGUUGUCCUAUCCCCUUAGCAUAAAAACACCCCACAAAGCAUAAUGUUUCCACCUCCAUGUUUAACAGUGGGUAUGGUGUUCUUGGAGUCAUAGCAGUAUUCCUCCUCCUCCAAACAUGGCGAGUUGAGUUAAUUCCAAAUUGCUCGAUUUUGGUCUUAUCUGACCACAACACUGACCUAGUUCUCCUCUGAAUCAUUCAGAUGUUAAUUGGCAAACUUCAGACGUGCCUGUACAUGUGCUUUUUUGAGCAGGGGGACCUUGAAGGCACUGCAGAAUUUCAGCUCUUCACGGCGUAGUGUGUUACCAAUUGUUUUCUUGGUGAUUAUGGUCCCAGAUGCCUUGAGAUCAUUAGCAAGAUCCUCCCGUGUAGUUCUGGGCUGAUUCCUCACCAUUCUCAUGAUCAUUCAAAACUCCAUGAGGUGAGAACUUGCAUGGAGCACCAGACCGAGGGAGAGCGACAGUUAUUUUGUGUUCCUUCCAUUUGCGAAUAAUCGCACCAACUGUUGUCACCUUCUCACCGAGCUGCUUGAUGAUGGUCUUGUAGCCCAUUCCAGACUUGUGUAGGUCUACAAUUAUUCCCUGACAUUGUUGGACAGCUCUUUGGUCUUUGCCAUGUUGGUGAGUUUGGAAUCUGAUUGAUUGCAUCUAUGGACAGGUGUCUUUUAUGCAGGUAACAAGCUGAGAUUAGGAGAACUCCCUUUAAGAGACUUACGUUUUUCUGGAUUUUUGUUUUGUUAUUCUGUCUCUCACUGUUAAAAUACACCUACCAUUAAAAUUAUAGACUGAUUUUUUUUUAUUUUUUUUUUGUCAGUAGGCAAACGAUCAAAAACCUUUUCUCCCCCACUGUAUCUAUAACAGAGGAAAAACAGGGAGAUUGGUAGACUUCCGUUUUUUAUUCACCUAUGUUACAUUUUCCAUUCUGAAAAACAACAAACCUUUGCAUAAUGGUCAGCAUACAAUAGAAAAUAAAGGUGUGUGUGUGUUUCUCUCCAAGCUUUAGCUGUCGGACAAAUGGCCUCACAUAUAUGUAUGUGUAUAUAUAUAUAUAUAUUGUAUAUACACCCAUAUGUGUGUAUAUAAAUAUGUAUAUAGUGUGUGUGUGUGUGUGUGUGUGUAUAUAUAUGUGUGUUUGUGUCUGUAUAUAUAUAUAUAUAUAUAUAUAUAUAAGUAUUUAUGUAUAUAUAUUUGUUCAUUAUAUAUUUUUAUAUAUAUAAUGUAGUGUGUGUGUGUAUAACACAUUAUGAUUUUAUAUUGCAUUUUAUAUUAAAAUAAUAUUGAAUUUGCAGUAUAUAUUGAACCAUUCCAUUCUAACAAAUGUACAUAAGCAGGUGAACAUAGUGGUGCAUUUGAGCUCGAUUACUACAGUUGCAUUAUCCUUCCACUUAUUUUCUUUGAUAAAUGUAAAAAGAAAAAAAAAACCUGAUUCACUUUUUCUUGUAAUUAUCUGUAUCGAUUUUCCUUGUAAUGCUGUUUAAAUAGAAAAAUAGAAACAAAAAGGCUACUCUGUGGGGAGAAGCUACUCCAAUUUUGUCUUCUGGCUUUUUUUUAUUUCUGUGUAAAUGUAAGUUAAAAGCACAUCACUGAAGUGAGGAUGCAUUGUAACUGAAAUGUUUCUAUAUAGUGGUAUCUGAUCCGGGCAGAAAAGACCGGCCUUCCCUGAUCCUUAUUAAAACUUUGAACGUUGAGUUAAAUAAUAUUAAUGGCUCCAGUUGUAAGUACUUAACAGUCCUCUUCCUAUUCAAGUGAAUGUAUUGAUUGGAUUUAAACUCAAUGCUGUGGUUCAGAUUAUACGACUGAUUCUAUCGAAGCUUUAACUGUGUUUGUUAAGUACACCACAUAUCUUUAAAUGAAUCAAGAUGAUGAUGUGGAUUAAGAAAAGCAGAAGACCAUCCAUCUCCUUUUGAUCAGUUAAUAACUUGAAUCCAUCAUUGUGUAUAUCAGUUGGACUCCGUUUAUGGGAUGAAUGUAAGUCUCCAGCAGCUUCGGGAAACCCACUGAGUUUAGAUUAGCUAGGGCACAUUCUGUUUUACCGGCAGGAAGCGUGUUCUUUCAGUACCAGUAAGGACCUGGCUUUGUAAUAUUGUAGUUGAAUUCCUUAUUCUGCAAAUUUCUGGAAAUCAUAUGAUGGCCACAGAAUGAAUAUUUUUUUAUUUAAUUUGCUUGAUUGAUUUUAAACUUUUUCUGAGUAAAAAAAACACACAAAACAUUUAUUUGCUUAAAACAGAGUUUCUCAAUCCAUGGCACAUGGGGUACUAAUUCUGGGACUGCUUAGCUGAGAAUACAUUGCAAAAAAACAUGGUCCUAGCAUUUAUAGCAUUUACCAUGUUUUUUCUUUUGUGGCUAAAACUUGUUUGGUAGCUGUUUUUUUUCCAUAAAAUACAUAAGCUUUAGAUUUUUUUGAUGACUGCAUAAUACAUGCCUUGCCCAUGCCUUCACUGUAAGAGAUUUGGGGAUUUGUUCCUCCACAACUUUUGCAUGAAGAAUGUGUGGAUUUUGUUCACGGCAGCAAUGUGAUACACACAAAUGAAGAGGUCAGGAACAAAGCGGCAUAGUGUAAUCUGUAAAGGCAGCGAGAAUGAACAGACAUGGCACAAUGCUGUAAGAAUUGGAUUCUCAAGAACAAGACUGCGUGAUGUGAUUUGUACAGGCAGUGAGAAUGGACAAUAAAUCGGGCAGUUACACAAACUCAAACAUUCUAGAUGUCAUUGUUCUUGAAGAUUGCACUUUGGAUUUCAACUAUUUUCACAUGCUUUUUAAUGAGAAAAUUAGUGGAAGGCAUCUGUGCUUUUUGCACAUAACUUUUUUUUAAUUUUAUUUAGUGAGAAGCAAGGAAGACAUUGUGGACGCAUUUUUCAGAUCUAGAACCACAUGGAUAAAAACACUAAACACAUAUUUAUUCAAGGGAUACUAUACGUGCCAGGAAUACAAGCUGUAUUCCUGGCACUAUAGCGUCCUCUACCACCCCACCCCCUUCCCCUCCCCCUCAGACGUCCUACCACAAACGGUGCCAAUUCACAUGCGCGGCAAAUGCGUGCGUGCAUUAGACCUCCCCAUAGGACAGCAUUAAAUUAUGAAUUCUUAUGGGGAUAAAUCUGACACUGGAGGUCCUCAUGGAGAGCCUCUACUUCUCUUUCUCCUUCCUGUUCUCUUAACUGCGGCGCAUAGAGCAUGAUAUGCACUGAUGUAUUAUUCACAGAUAAUGUAUUUCUCGUGUUAUACAUUGCAUAUAUUAUACACAUGUGUUUAAUGUGUUGUGCACAUUGCAUAUAUUAUACACAUGUGUUUAAUGUGAUUGUGCACACUUCCCAUUUAUGUGCUGCAGCAAAGCUGAAACUAAUCAUUUAACAUACAGAAAUAAAUAAAAUCACUUUAAAUGUCUAAAACCCAUAUUAGGAGAAAAGGUUGUCAAAUACAAUUUUUAGAGAAAAAGUACCAAAAAAUAGUUCAGAUCAAUGGACUACUUCCAUAAGUUUUGUUUGGGGUUUCCCUGAAUCCAAUAGUUACCAAGCAAGGCUUCGUGUGAAGAGGGUGGGAUGGAAGAAUUCAUAUUCCCAUCCUCCCCUCACCGGCUCACGGUGUGCAUGCGCUCUGAGCCGGUGAAACUGUUCUAUCAAGUACUUGGUUGGACCACAGAUGACGCGGUAUGACAAUCGACGUGGCAAUCCUUGCCCAGUGCUGGAUUUAAGUUAAGUUUUACUCUAUUAAGGUUUCUAAUUAAAUACCGGGGUGCACAAGAUCAACCGUGCCCAAUAGGACAUUGUACAUCUGAAAAAUCAUUGUCCAUAAACGGGGUUAUGGUAAAUAAAAGAAAUAAUGACCUAGCAGGCAUAAAUAAAUAUGUCCUAAGUAGACCUUUUUUAUGCUGGCCAUCUAGAAAUUGCAUCACUGUUUCCUCAAUGACUGUUAAAACAAUAAAAAUCUAUAUCCGAAAAACCAAUCAGAACUGGUUUUUUUUUUUUCCUCUCCAAAUACUUUAUAAUAAUUCAAACAAAAUGUCUGACACUAAAUCUUUAAUAAAAAAAACAAAAUUCAGAUUUGAACUUGACUCAUGUUCUUGUGAUAAACUGUUAUUAAUCAGCAGGGUAAAAGCAUGGAAUAAGCAAGAUUACACAGCCUGUUUUCAUUAACGCUCUGUAACUAGUAAAGAUUAAUGUACAUUUCUCUUGCUAAUUCUUUCCAAUUACUUAGCUGAUAUUAAUUCCUUGGCCUUGUUAAUUACACCGGCGCACACUGGGUAAUUUUUACCCAUAUUUCCACUGCAGGGAAUUUGAACAGUGUAACCUUGCCCUCCAAGAAGAAAUCUCUGCAGAUUAGGGAGUGCGAUUUCACUCUAUUCGUUUUCAGAUCAAACCUAAUUGCUGCAGACUGGCUGCCACAGGUAAGGCUGGCUAUCUUGCGUACAAGGCAUGUACAUUCUUCGGAGAACAAAUAAGAAAAGAUUAAUCGUUUGUUUUGUUUCGGUUCCCAGGAGAAAUGUGCCUGCUUAAUCAAGAAAAAUAAUUUCUUCUUCUGUUUGCCUUGGAUUGCUCCUCAAAUGGAAAUAAUUACAUAUAAAGUGAGGGAGAAGGGUAUGUUUUGAGAAAUAUUGCUAGUUUUCUAAAGUGCCUCAAUGAAAUAAAUGUAUCACAGCAGAAGAAUUAAUAGGUAUUGUGCACAUUUCUCAUAGUAAGUAAUUUGGCAGUUGAAUUUUUAUUCCGGCUAAUACUGUUCUGCUGAAUCUCCAUUUGUUUUGUCUGUACCUGGAGAAAUCCAAUCAAGAAGACAAUAGUAAAAAAAACAAAAACAGUUUUGCAAAUUGCUCCUAAUUGCUUAAGCACAAUGUGAACAAAACAUUGUUUCCAAUUACAAGACUUGCUCCAAGCAAACACCAUUAAUUCUAUCUUUCCCAAUCUGAUAAAUAAGCUAUCAAAGUGGAACCGAUUCAUUGGAAGCAAUUAGUUCCAAACAUAACCUCACAACCAGCGCUUACUCUACUGACUAAUGAAUGCAAAUUGUGUGUAAAACAAUUCUGACAAGGUCAAACCAAUUGUCAUUAAACUAAAAAUAAAAAGCUCUCGUCAGGUCAUUGAAGGGAUCUCCUCAUAAAGUAGUAUAUUGCACACUUUAUUGUAUGGAACCAUCAAAUUGUUAAUCAAACAGCCCUUGAGGCACUUCCCCCUUGACAUGCAGGAUUUUCAAAGUCCAUCAAGUUCUCCAGACUCACUCUCAGACUCUCGAUGACCCCAAACACUGAUAUUUCUUCUCAGUGAGAAGCAUUGCGAUAAGUGCAAUAACUUCUAUGCAUGCUCUGUACAGCCACCAAUGCUUCUCUGAGAAGCAUUGGAUUGGGCUGACAACUUACUCACAAAUAAACUCAAAGUGGGUGAAGAAGCUGCCAUCAUGCAUUUAGGACCCGGUAUGAGGAGGAGUUUGUCUUUUUUUUUUUUUUUCUACAUUUCUAGAGGGGUCCUACAUCUAACGGUUAAAAUGAACACUCUAACACAAUGAAUAUAUUUUUAAUGUUAGCGUUCCUUUAAGUUUCACCAAAUGAGCAGAUUACAAGUAAUGUAAUAACAUCUGCCAUGUUGAGUGUAUUCAAAGUAUUCCAUAAAUAUAAAGAUAAAAUUUACAAUCUGCUAGAAGCUGCAAUUAAGAUGAUGCAGUGAAUAAGAAUAUGGGUUGUGCUGUCAAAGAGUAGGGCUUGGUUACGGAUUAAAGUGAAUCUGUCAUGUUUUGUGGUAAUACUUAAAUACUUCAGAUAAUAGAUGUUAGGAAGUAUCCAUAACUUUCAGAUACAGGUAGAGAAUGACUGCCUAUUUUAACAGAUAUAAGUCCAGGAGGUAUGAUGGUGUUAGUAACCCAGUCUGCAUCUACCAUAUGCAUCAAUAUUAAGCACUUUCAAAUGGGUGGAAAAGCCCUGGUAUUGCUUCUUGCACUUGUAAAAUCCCAGAACAUCAGGACUGUGGCUCAGUUUACUACUUCUGUCUGAUUCUGUCUCUCUCUCCUCCCCGUCCCCCCAACCUUUUGCGUCCGAACGGUUAUAUUUGAAUAUACAUUGAUUCAUUUAUAUAUUCAUUUUCAGUGGCUCAAUAGAUGUAUUUACUUUUUUCUGCUACUUUUUUGAAAGUUAAGUAACUUUUUUUCCUGCCACUGCAAAGUUGGAAUUAAAAUUUCUGAAAACAAUUGGCAGAAUUUACUAUUUGGUAAAUGUCACUUUUUAUACGGCAGAAUUUACAGAAUUUAUCGAUCACUUUUCAGAAACCUUUGACCUAUGUAUCCCAUAAUUAUUUACUGGUGUGAUGGCCUAUCCUUUUGAGAAUGUAUGUCCAAGAGAAUUUCUGCUAGGGUUUUUUUUUUCUGUGAAUGAAUUAACAUAAUGUUAUUCACUUACAUAUAAUAUACUAUCUUAAAUCUACGGUUUUAAUGAAUCAGUUUCCCAUCCAUUUAUUACCCAGUCUUUUUAAUAUGUGUAUUCCUUGUUUAGGACAAUCUGAUUUAAAGGAUCACUAUAGGGUCAGGAACACAAGCAUUUAUUCCUGACCAUAUAGUGUUAAAACCACCAUUUAGCCCCCCCCCCCGGGCCCCUCAUGCCUCCAUAAAUAUAGCAAAAUCUUACUGUAUUCAAGCCAGAAGUUGUAGAUCUGCAUGCUGUUUGCCUAAAAAAAAAAGCAGUCUGCUGACAUCAUCCGAAGUGGUGGCCUGAUCCAAUCACAAUGCUUCCCCAUAGGAUUGGCUGAGACUGACAAAGAGGCAGAUCAGGGGCAGAGCCAUCAUGAUUCAAACACAGCCCUGGCCAAUCAGCAUCUCCUCAUAGAGAUGAAUUGAAUCAGUGAACCUCUAUGAGGAAAGUUCAGGAGACACUGAAUGUUUGGAUGCAUUUUAGGCAGCCAUGACCCAGGAAGGAUCUCUAACAGCCAUCUGAGGAGUGGCCAGUGAAGUUAUCACUAGGCUGUAAUGUAAACACUGCACUUUCUCUGAAAAGACAGUGUUUACAGCAAAAAGCCUGAAGUUAAUGAUUCUACUCACCAGAACAAAUUCAAUAAGCUGUAGUUGUUCUGGUGACUAUAGUGUCCCUUUAAUUUUGAGAAGUUGUUUCUGCCAGACGAGAGAGUGGUAAAGUUUGUGAACCACAUUCAUCGCAAUUGCUAUGAAAGACAAUUCAUACAGUAAUUGCUGGCUUUCUUACAGAGGCAUUUUAAAAUGUCAAAAUUGAGGUUAGGGGUAUAUGACAUUUUUUAACUGUCAGAACAGUUGCAUCUGUACUAAGAGUGCUUUCUGUUUUCAAGCGUUUUGUAAAGAUCCUAGUGAAUUGAGUUGUGUCUUAAGUAAUUGGUUUUGUCUAGGGUUUUAUUGUCCAUUCUCUGUCGCAGUAGAGCUGUGUAAGGACCAAAUGUCAAGAAGUAAAAAAUGAAUAUAUUUGACAAAGCACAGGUUAAAUUAAAAAGUUCAUUUUAUAAAAAUGUGUCAAGUUAGGAUGCCAAAAUUAAUGCCUUCAGUGCAUAAAACAGGGAGCAUGGUUGACCCCUGAGGGUAAAAAAUAUCAACUAUAAAUCAUAUUUCAUAUGUCUAUAAUUGCUUGUGAAAGCAUAGUGGUUGUUUAAGAAAGGAGCUCACUUGCAAACAUUUUUUUUUUUUAAUUAUAAUUUCAGAAGCAACUUUUUGCAAUGUGCAAAAUUGUCGGAAAAGAAAAUGAUGUGGCAAUUUUAAUUUUGUCGGCAUCUAAUUUUUUCCAUAAACAUGCAUUUUAUGUGAACAUCUCUCUUUGUAUAUCAUGUCACAACUGUGAAUUCUGCAGCAAAAUAUGGGGAGAAGUCAGGCUGGCGGAGGCAGUCUUCUUCUCCGGGCAAUGUUCUGCAGAGAAAUGCUGCUUUGACACUUAAAGAUUGUUAAAGAUUACGUUCACCCCUUCGUUGCAGUGGUGUUCCUUGAUGGCAGGAUAAUGCAUUCUGCCACAUUUCAGCAGGAUGAGGCAUUCUGCCACAAUGCAAAAAACUGUUCAGGAAUGGUUGAAGGACAAAGCGUUCACGGUGUUGCAUUGGCCUCCAAAUUCCCCAGAUCUCAAUUUGAUUAUACAUCUGUGAAAUGUGCUGGGACAACAAAUCCUGUCCAUGGAGGUCCAACCUCACAACCUGCAGGACUUAAAGGAUCUGCUGCUAAUGUCAGAUACCACAGGAAACAUUCAGAGGAUUUGUGGAGUCCAUGCCUCAAUGCAUCAGAGCUGUUUUGGCAGCAUGAGGGGGACUUUCACAAUAUUAGGCAGUUGGUUUUAAUGUUGUGGCUGAUCUAUGUAGAUAUAUAUAUGUGUGUUUAUGUAAUGAUUACUUCAUGUUAUUGUUGCUAUUUGUGUUUCUGCAAGCUAUGGAAUCAUAAGGUUUUUCACACAUGACUUCUACAUUUUAGCUUUAAUUUUGUUAAAUCAUGGCACAGUGUAAUAGGUCUUGUGUUGUUUAUCUGAGGUUGUGUUUACCUAAUUUUAAAACAUGCUAAGGUGCAGAUGAUUAUGUCCUGAUAUGUAAAACCAUAGAAUUCAGAGAGGUUGUUCUUUUGUUUUCCCAUGAUGCUAUAGAUAUAUAUAGAAUACAUAUAGAUACAAGAUACAAAUCAUAGGAUCAUACUGUAUACAAUCAAGAGCAUUCUUCUUUAAGAUAAAUACACACUUACUAAAAGUACAUCGCUGAAAGAAUAAUUGCAAGCCCACAGUAUGGCCCUUUGUGGCCCCAUGGCACAGAGUAUCUUCCUCCAACUGAGUUAGCAGUCCAGGAUUCUGAUGGUUAACUCUGGAGUACCUCCAGCUACCCUCUGUCCUUUCCAAUUUGUGAGCUCCUUUCAUUAAAGGGUUAUGGUGGUUAAGACAUUUAAAUGUAUUUACACUAUAUUGUGAAAGGGAGAAAAAAUAAAUUGUGUCUUGUAUGUAGAAGAUGUUGUUGUAGCAAUGAACAAAAUGACGCUUACUUUAUAGAUUACAGUUAGGUCAACAAAACUUUGGCAGCAUUGAUUAACUUGACAGUGAGUACAGCAGUGCAUUUAUCACUUAUGGACAUGCUGUAGAAAAUCGAAUAAGAUCCAAAUAAUUCCCUUUGGAGCCGUAACAGGUUCACUGUGGCUAACGGUGCAUUCACUGGAAAUUUCUAACUUUAAAUUAUACCCUUGCUGCUGGCUGGGUCAUUGACUUACAGCUACUGCAGAGUUCUGGGCCAUGUUCAGAAAGAAUCAUUUCAAAGUCAAAAUGUAAUGACCUGUAAUAAUUUUAUUGUAUUUUUAACUACGUUGUUCAUUUACUAAUGGCCGCAAUAAACUAUAGUAGAGGGGGAGAGAGUGUUACAGCUGUCAAAAACAUUUUAUACAUACUUUGAAAUUAUCUAUUUUUUAUUUUUGUGUGUAUUUUGCAUGUGUAAUACUAUGUCUUUAAAUUGGAGGAAAUGAACAUCUUCAUUGGAGGCUAGUAUAUGCAUGUCAAGUAAAAUGUCAAUAUGUGUUUUUAAUUAUUGAAUGAUCUUUAAAGAAGGGUUAAUUAAAGAAAGCCAGAACACAGUUUUUGGAUGUUUGGAAAAUGAAAUUCACAGCAUACUUGCUGAUGAAUUUUCAGUUUGCAUGAGUCAGAUUAUUUUUCUCUAUUCUGUGUUUUUUCUCAUUAAUUUAGUUGCCUAUUGAGCACUAGUAGUAUUGUUGGUUUAUUUUAUUUUUUACUAAACAAUGAAUUGUGGCAAACUGCAACAGUUUUCCAAAAACUGGCAAACUGGGGGGAAAGAAAUCUGUUUUACUAAGUAACAUUGUCCUAACUAUUCCAGUUUGGUACUCCGUACGCAAAAUUCACAAAUAUCAAGUUUGCUCCACGUGGGAGAUUCACUUUAAAAGAAAUGUAAUGUUAAAAAAAUUGAAUGGGAAAGGCAUAAGUAGCAUUUUCAAAAGGAGAAUCAUCAUGACUGCGUGCAGUCUGCUAGUCCAAGAAUUAGAUUGCUUGUGCUGUUUUCAAGAUCAGCCACCCACCUGGAGGAUCAGCUGUUUGAUGCACGCCCAGGUAAGUAAGUGACCAAGGAGUCAGCUAAAUAUGUCUGACAGAGACAGAAUUGAAGAAAAGCCAAUAGGGAUGACCAACACUGCAAGAUACGUUCGAGUUACCUUUUGUAGAUCGUGGAAAACAAAGAAUCUAUCCGCUACCGGAUAUUUAUUCCACCAUUGUGGACCCAGCAACAUUUUGACCCAAAUACAGAUACAAACGCAUUGCUUGGGACUUAUCAAAAUUAAUAUUUAUAACCUGACAGGUCUUUAAAUGUAGCGAAGAGCUCAAAUAAGUGAGUAAUGAAUUUUCUAGGGUUUGUCAUUUUGAGCAGAAUUUCAUUGGUUUAUCUUGAGUUGUACUCAGUGCCUGGUGUUGACAAAUAGGGGGAAGAAGUGGCUUUUAAGAGAGUGCAAAUAGCUAUGGUAUUACAAUUAUACUGCCUACUAUUGUAAAGUUUGGGAUAUAUGAUCAGAACACUGUGGAACCAGUAUGCACCAUGCUGAACGUUUUCCUCAUGGAGACCCUUUCUCAUGUCCUCUGCUACUGCUGUUUGCCCCGUGCAAUAAAUAAACCUCCCUAGGGAGUGAGGAGUACAGUGGUAUACCUCCUAACUCCUUUGGACACUAUAAAUGCUAAGGAUUAUAAUUCCCUGCCAAAGCAUCUUGAAUUCAGAUACCCUCUCUAAACUGAAGUGUAGAGCAGGGUUGUCGCACUUCAGCUCCCAAGAUUUUAAUUGACUAGAACUUCCUAAAUCUCUUGAUACAAUGAAUGGACAGAGAAUUAUGGGCAUUGUAGUCAAGCAUAUGGUAGACCGGAGUUUAACAACCCUGGUGGAUAGUCUUGUAACCAUGUUUACCUCUCAACUAUAUCCUAAGUGCACCCUUCUACUUGUGACCUGUGCUGUGCGGAUGCUGUGCUAUUGUGAGACUAUCACAGUGUAACUAAAACUAUGCUAUGAGUAUUUUAGAUGGGGGAUUUUACCAUAAUUGUUUUAAAAUAAAGUCAUGGUGGACCGUUUUAUGUAUUUAACGUAGUUAAGUAUUCGUUGUAAACCUUGCUAUGUAUUUUAAUGAUUCCUGUGAUGUGUGAUCCCUCGUCUACAUUGUACAGCUUGAUAGUGGAUAGCUCAGGUUUCUAUAUUAAAGGAUCACUAUAGGGUCAGGAACACAAACCUGUUUUCUUGACCCUAUAGUGAAAACAAACCAUUUAGGUGGCUUGUUCCCUUCCCCUCCCCCCUCCCCUUAAGCCCCUCAGAAUGGGCUAAAACUCACCUUAUUUCUAACUCUCCACAGGUCUGCUGGCGCUGGCCCCGCCCCCUUGGUGACAUAAUCAAAAUUGCCCAUUUUUAGACAAACCAAGGCUUUCCCAUGGAUUGGUUAAAAUCCGCAUGGGGUGGGGCCAAACGCCAUUUUGGCCAAUCAGCACCUCCUCAUAAAGAUGCAUUGAAUCAAUGCAUCUCUAUGAGAAAAAUUCAGCGUCCCCAUGCAAAGCGUGGGGGAUGCUGAACAGCAGGGCUGGUUACUGUGCAGCCCUGAGUCAGGAAGCCCCUCCAGUGGCCAUCUUAGGAGUGGCCACUUGGAGGUGUCCCUCUGAAAUGGCUGUGUUUGCAUGAAAAUGCCUGAAGGGAGCUAUUAUACUCACCAGAACAACCACAUUAAGCUGUAGUUGUUCUGGUGACUAUAGUGUCCCGUUAAAUGUUAUCAAGAUGUAUUACAAGUAAGUGUAGCUAUGAUCUAUAACACAUUACAUUGUAACUCAAGCUAAUACCAAGUGGACAUUACUGUUAAUAGACUUGAACUUAUCCAUAGGAGUCCCAAGUCACUCCCUAAUUAAACUAUAUUUGUGGCACUUUCUCAUGAGUUUAAGCUAGUGUAUAUUAUUUUUAAAGAAAAUAUAAUUACUAUCUCUAUUACAACUAAUUAUUUCUAGAGCAAAACGUGUGUCCUGUUCCUCAUUGUUAAAAUUACUACUUUUAUACAGGAAUGCACACCCUACUGCAUUUUUUUUUUUUUUUAAAUGAUAUAUUUUCUAACCCGGUGUGGGCAUGGUAUGUGCGGUGCUCAGUAUGUUAAGUCAUGCGCUGCUAGGCAGGUCUAAAGGAAACUUGACAUUGCAGUCCAUGGUGCUGGAGAGUCAGUGACACACUCACCGUAAUGUUUACUUCGUAGGGCUGCUUUUUCACUUGCUAAUUGGUGACUGAAAAUUUUGAUCCCUGAUAUGUGUUAUUUCUGAAAAUUUAGGAUUCAUGUUAAUCCAAAAUGUUAUUAAUUUAAUGUAAUGCUUGUUUGCAAUCUCCAUGCAAUGUUACAUUGCUUUGCCUUUCCUGUGCCACGUCUUGAUCAUCUGUAAAGUCUGUCCUGCACAUGGCAAAUUUACACAAUAUUGCAAUUCCUGGGAACUCUUAUACCCACAGAAGAUUCUUCCUACUGUUUCUAAAAAGGAAAACAGAAUAGAAGAUUGUGUAGGUUAAAGGACCACUAUAGUGCCAGGCAAACAUACUCGUUUUCCUGGCACUAUAGUGCCCUGAGGGUGCCCCCACCCUCAGGGACCCCCCCCCCCGCCCGGCUCUGGAAGGGGGAAAGGGGUUUAAACUUACCUUUUUCCAGCGCUGGGCGGGGAGCUCUCCUCCUUCUCUCCUCCUCCGUUCCGCCCCGUCGGCUGAAUGCGCACGCGCGGCAAGAGCUGCGCGCGCAUUCAGCCGGUUGCAUAGGAAAGCAUUCAUAAGGACGCUGGCGUGCUCUCACUGUGAAAAUCACAGUGAGAAGCACGUAAGCGCCUUUAGUGGCUGUCAAUUAGACAGCCACUAGAGGCUUUGGGGGAAGGCUUAACCCAUUAAUAAACAUAGCAGUUUCUCUGAAACUGCUAUGUUUAUUAAAAAAUGGGUUAACCCUAGCUGGACCUGGAACCUAGACCACUUCAUUAAGCUGAAGUGGUCUGGGUGCCUAGAGUGGUCCUUUAAGCACAAAUUAAGUUUUAGUCCUAAUGUAGUAGAAUAUACUAGGUUAUAACCAAGCAGGUUAAUCCUCAGGAGCUGUAUAACUGCAGCUUUCAGGAUGCAACUUCCAUUCUGAAGGAUGGCAAAGCAUUUUCAUAACUCUUGGCCAGCCAUGUGCUAUUGGAUAUAUGGAUGAUGGGUGUUUAUCCCAUACAAUGUGCCAUGUAAUUCACAUUACAACAUGUCUUGGGGAGUAAUGCCCAAAUAGCUACUUGCAGCUCUUCUUACUCAUUUUGGAUACUUACAUGUGACAGAUAUUCAGAUUUAUGAGCAGGUUAGAACCAUGGUCACUGGAGAUUUAUUAUAUUAACCCCUUAAGGACACGUGACGGAAAUAUUCCGUCAUGAUUCCCUUUUAUUCCAGAGGCUGUCAUUAAGGGGUUAAAUGAAUUCUAAAAUAUCUAGUGUGCUGAAGAAGGGAAUAGUAAUGCUUUGAUUUGGUUUACCUGUAUAUUGAGUGUAUUUAGUAAAGUUUAAAUAUUUGUGUAAAAACAUAUUUACAAAACUUUAUACUGAUAUACUUUAAUUUUGUCUCGAUGCCUGCCUGCCUUUUUCUUUUUUUCUUUUUUUUUAUUCUCAUGUGUAAAUUGUCAGUGUGUGACAUGACUGACAAGUCCUACAAACAGUAUUUAUGUUUGGCUUUGCAUAAUAUUUUAUAUAAAGCCAAUUAUAUUUGGGUGCAUCUUACAUGUGAGAGCAUGUUCUUAUAGCCAGCUAAAUGUUAGUUGUUGUUGAUUUUGUGUGUGUCUAUUUUAAAUGGCCUUUUUUCUCUACUCUGCUAAAACUUACCUGGCCGGGGAGGAGGGCCAGCGAGGGACCUUAGUGUUCCUUCUCCUCACUGCUCCCUCGCACACGCCGUCUGUAGUGAAGCCGGGCACCGGAAUAUGACGUAAUAUUCCGGCACCUGGCAUCACUAAACUGUAUGCGGGAGCAGUGAGGAGCAGAUAGAAGGGAGAUGUCCCACAUCGGCUCCUAAAGGUAAGAAGCAAUAAAGAAAAGUGUGUGUGUGUGUGUGUGUCUGUCAGUGUGUCUGUCUCUGAGUAUGUAUGUGUGUAUUUCUGUGAAUGUCAGUGUGUGUGUCUGUCUGUGAGUUUGUAUGUGUCUGCCAGUAUGUGAGUGUGUUCUGUCUGUGUGUAUGUAUGUGUGUGUCUGUGAGUGUGUGUGUCUGUGUGUGUGUGUCUGUGAGUGUGUGUGUCUGUGAGUGUGUGUGUCUGUGAGUAUGUGUGUGUAACUGUCUGUGAGUGUGUGUGUGUAACUGUCUGUGAGUGUGUGUGUGCGUCUGUCAGUGAGUAUGUGUGUGUGUCAGCGGGAGGAUCAGAUUUGGCACAGAGUGGUAGAGGGGGGUGCUGUGGCUUAGUAGAGGGGGGGAGUGGUUUAGUAGAGGGGGAUGCUGGUGUUUUUAUACUGUACUUUUUAAAAUAAACCUACGUUUCUAUGAAAAACAAACAAACAGCCCACAUAAACUUAAACCUUGUUUAUGUGGCCCGUGCCAGACUUUGAGUUUGACAUGCUUGCUGUACAUCAUAUGCAUAGAUGGGUAGAUAGUCACAGCAUUGUAGGCAAGAGAUGCAGUCUUACAACAAGAAGUGCAGUCCAUCUUUAAGUACAAUAGAACUGUAAUACAAUGAAUACCAUUGAUCCCUUCUAGUUAGUUCAGCCAAAGACAGCACUACCUAGUAUGAUGUAUAAAUCGAUGAACAGUAUUAUAUCAUAGAUUACAGUUUUGCUGGUUUGCAUGUCUGUGUUUUUGUUUAGAAAAAUUGUUUGGCCCAAUAAGUCCACCCUUUGUGCCUGACCCGACCUGCAGUUUAUUGUUUUUGUUUAUCCAAUAAUAUUGCUUUACAUGAAGUCAUGACGAUUAACAAUUGAACUACAACUACUAGAAACCCUUGUGUUGCCCAUAAAGCACAGUGUGUGGCAUAACCCAAACAGUUCUGUAAAAAAAUGUUAUGGACAGUCAUUUCCUAGCUUAGUAAGAGCUCACUGUGGAAGGAUAUGCAGCAAAUAUAAGAAUGCAAAUAACUUAUUUUUUUUUUAAUUCUCUCUCAAAUUUUUAUUAGUAUAUAUCUUAUUGCAUUCAAAUUAAAAGCAUGGUCAGUUAUAGCCUGGAAAGUCCAUUUAAAGAAAAGAAAAAAAAAAAACUAUUAUAGUAACUUGACACAUUGUAAUUUGUAGUCACUUUUGAGAAAAACUGUAGGAACGAUAUUCGAAGAGGCUUAAAUCACCAAAGAAUAAUGUUAAGUGAAUCUUAAAUAGGGAGAUAAUUGCGUUAAAAUAAAUGUUGGUUCAAUAAUGGAAUCUUUGUGGUCCAAUGCAAUUCAUCAUUGUACGUUCCCUUAGAAGGAAAUAAUGUACAUGUUCCAGUCGGAAUGAAAUGCCUGCGACCAGCAGAAUACCAUAUUGGAAAACUAGUGCCAAUUCCCAGUGCAAGAACUGUAUGUUCUGCUAAUAAACUCCAGUGUCAAUCCACUAUUAAAAUGUCAGAUAUGAGACAUUUGCGGUCUUGAAAGCAUCUGAAUAUCAUCUUUGAGAGAAUGUGUUGUCUUGAUCAGGAUGUGUGUCUACACGGUAAACUCUUCUUUAUUUCAAUAAGGUUGAGUUUGUUACUUUAGAUAAGUCCAAUCCUUCAAAUGGAUUGUGAAAGAAGACCCAAGGAAUCAUGAUUUCUUACAAUGAGUAACCCCACUCGCUGCCCUAUUGAACAGGCCUUUUAUUGAUUACCUUUCAUCCCAGCGUCACAUCUACUCUUAGGAUUCAAUUUUUUUUGUUGUUUUGCAUAUUUUAUUGAUCAGAAGUGGUAAAUGAGCAUCAAGCGUGCAAAGAGACGAUGAAUUGUUUACUUGCAUAAAAAUAACCUUUCAAUAAAAGAAGAUGCAUGGCCCACACUUUUGGUGCUGUUUCGCUGGCCAAAGCAGAUGGCAUUCAGCAGCUAUUGAUUGUCCGCCACUUGCAAAGCAGCAUGGAGCUAAGGAUGCUCGUCCUGUUUGAAAGAAUCUCAUUUUGGACAAGGAAGUUAGGAUAAUGCAUAGUCACAGGGAAAAAAAGGCAGAAAUGUAAGAUCUGUUUCCAAGUCAUUUACAUUAUCCGUGACCUUUAGCUGCAAUUCCCUGAUGACAGAAUUUUACAUGUCUUAUUGGCAAGCUUUGUUAAUACGUGUGGUUAGAACAAUGUUUUAUAUUUCCUCUUUCAAAAUAAGUUUUAGGACAGAUGGCAAAUCAGAUGUUAUUUUACGUUUCGGACUGCUUGAUGGAGAUAAGCACCUCUAGCGAUUAAUUUGCUGAGAACGUUAACGCACAUAAUUCAUAGGCAGCCAGGUCAUGGUUACAGGACAUGCACUGUUAAGAUUUGAUUUUAUAUGAAAUUUAUUCAAGGUUUCUUCAGUGUUGUAGCGUGCAAAAAAAUAAAUGUAUAUUGUGAUGUGUUUUAUUUUGUGUUUUUUUUUUUAUAAUUGCAGCAUUAGUGGCUAAUAGGCUGUACCAUAAAUUCAACUCCCAUGAUGCUUUGCCAGCCUUAAAAUUGGUCAGGUAUUAAAGCCCUCCUUGCUCCACAAGGUAUUCACGUGUAAAGCACAUCUAAUGGAACAUGGUACAUUAAAUUCUGUUUUAUGGUAUAAUUGUAGGGAAUUUUCACCACCACGUUACAAUUCGUGCACUAAAGGGCAAGUACACAAUAAUAGGACUGCAGGUAUGGUCCCAACAGCAGUUGAUAAACUGUGGCAGAAUGCAUUGGAACUAAAUCAAAAGGAAAGGACUUCUACAAGUCAGGAGCAUAAAGUAAGAGUUCAUGAAUGAGAAAUAAAACCAUUACAGAGGACUAUUUUGUACUUAUUAUAGAUACAAAUGUGUUGUCCAGUGUGUACGCUGCAGAAGUUGCUGAAGAGCACACUGCAUUUUAAGCCUCAUUUUGCAACCAACAGCUGCUUUGCGCUUCGAUUGUGAUCUUUAAAUGAUCCCUGUGGUGUUUAGAGGAGAGAGACUGCAAAGACCAACAAUUCAUACCAGUUAGCCUUUAUCAGAGACCAGCCCUGUUAACAGCAUUCAGGGGGAAACUAAAGAAAGAGAUCAAUCAUGCUGGGAACUCAGUGCAGUGCUCAUUUAAAGUGAAAAGUGCAUUGUGGAGAGCUAUCCAUUUAACGCAAGGAGGGACUGGAGAGAAAGUACUGUAAUGGUGACAAAUUGCUACCACUCUAAAGGGCAGAAACAGAUGUAAGUAUAUAAAACCACACUCUGUGUUAAGACAAACCACUGUUCUAGAUCCCAGACUACUUCUCCAUAUUUUAUGGUCAUGAUAAUAUAAAAAAAAAACAAUGUCAAGUAGUUCCUAGAGUCAUUCAUACAUAUAGAUAGAUCUAUACUAUUUUAAAAAACAGCCGGAUGUGUGUGUGUGUGUGUGGUUUUUUUUGUUUUUUGGGGGGUUUUUUUGGGAGGGCGGGGGGGUUGUUUGUUUUUCCUGUUGUGCUUGCAAAGUAAGUAGUUGUAAGUGUAACUUUUCUAUUUAUAUAUAUAUAUAUAUAUAUCUUUUUUUUUUUAAUGUUUAUAUCUGUUUUUGUUCUACUGCGUAUGACUUCUGAGAAUGCACAAAGAAAGAGUAUUGCAAUUCUAGAUACUACAAAUGUGCAAACUGCGAGCAAAUUCUAAGGGUUAUGCAAAGUCACUUAUAUAAAUAUGCCGCAUGGAACUGGGCUUAGAAUAUUACAAAUGCAUUUUAGACAAAUUAUGUUUCACGAAAAAUCAUCUAAAAAAUAACAUAUGUAACAUAUGAACAAACUGCUACUUCACAAAGAGGGUAGUGGAUGCAUGGAAUAGCCUUCCAGCUGAAAUGAUAGAGGAAGUUUAAAGGCACUGUAGGCACCCAGACCACUAAAGCUCAUUGAAGUGGUCUGGGUGCUGAGACCCUUUUGCACUUAGUGCUGCAAUGUAAAACAUUGCAGUUCCAGAGAAACUCAGCUCUAAGUCUGCCCUCCGUGGCUGUCUACCAGACAGCCACUAGAAGGUUUCCGGAAUCCAAACGGACUUGUGGUCCGUUAGCUGAAUAAUUGCAUGUGCAUUAGGUUUCCCCCGCCAGCUGACAUCGGUGGGGGGAGGAGCAUGAGUGGUGCCUGACCCCUUCAGACCUGUGGGAGGGGGGGUGGUAGGGAGAGGGGGACCUAUUAACCCUAUAGUACCAGGAAAACAGCUUUGUUUUACUGGCACUAUAGGAUCCCUUUAAGCAUGCGUGGGAUAGGCAUAAUGCUAUCCUAGACUCAUGAUAAGGCCAGGGACUAAUGAAAGUAUUUAGAAAAUUGGGCAGACUAGAUGGGCCGAAUGGUUCUUAUCUACCGUCACAUUCUGUGUUUCAAAGAUUCUCCCUACUUUCUGCCAUAAUGCAGCUGAAGUGUAGUAGAAGACCUCAACUCAUGAAUCUGGAUGAGUAUAAACCAUUCAGUUUUGUAACCACUUCCAAUCAUGGCAGGACUAUAGCAGAGCUCAACAAAUCCCAGGUCCUAUGGUGACUGGGAAUUUUGUCCUGGUGCUUGGGAUUUUUAAGCCUGAUCACUCCUAAGGGGGUGACCUGCUGCAUAUACUGUAGGCAGGCAGUGAGGGAGCAGUGAUAUCUCUCUUAUCCCUCGUGUUCCGCUUCGUAAUGCCAGGGCCAGAAUAUGAUGUCACUCCGGCCCCAGCAUAACUAAGCGAAGCAUGAGGGAGGAGAGAAGAGAGAUCACAGCUCCCUCGCCGGCCGCCCACCAGCCCACACUAUUCCCCAGCUGGCCCAGUUCAUUGGACCCCACUGACACAAGGUUUGAUAUUAUGGCUGUUUACCAAAAUAAAUUCAAGUUACGGUUAAAUAAUGAAACUCCCUUGAAAAAGGCAGCCAAUAGGUGCCAAAACGUUGGGGGUAUUGGGAACUCGUGUUUCUGCCAUAAUAGGCUUUUGAGAAUUGUGGUAAUUAUUGUUUAUUUUGUUAUGCCUUUGUAAUUUUGCUUUAUGCUUAUUGUGCCAAUUACUGCUCUUUUAUUAAAGCAUAGUCAAAGUUAAAGGGGCACUCCUUUAUAGAAUAGCUGCCUUUUCUUGUCUGUAACACAGAAUUGUAAACUGCAUGCCCUUGGAUGCCAUCAUAUCAAUAAAAUUUGAAGCUUUGCUUAUAAUGGCCCACUAUAAUUUGCAUCAUUAUUGACUGUAUCAAUUAAGGUUAUUUGGAAUAACAGAGUAAUUUCUCAUCAUCUUGUUAGUAGGAGUAGGAGUGGACUUUAGGCAUCUGGAGUCACUUAACUAUCGUUUGACAACUGCAUUAUAGCCCCAUUGCACCAUAGCCAUUACAGUAAUCUGCAGUGGUUUUGGUUAUAUGGGGCCAACCAAAUCUGACUUGUUUACUUUGGGGCUUUUCUGUCUAAAGAUUGUAUAUCCUCAAUGUCCAUAACCAAUUUGAAAAAUGUAGGUUAUAAGGGCCAAGAUGUGCCAAGGCUCAACUGGAGAAUUUUAUCAAAUAAGUUAUUUUUGUCUAUAAUUUGCAAUUAAUAUUUAAAUUCACUACAUUUCACAGUUUAAUGAAUACACCUCUAUUCCCUAAAUUAAAAAAUUUAGUGUAGUGAAUUGAAAAUGAAGCUACAAAGUUAAGGCCAAAAUAGCGGAUUUGUACUAAAUAUCUCUCUCCUCCAUCAGUAUCUCUCCUGUACAAACCCUCGCUGCGUCUCUCCUCUUGUACAAACCCCAAAUCUAUGCCUCUCCUGUGUCUCCCUUCUUGUAUCAACUCCCAUCUUUGUUUUUCCUCCUGUCCAAACCCCCAAUCUGUGUCUGUCCUCCGGUACAAAUACUCUUCAGUGUCUCUCCUCCUUUGCAAACCAUCUGUGAUUCUCCUCUUGUCCAAACACCCAAUCUGUGUCUCUACUCCUGUGCCAACCCUCAUUUGAGUCUCUCCUCUUGUCCAACCCUCCAAUAUGUGUCUCCUCUUGUAUCAACCCUCACCUGUGUCUCUCCUCUUGUAACAACCCUCAUCUGUAUUUCUCCUCUUGUAACAACCCUCAUCUGUAUCUCUCCUCUUGUAACAACCCUUAUCUGUGUCUCUCCUCUUGUAACAAUCCUCUUGUGUCAACCCUCAUCUUUUUCUUCUCCUGUCUCACCUACUAUAUCAGCCUUCAUCUGUCUGUGUCAUCUCUUGUUAACCCCAUCUGUGUCUCCCAGUGUGUCUCCUUGCAGCCUGUCCUCCCACUUUUCUCAGUAACAAAUAAAUUGUUAAGCUACAUGGGGUGUAGUGCAAUUAAAGGACCAUAUUUUAUUAGGUCUGAGAUAGAGGUAUAACCAGGCAAUAUUACAAAGUUUUCACUGUAGCUUUAAUCACGUAUUAUUUAUUACCUGAUAUGCAGUCUGUCUGCAGGCUGGGAGCUGCUGGCUGAACUUUAGUGCUGCUCCCCUUCAGAUUCAGUCGGUAGAGAAAAGCAGCUGUAACUUCUAUCCUUGUUUCUCUCCAAACACAGCUACCCCUGCUCACUGGCACCAGUAUUGCAGAACUUAAUCAAAAUCUAUACUGCAAAAAAUACCGGCCAGGUGGCAACCCUAGCAGUGUUGCAGAAAAGCUGAGAGUGUCAGCUGAAGUGCUUUGCUUAUAAAUGGUCGUCACAAGAAGGCAUAUGUACAAUUUGUUGUACUUGCAAUAAGGUCUCAACCUAUCUCUUCCACCCCUUUGCUGCUCAAGGUAAUGUUUCCACAUUAGCAGAGCAGCAAAUAAGAGGAGGCAGAAAUCCAUCUUGGAACAAUAAUUCUAUGUUAACGUGGCACUGCCAUGCCGAACUUACCUUUCCCCAAUGGAUUCCUCUUCUCUCCCUCUGUCAGGAUCUGUUCUUCAUUCUUCCUGUCUGCUCUAGUUUUCUUUAAAAUCAUAAGACAAAGUAGGGACUAUUUGUCUUAUGGAGGUUUCCCGACGCCUGACCAGCUGAGGAGCAAAAUGUGCUUCAUUUCCGGUGGUCUGAGCAUUUUACCCACAAUUCUCUCCUUUUCUCAGCGAAGCCUCCUUUCACUUUUCCCGAAUGUCCUGUCACUUAGAUAGAACGCUGGUGAAACUACCGAAUUGCAUCCUAACAGAGUGAGAACAGUUUCUCCAUUCGUGUUAGGACGCAAUUCAGGACUUUGUUCAUAUCGGAAUUUCAUUUGAAUGAAUGAAACUCCGAUCCUAUUCGUGCCCUGGCUGCAUCUUGCAGCUGCUUAGUACAUAGCUCCCUAAUUCCCACGGUAUCAGUGAGCUAUCUACCAAAAGGCUGAAAGACCUAAAUUGGUCUUUGAGCCAAAUUUACUAAUACUAAGUAAAGAUUACUUAGUUUUAGUAAAUAAUCUGACCCAACUCGCUAUACCGCAAGUAGGGGCAUGUCUAUUAAACAGUGAGCAGCCUGUGCAAACAAUCCAGUUCAGGCACAGUCAGGAAACACAUGGGAUUGAAAAGGGAGAAUUUUUUUAUUUUUUUUUCCACGUACGGUGUUCUAGCUAGCCAUUGAUUAUUGCUGCCUCUAUGAAGAUACAUGUGCUACUUAUGGGGAGGCUUAUAUGCUGAUUGACGUUUUGUUCUUCACUAAUGGCAGAGUCGUAGAUUUUAUAAUCGUGAUCGACCGGCAGCCAAGAUGAAGGUGCUCAGUUUCAGUAUACAGCUGAAUGCAGCUGUGCAGAUAUAUAAAUAUAACUUUAUUUUAUAGUGCAUCAGUAAAUCCAGUAUUUAAAAAAAAAAUCUUGGAAUUGGAAACUUGCAACCGCUAAUCAAAUGUUAGUUUGUUUUUAGUGUAAUUUUUUUCCCUUCUCAACAGUUUUUUUUUUUUUAAUUUUUUAAAAAAAAUUUUCACGGAUUGCUGAACUAUAUUAUUAAAUAGAAAUGCCAGUAUUAUUGGUUUUAUUCCCACCCAUCCAAUAAUAUAUUACAACCUUCCCAAGAUAUUGCAGUCUUUGUGCAGAUGGAAUAAAUGCUUUUCUCUCCCACAGAUGGGUGCCGUCCAAUAAACAGUAGCUACAAUAGACACUAGCGACGUGCCCUCUCUUUUAAAACUUUCCAAUGUCUAGAGUACAUUUCACGAACAACUUUACGAAGACUAAGUGGGAAGAAAUGUUUCAUUCUUGAUGAUACAUACAUAUCCUUGCUCUAUGGAAACCUUGUUCAGAAAUCUCCAAAGGUUAGCCUUAGUGGUCUUGUUGAAGUUUUCAGUAAGAUGCUUGGUUAUCGUUAUAAUUGGCUGAUGAGUAGAUUUGGCCCUAACUAGAAUGCCAUGGUUCGAUAUCCCGACUUCCCUUCUGAAAAUGUGUCACAGUUUCUGCUGGCUCCAGUGACAAUUUUCUAAAAAGCAAACUCAAGGGAAAUCAUUACAAUCUUUACACGUCUUCCUCUGCAGUACAGCGCGAUCCUGUGAUAUUUUAACAUGGUUUUCCACAGCGUGAUGGCAGCUUGCUAAGGUUAAACCAGAACAAGUCCCUCUGUUAUUUUGUGACUGUAUUUCAGCCACUGAAGAAGAAUAAGAGAUACCUGACAAUUAAGAGCUUGGGAUGUCAAAGAUAGAACAUGUUCAUCCAAUCAUUGGUGUCCAUUGGGAGCACAGUUUUGUGAGAAUGAUUAGGUUGGAAAAAUCCAUGGGGCACAGUGGAAUUUAGAAUAACAAAUAAUAUGACUUUAAACUUGGAGCACUUAAUGUAGAAAAUGUUGUCUUCUCUUUCACGGAAUGAUUAUGUUCGAGGUAUGAUGAUAAAGUUACUCCUUUUUUUUCUGCAUGCCUACACAAUAGGCUCAGAAUAUAUUGUUUCAAACUAUGUGUACCGUUGAGUGAUUUAUGUAACACCCCCCACCUUAGAUAAAGAUCUGUAGAGGGUAGAAUGAUCUCUAAAUCAUAUAAUUAGCUAUUUAAUCCAUUACUUUUAGUGUUUUUUUAUAUAAGAUGUAAAUACAAAUCAGUGGGUUGGCUUCUUAUGAAAAUAGAUUUAUACAUCACACAUGGUCCACUACACUGGCGCUUUAGUCUACCUCCUCUUGAUUACACUCUCUACACCAGGCAUAGGCAACCUUCGGCACUGCAGAUGUUUUGGACUACACCUCCAAUGAUGCUUUGCCAGCAUUAUGGGGAAUGUAGUCCACAACGUCUGGAGUGCCAAAGGUUGCCUACCCCUGCUCUACACUAUUCUAAUCUUUUGUAGGUCAAACUGCAGAGUUACAUUCCUGUUUCUUCUCUUUAUAUUUUUUUUUGUUUGUGCUGCUGUUUUCCAAUUUCCAUCAUUCCAUCCCAGAACCAUUCAGUCUCUGUAUGAAGUGGUACAUCACAUUUAUAUUUGUUUUAUUUUCCCUCUCAACCAGUAUUUGUAACACAUAUCCAACUGGACAUUUUUACUAAAUCAGUCAGACUAUGAGAUUGGCUGAAAUAUCAGAUUAAUUUUUUUUGUUUUAUUAUUUAAAUAAUUUAGAUUACAUUAACUAAUUUUGUUUAACCUACUUCCAUGUCACAUAUAUUUUUAAAUAGUUUACACAACCGUCAAUUAAAGGACCACUAUAGGCACCCAGACCACUUCAGCUCAAUGAAGUGGUCUGGGUGCCAGGUCCCUCUAGUUUUAACCCUGCAGCUGAAAACAUAGCAGUUUCAGAGAAACUGCUAUGUUUCACUGAGGGUUAAUCUAGCAUCUAGUGCCUGUCUAACUGACAGCCGCUAAAGGUGCUUCCGCGAUUCUCACUGUGAAAAUCACAGUGAGAAGAUGCUGGACGUCCAUAGGAAAGCAUUGAGUAAUGCUUUCAUGUGGGCUGUUUGAAUGCGCGCACGCUCUUGCCGUGCAUGCGCAUUUGGAUCUGACGUCUGCAGGGGGUGGAGAGUUCCCAAGCACAGAGGGAGCCCGGCACUGGAGAAAGGUAAGUGGCUGAAGGGGUUUUAAACCAUUCAGCCCAGCGGGACGGGGGCCCUGAGGGUGGGGGUACCUAAUGACCCUAUAGUGCCAGGAAAAUUUGUUUGUUUCCCUGCAACUAUAGUGCUCCUUUAAUUUCUCCAUUAUGAGCAUCAAAGUAGAGAUUCACUUCUCCCUAUUAUUAACCUGUAUAUUAACAAUUUUGUUGUAUCACUUAUUCCCUAAAUUUGUGUUCCUGAUAACUGUGGAGGAAUACCAGAACUCUGCAUUAGACCCGUGUCCUGUCCUUUGUCAUUUUCAAAUAUACUAUAGAAGUGGCCAGUAAGCUGAUCUGUCAACUUAGACAAACAACUCACAUUGUUAACAUUUCCUAAAUCUUGCAUUAAUAAAACCAAAGUAAGUCUCUAAACCCACAGGAGAUUUCCUCUUUCUCCGUAUAAUGAUGGAUUGGGUUCCCUCAGAGCUGAGUAAUGAAAUAGCAAUGGACAUUGAAACUGAACAUUUUGUUUUCUUUUGGCUUAAAUAGGAAUCUGAGAUAAAGGUUCAUAAUAAAAAGAAACUGGUGGUUGUUUUAAAUUACAUUCACCUUAGGCUUUUUAUUUCACGCAUUAUCUAUUUAAGACCAGGCACAUCAUCCCAGCACUCACUUGAGUUAUUGUAACAAUAAUUACAAGUUGCUCAUAUUCAAAAGAUACUUUAAACUGCAAAACUUAGUAUAUGCAGGUGAAUUUAAUAUACAAAGACAGGUAUGUUUCUUACUCCCCAACCACAGUAAAAAAAAAAAAAAAAAAUCAUUGUAGGAAUGAGCUGCUUUUAAAAAAGAAGAAAAAAUAAAAUUUUCUAGGAGUGUACAGACAUCUGUUGCACAAAAUAAAUGUAUGCAUAGCACUCUAUAUAUUUAUGAAUAAUUGUAUAUUCUUUUUGCAGAAAUGUUGACAAGCAAAUUAAAAAGGGUGGUUGUGCAUUGUGCAGUCAAAUCUAGACUAGAACCAUGACUUAGAUUGUCUUUAGGUCAGUCUGAUUUCAGACUUUAUCUGCAUAUAGAAAAUACAAGUAACGAAGACAUCCGCUCAUGGAAUAGGAAGGGGCGAGUGGCCUGGGACAAAGAGGGGAAGUAUACAUAAAGAAUACAUAAAAUUCAAGAUCUAUCCACCGUCUAGAGGUAUUGCUUAGGGUCAGGGUUACAUUGGUUGACUCCGAGUGGGGUCCUCAAAAGCCUGGAGUAAAAUUAUGACACCAUUUCAUUGUUAACCCGGAGUCCCCUGUAAUUCUGAGAGAGAAAUAAAGCCAAUUGUGACAAUGAACCUUCAACUUAAUUAUAUUGCUGUGGGUACAGAGUUUUAAUGUAGUGAAUGUUGAACGAUUAAUACAGCAUGGUUUGUGCUAUUAUGGCAGGUAUGGUGUUUAUAAAUAUAGGUCUAUGUUAUACUCCGAAUUUUGUCAUUGUGUGAUUUACAUUAUGUUGUCACAAUAUGUAUUUAUGGUUGGAGUUACGACAUUGUAUAUUUCUCAGUUUAGGAGGAGCUAGUCGGUAUAUGCAGUAGAGGCCAUACAAUGUACACUUGGGUUGAAGUGUCACCUAGCAACACCUCUAAUCCACACACAUUUUGUGUGUAUUUGUCUAGAUUUAUUAUAUAUAUAUAUAUAUUACAAUGUUAAACAAAAAUCUGCACACCAGUCAAGCCAUAAGACUUGCUUUUCCCACAGAAAUCCCAAAUCUGCAGUGAUGUUACAACUACAAAGGAUUCUGGGUGGGCAUAUGCAAAUUAGUUUAACAGACUCACAUUUUUGCCUCAUUCCAUUUUAAACAUGGAUACCUUUUAAUCUGUGUUUGCAGUAUACAACUGCUUGGAACACAAUUUAGGAAAAGAUGCAAAACAAGUGAACCACUCAUGGACAGCUGUUUCGUUGUAAAUGCAACUCUUCAGCAUGAGGUUGGUUACUGGUUUGCUUAUUGAGGUUUGGUAGUGCUUGGGAAGCAAAAUCCAACUAGGUUAUGGUGGGGAAAAAUUGUGAUUGAAAACCCCUUCCACCUGAAGUCUGAAAUAUAUAUACACAUACUUACAUAUCACUGUGUAUUAUGAUUUGGUUUUAAUACAUACAAUUUUUAAUUUCAGACAGUGAUUUUUGAAAAUGAAGAACUACCAAAAAUAUUUCUAGAUUUCCUCAAUGUUCGCCAUAUGCCAUCACUACCGAAAGCAGAGAGUUGUGGGUAAGGUGUAAUUUUCUUGUUUGUUUUGUGCUGAUUCAUAACUUAGGCAACAUGAAACUGAAGGCUAAAUACAUAAACCUAACCCCCCCCCCCCCCAACAUUCCAAAUGAACAAAUAUGGACAAUUUUAAAUUUUAGGGGUGUGGCCAGGAGCUGGGCUGUACUGAGAAAGUGUCUUACAAAUGCCAUUUUAUGCAGCUAGAAUUUAAUUUAAGUGUAUUUUGUUUUUAUUGUUUGUUUUCUCAGCAUAUAAAGUGGCUUAAAUAAACAUUACUUUGAACUAUGGAACUCUGGUAUGAAUUCUGACACCAAGAAUACUGAGCUCCAUGAGAGGGGGAUUAAGAUAGGAAAGAGGGACUUUCCCUCCAAAAUAAGAACAAUAGGGAGGUAUGUAAAAAGAAUAUAUUUGUAGCUGCCCCUCUCAUUGUAUACUACAAGAAGUGUUGCAGUUGGAUUUUAAUGACAAACUAAUACCUAGAAUUAUUUAAUUUAAUAUCCAAAAAGAGUAGUGUACAUGAUGACACGCUCUACACUGUCCUAAUCUUUUGUAGGUCAAAGUACAGACAGAUUUACAUUCCAGUAGCCAAGGAUGGAGGGGCCCUGACCACCGUAAACUAAGUGGGGAUUCUUGGCAGGCUUCAAAUACACUGUUGUGCAUCGCAAAAUUGCUUUGUGUAACUGUAAUUAUUGUAUGCCAGAAUGCAAACAUCAUGCCAUCAGGUUCUUUACAAAUGCCUAUUUGUGAAGCAUUUGAAAAUUUUUCAUAGUUUUGACACACAUACAGUUUUUGACAAAAAGGUUCAGUGCUUUAAAGUGGUUAUGGUGCUCUGAGUUUAUGUGCAGGGUUUCAGUUUGAAAUGCAUGUACAGAGCUAUGUUUAUUGCUGGAGGUGUAACUCCACCUCCGGCAGCAUUAUUAGCAGCCUGGAACAAGCAUUUUUUUGGCUGCUAAUGUCAAUUCUGUGUGUAAAUAUCCCUUGUCUGAAUCUAUAGUAUGUAAGCUAUGGAUGUUAAAUGGUGGUAUGUAUUUUAGUAAAACACUGUUUUGGGGGGUGAAGGGGUUAAUUUUGAAAUGGACUGUUGAUGUUUUCAAGAAAUAGAUUAAUUCAUGUAUUAUUCUUUGUUCCAGCUCAAUUGAUGACAUUGACUCAGGAGAAACUAGGUAGGCUUAAUAUAUUCCUCCUUUUACCUUUUUAUUUCUUGCUCUCUGUAUUUGUGAACACCCAUACUUGCUUUAGUUUAGUAUUCUUUUUUAAAGAGCACUAACAAGCUCUGCAGUGCUGUACUAUAGGUGGACUAACAGACAAAUAUAAGCAACAAGACGAGAUGGACGCACAGGAACGGAGAGUGUUAGGGGCACCCAAAAUGGCUCUUUAUAAAGAUAUUAUUCUAUGUAUUUUCAGUAGGAGAUAAUACAGUGGGACCUCGGUUUACAAACGCCUCGGUUAACAUAAUUUUCGGUUUACAAAUGAAAAUCCAUUGAAAAUAAUGCCUCGGUUUACAAAAUUUUUUCGCAAUUCAAAGCAAGUUUUCCCAGGAUGCAUUGCACCUGGGAGGUUUAUAGCACAGCCCCCUGCAUGCUGGAGCCCGUGGGUAGCACGUGGCGUCGAGUGUGGAGAUGUUGGAGCGGCUUUUGCAUCCCGUUUUGGAGCCAUUCUGGAAAUUGUUUUCAGUUGUUUUGGGACUUUUUGGUGCAUUUCUCAAGCUGUGGAAAGGUAGGGAGCUGAGCUUUGUCGUUUGAACACCUUUUAUUGUGUGUUCUGCAUUGUGGGUUGGUUUCCAUGCCAGCUCAUUUUUACUUUUUUCUGACCUCCAGAACAGAUUAAUUGGUUUUCAAUGCAUUCCUAUGGGAAACCGCGUUUUGGUUUACAAAUGUUUCGCAAUAAGAAACAUCCCGGAGAACGCAUUAAAUUCGUAAACCGAGGUCCCACUGUACUUGCUUUCUGUCGGCUCUGUAUUUAAUGAUUGCACUGUUAACAUGACAACAAAUCUUUAUAUAUGAUAUAUGCCCGUGUUGCUUUUUUUAUAUUUUCUGACAUUGUAACAACUAUGUACAUGUCUCUGAAUGGUAAAGGUAUGUGCCCUCAGUUGCCACUGUUGAUGUUCUCCUGUGCCACCUAAUUUGACUUCAAUAUAAAAUACUUAAAGGUCUGCUCAGACUCUCUAUGUAGUAUAUGUGUACUUUGUACAUUUUAUAUACUAGCUCAAAAUUCCAAGCCACCCAUCCUCUGCAAUUUCUUAUGUGUUUUUUUUUUUUUUUUUACGAUUUGGAAAACUUGCUUUGCUGAGUGAAUUUCACUACAGCGCAGCCUCUGCUUAUCACCUUGCUGAAACUAGUUUGUUGAAUUUUCUUGUUACCGUUUUUGAUGCUGACAUUUGUGUUUUUUGACCUUUUCCAGCAAACUGUCCCACCAGCCUGUGCUUCUUUUCCUAAGGGAUCCAUAUGUCUUGCCUGCCGCCAACGGUAAUCAAACCUGUCAUCUGUUAACCGCUGUUUACUCAUCUGACCCUGUGCCACAAAACCACAUUACUGCUUUCAUCGGCCUAACAAAUUUCACCAAAUACUGUCACCUCUCAAACAGCUGCUAGCAAAGCAGCUUUAUGCUAUUAAAUAACACUCGAUGGUGUUAGAUGCCAUAUUGCAGUUAUUGUUUGGUGAUUUCCUACUUAUUUUAAUUGUAUUAGCUUGCAUCCUGGGUUUUAAUUGAUGUAUGUAUAGUUGGUUUAUUCUGCAUAUGAUAAAUACAUGCAUUAUCCUUUAUUAUUUAGUUGAUGCUGUAAGGUAUGACACUAAACAGUAAUACCCUAAAUGAUAGACUAUUUACUAAAUCACACUGUUUGGUAUAUUGCUCAUCUCUCUGGUCAUAGAAACAGUUAAUACAAAGAGUUAACACAUGAUGGCAAAACUACACAAAUAUUAAACUGUAUACAUUUAUUUACCAAGAGCUGUGUCUUCUGGAUGUAAGUGAAGUGAUUCAUUCACACCUAAAAAUAAAUAGGUAAUUGAAAACAUAUAUUAAAGAUAAUUCAAGAAUUGGAGAAUUGGAAAUUUUAAGUCAAAACAGCUAAGCGUGAAAAAUCAGUGAGUUGCAACAGCUUUACCCAGCAGUGUCAUUUGAAGCUACAACUUAGAAAUAUUUGAUUUUUAAGUAUUAUGUCCUGAUUUACCAAUCAUUGUAUCAUAACAUUUUUUUUUCAUUUAGCAUAUCCUCUGUUUUAUUUGUCAGUUCCAACUCUUUUCUCUGCUGUAACUAGAGAAUAAUCACAAUUGUAAUGAUGGCUAAUUUCAGUGACCCACAUGUGCCAUCAUUAUGGGAAAUGUGGUUUUCACACAUCUGAGUUGCCAGAUUUCAUAUACAUGUAAAGCUUUGCUGGAAAAACAAUGCUUACGUAAUAUUGCAAGUAGGUAGGUAGAGUGCCAGCACAGGGCUUGGUUUCUGUGAGUGGUGUGUGUGUUUGGGUUGGCUGAUUUGUAUGUGUGUGUGAGAUGGUGUGUAGGCGGCUGGAAUCUGUAUGUGGGGGAGGGGGGUGACAGAGUGUAUGUGUGGCUGAGUGGUGUGUGUGUAGUGUCUGUGUGUCCCUCCCCUCCUUGCUUACCUUUCCCUGGUUGUACGAUGGGAGUGCUGGAUGUGGCACUCUGAGUCAUUGAGAAGUGCCGUUGGGAAAAGGAGGGAGCUCUUAAAAUGGGCUUCACUCAAUAUUGGUGCUGACUAUAAUGCUUCUUUGAGCAUUUGAGGGAGCACAGGGCUAAGCAGGAAGAUCAUCUCCCUGCUGCCUCAAGGAAGGCCUCUUCACAAUCAGAACCUGAGCUCUAGACCCGCACAGGGCCUUGUCUAAUGGGUUACGUAGGCUGAAAAGAGACAUGCAUAAAUCAAGUUCAGUCUUUCUAACAUCCAUUUUGCUGUUGCUCCAGAAAAAGGCAAUAAAAAUGUUUAAAGCGCUUUCCAAUUUUCCAGCAAACUGGGGGGGGGAGGGAAUCAAGAAGCUAUUAGCCCAUAAGUGAAGAAUUAUAGCACCUAGUCUUAAGUCAUCUAAUCACAAAGUUUUUUUGCAGCAUCUUCCUCACAAUGCUGCUAGGGUAAGGUUAGAGAGGGCUGAUUCAGUAUUUGCCUUGUCUGCUUUGGCUUUUUUUUUUUUUUUUUACAGUGAUGGCUAAUAGUGGCACUCAAUAUAUGCUGCUAGGUAUAGAGCAAACAUACUGUAUUCUAUUUACACCAUCACCAUUGGAUGCAAUCCUGGAACAUUUUGCUCUACAGGGAAGUACAGAGUAAUUUUGGCAUCAGUCACAUCAUUAAAUUCUCAGUCUAUGGUGCCACAAACUACUAAAUAUUGGGACCCAUGCAAACUAGACAACGAAGAUCCAAAAAACCUUCAAGUCAAAUAAACUUUUGUGAAUUUACAGCGUGUUUUGUCUGAAUGGGCACAAUAUAUAAAAUGAUUUCAACUAAAAUCAUAAUGCAAAGGAUGCUGACAGCAGCCAAAUACAGAUGGGUUUUCUGCGAUUUAACAUGUGCUGCUCAUCAGCCGACACUGAAUAUUGGCUUUUUAUACCAAUGGUUAGAAGAAAAAUAAGCAGAUUUCUCCUUUUGAGGGUUUAAAAUAAUGAAAGAUGCAUUUCUUCGUUUGUAUCAUUGCUUGUUGCUGAACUCAUCAAAAUAAAUAUUGCAGUAGUACCCUUAAUAUCUUUCAACCAAAAGCUCUUAUAACCCUUUAAGGACCAAAUGUUAACCCAAUCUAUAUAAAACACUGGUCCUUACAUACUUUAUACUAUCAUAGAAUUCCCUGCUCAUAUAGUAAUGGCACUUCAUACAACCAGGUAGUCAUUAAGUGCCAUUACAUUUGGAAUCCUUAAAGAGACACUGUAGGCACUUUAACAACUUCAUGUUAUUGAAGUUGUUAUAGUGCCUGCAGCCCUGCCACCCCUUCCCCUAUCUCUUAAUCCCCUCCCCCAAAAAACACUAUAAGAAACAAAUUAUAAUGAUUGGAAGCACAGUUUCAUGCCCCGUCUCCAAGCUGGGUAUGGGAGCCGGGAAUCUCACUGUUACUUCCCAUAUCUCAUACUGUAACGUCACGUGUGCAUGCACAGUACAUAAUUGCAGUGUGCUUUAUUGCUUAAUCCAAGGACUAGUUUGUUGUUUCUCACAUGUUCCCAGAUCUCAGAUCUGGUUUUGAUGACCUGAGCUUCAUCCCAGGGUAAACUGUAAACCCUCUAACAUGACUGCAUAUAGGUUUAUAUUGGUAUUUAAGUGUACUCUUUUUGCAUUUAUAUAUGCAUGAUUAAAUAAACACAAUGAAGUGGUCGGAUGCCAAGUGCCCCUAUUUUAACCCUGCAGGUGAAAACAUUGCUGUUCUGCAGGAGGCACUUCCACAAAAUAGUGGAGUAAAACUCCACUAUUUCUAUCAGAUGUUCUCAUAGAGACCAUCUGAUUGGUGCAACAUUUUGCUGGGCAUGCCUACUAGUCUCCCAAUGCUUUCUUAUGGGAACGCAUUGGAUUGGCUGAGAUCAUUGACUUUGAUUAUGUCAGUCAAAGAGGCGGAGCUACACACCAAAGACCAGCACUGUCAGGAAGAAAAGGUAAGUAAAACUAACCAUUUAACCCUGCCAAUGGGGCCUAGCCACAUAAAUAGUGACUAGGACACUAUAGCAUUAGGAGUACAUUUAUAUUUAUUACACUGUAUUGUUCCUUUAACACUUACAUUCUACAAUAUGCUUUUUUAUUUGGGAAUAGUGCCUAAUAAAGUUUGGAAUUUUAGUUCACUCUGGACUGUGCAUCCUGUUCUUUUUUAAUUAUGUUCAGUUAAUUGAUUACAUUUGUUAAUACCCUUGUUUUUUUUGUUUUUUUUCUUUCAGAUAGUGCGGCAGAUGUCGUAAUAGAAGGAGUUCUACAUGGUAUUUUUUACCCUCAUUUGCAGACCAGCUAGAGUCUUGAAACCUGACAGUCCGGAUAUUCUGACUUCAGACAACGGACACCUAUUUCUAACAUUGUAUAAUGUGAUGCUGCCAGUGGGGUCUAAAGUUUACUGCACGCUCUGCCCUUGUGGGUUAAGACUUCAUUCAUAGUAAAGAUUUUAAUAAAUGAACAAAGGGAUUGGUCUUAGGCCACUAUGCAGUUCCAAUAGUAGAGAUUGUGCCGACCGGUAUCUUCCUUUUCAUCUGAUCUAGAUUCUUUCCAGGUUUAUACACUAAUUUGAGGCUUGUGAGACUCACUAACCACAACCACUACUUUAUGAUAAGCAUGUAGUUUAAAGAAAACAUUUUUUUUUUUUUUUAAUACAUUUUCAUAAAUAAUGAUCAUGGUGUCCUUUUAAAGUGGACCAUAUCAACACAUGGUGCAAAUUAAAUAAACAUAAAUGUAUAGAUUAAAUAACCUGGAGCUUUGGAUCUAAAUCUCUGCUGUGGCUGCCUAACAUGCUGCUGCAUAGUACUACAUCCAUUGCUAUCUGCCCUCUUCAGCAACUUACAAGCGACUACCCUUCUUAGCUAAUCUCUAACCAGUAAAUACACUCAAUGAUAUAGAACACAUUUACACGCUGCCUUCAUAUAACACACUGUCUGAAAAGUGACUGCUCAGGUUCCAUCAUGUGUUCUCCAUAGUAUGAGAUAAGGAAAAGGUUAUGUUUGUGGCACAAUAACAUAUGAAUGUACUUUGCAAUGUUGGCUGAAUGCAUAUGAGGGUGGUAGUACUAUAGUGUUAUUAAUACCUUAUAUUUUGUAUUUUCAUUGGAUGUCCGUCUUACAUACUUGCAGCGAUGUAACACAGAUACUAUUUUUUGAUCAAACGCGCUGCUUGCUGCUAUUUGUAUUGGAAAUAAAUAGUAACGGGGUAAUGGAUGGGAGAUUCUUUGUUAUUUUUUGAUUCGCAAUAAAGGGAAGAUAUAGAGCAAUUGAAACCAGAAGCUGUGUUCAGUUUUAGUACAAACCAUGUGCUUGAUUGAUUAUUAAAUAGUUGCAGUAUGUAUGUGCUACUUCACUUAAAUAAUUCAAUUACAGAAAAUGGAUAGCCUUCUUGUGUUCAGCGCUAUUCAAGGUAUUUAAGCCAAAUUAUCAUUUGCAGCCCUGUUGUUACAGUUUGCUUUAUCUGCAGAAUACAUGCAGUGCAGAUGACUUGUUUGCUUUAUAAACCAAAUAGAUAAUGGAUAAUAAUGCCAUAAAAGUGAGAAAAAAAUAUGUUCCCGUGAGCAUUAGAGGUUGAUUAACUAAAUAAAGCAUUGUGAUGAGUGGUCAACUGCAAAAACUACAAUUUAAGCUGAAAUAGACAAAUUUGAAUGAAAAAAUAAAACAAUGGAAUUAUUUUAUCCAAUUUGGCCUUUUAGUCUACAAUUUUCCAGGAAAAACAAAUUAUCCCUGCACUCAAACACCCUCUACUCUUAGGCUGCAACAAUGGGUAUAGAAUUAAUAAUCUUAAAUACAUACAACAAAACCUGUUCGAGAUUUCCAAUUUUCUUUUAUAUAUUUUUCAAGGUCCAUUGCAUGUUCACCACAAAGGGCUGUUUAGUAAACUAGUUAUAUAUAAUAAAACUAAAUUGUAUAAAUAUAUAUUUCUCCAUAAAGCACAUUAAGUAUACUCUAUUUAUGUUUUAGGACCAUUUUCAAUGAAAAACUGGUGUUUUGUACGUGGGUAUAUAGCACUACACUCCGUAAAAGUGCCGUUAUCUGGACUCUGCUCUUUGUUUACUGUAAUACAUGUGACAAUAACAAUGUAACACUUGCCGCUGCCUCUGACAUAAAUAUAUGGUAAUAUUAAAUUGUGUGUAGAAAAGUAUAAAUUGCUAAUAUUAAAAGUAUUAAGCAUUAACCUAGCAACACUACUGAUACAGCUUACAGAAUUAUGUGCUAGCAUUUAGCUUGAUGUAUUGAUGUAAAUGUAUAGUAAAUAGCAUGGCUACAUGUGAUUUUUAAUCUAUAUAGAACUACCAGAUUAAUGUCAAUUAAAUUGUAUCUUUAAUUUAUGUGACAAAUCAACUUUUGUUUCUUUACUAUAAUAAACAGAAGACAUAAUUG